AUGCGAGGCUCCCGUAUGAAUGGCCUGCCUAGCCCCACUCACAGUGCCCACUGUAGCUUCUACCGGACCAGGACCUUGCAAGCGCUGAGCAAUGAGAAGAAAGCCAAGAAGGUGCGCUUCUACCGCAACGGGGACCGCUACUUCAAGGGGAUUGUGUACGCUGUUUCCGGAGACCGCUUCCGAAGCUUUGACGCCUUGCUUGCUGACCUGACUCGGUCUCUGUCUGAUAACAUUAACCUGCCUCAGGGAGUUCGUUACAUUUAUACCAUCGAUGGCACCAGAAAGAUUGGGAGCAUGGAUGAGCUGGAAGAAGGUAAUUAGUAGGAAACAAUGCUUGCUUGCUGGUGCAGGGAGGGCAUGGGUGUGUGGAAGAGGCAUGAUCAGCUUAGAAAGCAACGCAUAGAAGUCCCACUACUUCAGCCCUCAUUAGAGGAGCAUGGAUCAUGAUCCAGUAUAUGAAUGGCAAGGGCCUGGUUCACAGGACUGUUAAAAGAAGCAGCAUUUCAUCCAUGGGUUCUUUUUCAUGAAUGGCAAUAGAAUUCAUUCAGAACCUUGGGUAUGGAUCCUGUGAAGCUGCCUUUAUUCCAGACUGUUGAUCAUCUGGCCCAAUAUCUGAUGGGUGGUAGCUUUCCAUGGUCUCAGGUGGAUGUCCCCUUUCAGCCCCCCUUCCUGAGACCACUUCACAGAAGACUGGGCACACAUGCAAAUCAUGUGCUCAGUUCCUACAGGGACUGAGAAGAAAAACAGUGCCUAUUAAAAGGAGCAGGAAGUUCUCCACUGGUUGUUUAAUAAGGACUUUUCUCCCCAUCAUUUAAAUGAUGUUCUGGGCAGGGGGGUCCUCAAUGCACAGUGUAUUUGCAUGAUUUCUGUACAAAUUGUGGGCGUGUUUCUGUACUAUGUCUGUGCUUGGAUGUGCUUGCAUGUAUAUGCAUUUGAAGUCGAGUUCAUUUGGGGAAGGAGGGGGAAAGGUGCCAGGUAUUCAAAUAUGUGCAUAACAAUUUGUAUGUUGGUUUUGUCUGUUUGUGGCUUUUGGGUAUUAUGUUCAAUCUGUCCAUAGGGAUGUCCUUCUGUGGGUCAUUAGUGAGGUUGCCUGAGGGUGGUAUGUGUACAGGGCAACUACCAUCGUAUGAAGGGGCAUUAAGGACCAUGUCUGUGUUUAGAGCAUGUGUGCACAUAAGUAGUCAUACCCAGUAUAUUUGCAGGAUGCAUGUUCUUGGGCUGGAAAUAUUACGAGAAAGCAUGGUGUUUGUGUUAUGCCAUUUGGGAUUAUGUCUGUCUGUGUUGAUUUGGAGUGGGGAGGAGAAGGCUGUUCGGAGUAUUCCCUCAGGACCAUGUCUGCAAUAUCACUCUCCGUGCCGCCUUGUACCCAAUGCAUCAGUGCUUCUGCUUUGUAUUAAAGGGGGUGUGCCCAGGAUUUCUGUAGGAGCGAGUGUGAAUAAGAAUGUGUAUCCAUGUGGUUGGAGGAUUUGUGGAAAGUACUAUUCCACAUGGGUGUGUCUGGGAGAAGCUGUGUCUCGGUAGGGUGCGUGUGAACAAUUUGCACUAUGUUCUGCAAGGUAUAUGCAUGCAUUUAUGUAGCCAUUCCUUACAGGCAUAGUUGUGCGGAGUCGCCGGUCUGUAAAUGUGACUCAGUGUCUGCAGCAUGCAAAGUCACCAACUCCAAAUGCCCAAACCUCACAUUCUGAGUCAUGCAAAAAACCCAAAGUAGAUUGCCUUAAAAUGUGUAAGAUCAUUUAAGAUGAUUUAAUAAAGCACAUUGCUGAUGUGAUCUUUAGUUUAUCAUUUGUGCUAAAGGAUGCUUUUUUAUUGCUCAUCAUUACUGCAACAAUUUUUAAAAAAUGUUUUAUAAUACAAGUUCAGCUUCCUCAUUCUUCCAGUACCUGUGGCUUUACAAAACGUUUUUUCAUGUGGGGUGGGGGGAACAAGGUUGGAGGGGGUGAAAACCACAGGAUUUGCCAUCCAUGUGCAUCAGUGUGACUGCAGGGUGUGUCCCUUUGUUUGGGGCGACUGUGUUCAGUGUCUCUGUAAGGUGCAUCUGUGGCAGCUCAGAAGGGAAGCUACAUGGAGAUGCCCCAGGGGGAAGGUGUGUCUGCUGAAGUGAGAGAGGUGUAGUAGAUGUGGGUGUGGAUCUGUCAAAGGGGGCAGUUGGAGUAUGAAAGGGGGCGGAGGAGGAAUGUUUGCAGUGCUAUGCCUGUUAAAAGGAGGCAGGAAUGGAUAGAGAGAUUGACUAAAAGAGGGAAUUCAGGCAUGGUGAUGCAGCAGAGUCUGGCAUGUCUAAUAUUUCUCACAGCGUUCCAUGGCGAGUUUGGAGAUUCCUGCAGAGAGUCGUAUUUUGUGAUAAAGUGAGGAGUCAUCCUUUUUUUAAAAAAAAGAUUGCCUCUCUCCACGAUAUAUCUGAGAGGCAAAUGAAAGGUUUGUUCCUAGUAUGUAUAUCUAAAUAAGCAUCUUUAAAAGCCUUGAUUGUAUGGUACCAGUCCUUUCUAAAGGUGGAGAUUCUCGAUAUCCGUGUCUACAGCUGCUACCUUUUUUGUUUGUCAAGGUGGAUGCACAAAUAGAUUUCUGCUCAUUGUGUGCCUGGAGAUACAAAGGUUAAAUCCCAUGUUGCUUCUCAUCCCUCUCAGGCAACAUUUCCUUGUACUCUUAAGUUGCAGAGGUACUCUGCCACUUGUCUUUAAGCCAGUGAGUUGCCAUCUUGAAUGAUGUCAUCCCAUGGAAAUGCUGUCCCUGAAGCUAGGAUUUCCAAUAAUGACAUCAUGGUAUCAGCAAUCAACCAGGCCUGCUUUGUUACCAUUUUGCCAUGGGCAGGAAACUGAUGUGCAUCGAACAUGAAGAGGGCAACAUUCAGCUGUGGUGGCUGCUGAUGCUACUGAGCCUGCUGUAAGUCUUCAUGCUUUGUUUCAGCACCUGGGUUCCAUCUUUAAAGCAGAAAUCCAAGUGGUUUCCCCAUUCACCUUGCCUCCUGGCUUUUUGUUAACACGUAUGGCUCCUGCUCUGCCUUCCUCUCUUAGGAAGCAACAUCUUUGCACUACAGAAAAAGAAAGAGAAUAAACUCAACUGUACAUGUACAUUUGUGUGUCUUUGAGAAGAGUGGGGAUAAUGAAGUUUGAAAAUAGCUGGAGCAAAGCCACUGCAGUUGUUCCCCUCUAUCUUUGUUACCUGUGCCUUAUCUGUCUUUUCUUCUCUUCCCUUCCAACUUUAUGAUUCUAUGAUUCUCUUGAUCCUCCCCCACCUCGCCCAUACUUUCUGGCAAAAUCAAAUUGGAAUCUACUUGGGGCAGGGAGCUGAUGUGUUUGCAUUGCUACUCAGUAAAGUCCUAUGUAUACUGAUGAUGCUACUGAGAUAAUUAAAAUCAUAAUCAUAAAGCCACAAAGAUUUACAACUAAAAACUCAUAUGGGAUUUUGGGUGGGUGGAGGAGACAAUAUGGAUUUGCUGCUAUAGUUACAAUGGAACAAUACCCUCAGACAAGUUCAGGAUGAGUUGUUUUACCCUUGCAAUUAUAUAAUUCAUAUUUGUCCACAUGCACGAGUGCACACACACGCGCAGGGGGCAUUUGUGUGGAAGCCUUGUGGCGUAAAGGGUCACUGCAUCUGGCUGUUAAUCAGGAGGCUGGUGAUUUAUUUAUUUUUUUAAAAAAAUAUUUUUAUUAAACCAUUUUAACAAAACAAUUAUCAGUCAUUCUUUGUUUUUCUUGGCAGGUCUCGUCCUAAAAUCCCUAACCAAAACGCUUCUGGCUUCUUUACAAAUGUCAUUUUAAACAUUUUUUUCAAUUCAUUAUAUAUCAUCUCCCAAAAAUUUUUAACUUCUCUGCAUUCCCACCACAUAUGAUACAAGUUACCUUCUUUUUCUUUACAUUUCCAACAUAUAUUUGACCCGGUUUUGUACAUUUUUGCCAUUUGUACUUGCGUAAUAUACAUCUAUACAUCAUUUUUAUGUAAUUUUCUUUCAAAAGAGAACAAUCUGUAAAUUUCAAGUCUACCUUCUACAGCUUUUCCCAAUCCUCAAAUUGUAUAUUGUGUCCUAUAUCUUGUGCCCAUUUGAUCAGAACUGCUUUGACCUCCUCAUCUUUUGUUUCCCAUUCUAGCAGAACGUUAUAUGCUUUCUUCAGCAGCUUCACUACUUCUUCUAUAACCUCCUUUUGAAAUCUGGAGGUUGUGUAGCUAAACCGGAGGCUGGUGAUUUGAGCCUGCCUAGGAAUGGCUGUGGGCAGGAUUCCUGCAUUGCAGGGGGUUGGACUAGAUGACCCUCAGGAUUCCUUCCAAUUCUAUGAUUCUAAUUUUUAUUUCCAAUCCCUGAAAAGUACUGCUUAUGCAGAAUACUUUGAUAUGGCUAUGACAGGCUUGUUCACACAUCACACAUUUGUUUAGGCAAGCCUAUACAGACAUAUAGAUGUUGGUAUGCAUUAAUCUCUUUUUCCAUUAAUUUUAAUUGUUUUUAAUUGUUUUGAACCGAUUUGUAAUAAUUUUAACAUUUCUUUCCAAGUGCUUAGUGGCUUUACUGCAAUCAAGCGAAUGUAUAAAUUUUGUUAAAUCAGUCAAAUAUAUUACACUGGGUGUAGGUGGAAGCUAAGAUUACACAGGUUUGUAUGAAAGAAUGAUUGCUUGUUGAUUUGUACAGUUCAACUGUUCUGUGCACAGGUCCACAAACUGUACAUUUGUUGAAUGCAACAUGUGAACACCACUUAAAUGUCUAUAUUUCAUUUAUCUUUCCUGGUAUUUAAAUGCAAUGAGUUGUUCACACAUUAUAUACCAUGCACAGGUACAAGCUGCCUUUCUACACAUGUACAAAUGUGUGUUCUUGUUUAUUUGUACAGUUCAUCUAUUGUGUAACACACAGAAUGCCCAUACACUUAAUGUUACAUGUGUAGGAAUGUACAGUUCAAAUAUUUGUUGAACAUAGACUGUACACUCAUUGAAUGUAACGUGCAGAUACCCCUAUGAUGUGCUUGGGAAAUCUGGCAAACUAAUUUGCCUCUCUUGGUUACUCCAGGCACAGGUCCAGAGGAAUUCAAUCCAGUCCCAAAACACAGCCCUUCAUUAAGCACACACCCUGCUUUCUAACAGCACUUUGCCUGGAUCUACUGAAAUACAAAAAGCUUUGUCAAAGCCUCAUAGAAUUGUAGAGUUGGAAGGGACCCCUAGGGCCAACUAGUCCAACCCCCUCAAAUGUAGGAACUGGAACCUCUAUUACUCUUCACAUGAGGAGAAAGAGGGUUAGAGCCCUGUGCUUGUGUCACCAUGCGUGGAGGUGUGUCAGUAGGUGGAGCUAAUAUUGAGAAAUGUUCAGUUCCAAAUAUGGCCCCCACCCCCAAAAAACAAUAGUUGCUGAACAAGGUUUUGCACCUGGUGGCAAAGGAUUCUAUAAUGAAGUUGUGGGAUUUCCUGCCACAAAAUAUGUGAUGCUGAUCACUAGCUGAUAAUACUCUAAAGGGAUUAGAUACAUUAAUGGAGAAGGGAAGUUUAUCAGUAGCUGCGUUUUAGGAUGGCCCAAAUCAGACUUGGGGUGUCUUUGGUCCUGCCUUACAGUUCUCUAUUUCAGGGGUGGAGAAGCUGUUUCAGAACAAGAGCCACAUUACAGAAACCUUUCAGGUGGGCAGUAUGUGGCAGUAGGGGCCGGUCCAGAAGCAGAAGACCAGUGGCUUUGGUUGAGAUUACAGUGAAGUGAAAUGGAAUCCGUUCUGGAAGUCCGUUUGACUUCCAAAACAUUUGGAAACCAAGGCAUGGCUUCCAAUUGGCUACAGGAAGCUCCUGCAGCCAAUCAGAAGCUGCAGAAGCCACAUCGAACAUUUGGGUUCCAAAGAACAUUCGCAAACCAGAACACUCACUUCCGGGUUUGCGGUGUUUGGGAGCCAAAACAUUCGACACGCAAGGCAUUCGGGAUCCAAGGUAUGACUGUACAAUAAUUUUAUGUUCAGCACCCCAGUUGGCAUCUGAGUGGGAAGAGACAGAUGCCUUUACUCUGAGGGUAAAGAAACCUUUUCAGCCCGAGGAUCACAUUCCCUCCUGAGGAAACUUUUGGGGAUCACAUGGAAGUGGUGGGUGUGGCCAGAGGCAAAAGUGGGUGAAGCAUCAGAUUCGACUCUAUCUGAAGGUGUCCUUAUUUGAAGGACCGCCUGCUCCAAGUCAGGUUUAAGAAUAAAUAUGUAGAAGCAAAGAAUAGAGAACAGGAGCCUUGAAGUUACCCAUCAAUCAUUAAUGCCUGGAGAGCAGACUGAGAAAGCCUAUAGGUCACUUGAUCUCAAUCUCCCCUCCUAUGUACUGUACUUCUGCUUAAAUUAUAAUCACUAUUUCUAAAUUUACACCUGUAAUUACGAUUCAGCACAUGCAAAUUUUAUGCAAACACGUGCUUUUUCUGCCUUCUCAUUUGUCAGUGCAAAAAUGGUCACCUUAAUAGAACCUCUGAAUACCAGCCUCUUAUGUUCUGGCCAGUUUCACAGUCAUUGGUCUCCUGAAGAGUUCAGAUGGAGCUUGAUGGAUCAAAGUACAUUGGUACCUCAGGUUAAGAACUUAAUUCUUUCUGGAGGUCCGUUCUUAACCUGCAACUGUUCUUAACCUGAAGCACCACUUUAGCAAAUGUGGCCUCCCGAGCCACUGCUGCGCGAUUUCUGUCCUCAUCCUAAGGUAAAGUUCUUAACUCGAGGUACCAUUUCUGGGUUAGCGGAGUCUGUAACCUGAAGCGUCUGUAACCCGAGGUACCACUGUAAAGCAUAAUCUGGUUUCUCUGAAAGUUCUGUAAAACUGUAGUUUGAAACAUAAUUGACAUAGCACCUAGUACGUUCAACAAUUGUACUGCUAGGUAAAAUCUUAUGUUCUGUAUGCAGACUUUGUAAAAGGUGUUAUAGGACUUUUGACAGCACGGCUACAGAAUGCCCAGAAUGACUAGGCCUGUUUGUCAUCCUGGUGCCCUCCAGAUGUUCUGGACUACAACUCCAAAACAUCUGGAGGGUGCUAGAAUGGUAUUUGUAGCUAUAGAGAACUCAGUGAAAUAAUUCUAUGACUCUGGGAAUGUGAAUGCCAAUGCUAUAUUUAAUUCCUGAAAGGACUGUCGGCAGCAGAGUGAGCAGCCAUGCUUCCUUGAGUUUGCUGAAGGCCAGCUAGAAAUGAAAAUAGACAUUAAUGGGCUAUGAUCUAUGAUAUAUUGCCAGCAUUUGCACCUGAUGUAGUAGUUAUAGCACAAUGCAUUUCAUUUCAGGGAGUGACUUUCUUGCUCAUGGUUUGAGGCAAGGUUCAUGCAUCAGGAAUGCUAGAAGAAAACAGGCUUCCAUCAGGAAAACAAAGUCCUUUGCAGAGUAGGUUUGGCUGUCCUUGCACACUGGUUUAUUAGGCUACCUUGUCCCAAACUAAAUGGUUUCAAAAUGCCAGUGCAAUGGGCAAUGGUGGAGCUGCUGCAUCUCCCUUCUGAUUCUUCCACUUGCCCCUUUGUAUCUCCUGCUUGCUGUAGACAAACCGGAUCUCAGUUUCACCUCAUGAUGAGCAGGGUGGGAGGGUGUAUGAAAGGAUCAUAGAAUCAUAGAAUUGUAGAGUCGGAAGGGACCCUGAAGGUCAUCUAGUCCAACCCCCUGCAAUGCAGGAAUAUGCAGUUGUCCAUAAAGAUGAACAAAGUGAGAAACUUCAUCUGUCUCCACCCUGUAACGUUAUAAAUUGUAGGCAGAAUCUACAACAAGGUUGGGGAAUUUUUUUUCUCCUGAAGACUGGAUCCCUCAAGUGAAAGAGGUCUGUGGUCUGCUUUGCCAACUCACUGUAGAAUGGGAGAAGUGGAGAUGGGGAGGGGGAGUGGAUGUGCUUUAGGCAAAAUGCAUGGGCUUGGUUAACAGGUCUGGUGGGCUGUGAUAGGUCUGUUGGCCAGAGGUAUUCCACGUUGGAUCUACAGGUUGUGGUCUAGUAGCAACUCAACAGAGUCCAUUCAUUCAUUCAUUCAUUCAUUUUAUGACUGACACAUUUUAUUAGUGAAACCUUAAAAAGGACAACAGAACUAGUAAAUCAUACGACAAUAAUGCCAAACACACUGAAUAAAAAAACCAAAAUCCAAUAAAGCAGCCACUGGAAUGGCUUUGUGGAAAAUCAAUGUGUAAGGAGAUAGCAGAGAGGGAGGCAUAAGGAAGCCAGUGAAAAGGAGGGCUGUCAUCUUGUUAAGCGGCAUAGAUGCCAACUCCCUGGGGUGCCUGAGCACCCACAAAAUUUCCCAUGAAGGGGCCAGGCAUCCACAAAGCUCGGUGCCAGGGCCAGGCACGCUGCAUGGCACCCAUGGCCCCAGGCACCCAUGAUCACAGAGCCAAGUUGGCACUCCUGUUAAGUGGAGUCUGGUGAAGGGGGCAAUAUAUGGACCUAUCAGUCAAGCAAAGUUAUAUGCCAUAGGUAUUGCCAAAUACAGUCAUACUUCACUGGGAUAAAUGGCUUCAUAUGUUGUUUGCUCAUGUGCACCAUGAGAGCCCUCCAACAGGCAGCAAAGUCCAUUGGCUUAGUACUCCCCUUCAAAACCUUAAGAUGAUGAGUUAAUUUUUCUUAAGACAAUUCAAACUGAACUGUAGCCAACCAGUAGGGAUGGAUGGACCAGCCUAUUUCUAUUAUCUGUCAAUUUUGCAUGUUUUUAAUCAUAGGUCUAUUCCAUCUUGGUUUUGAAGGGAAAAAAAAUUCAGAUGGAAAUUGUAUGGGCUUUAGGCACAUUGUUCCCAUGCAUUUCCCCUUUGAUGGACAAACAAGGCAGGCAUGUAAAUAGGUCUGUAGGGCUCAACUUGAUCUGAUGUUAAUUUUGUGUGGAUGCACAUUUGUUUGGUUAUGCAAAUAGCAUAACCUGAACAGCCCCAGGUCCAUCAGAGGUGGGGCGUUCAACUUCUCAUCCUUUCAUGGACUUGUGCAGCUCCCCAAAGCUGUUGUUUGCAGCCUUCCCUUGAAAUGCAAAUGGAGAGGUGAUUUUUGUUGGGAUCAUGGCAGAGAGAGAGAGACAGAGAGAGAGAGACUGAAACUGCUCAUCCCCACAGUCCAGAGGCUUCCCCACACAUGCCAUUUACAUAACAAAAGCAUACAUCCUAAUUGCAUUGAUGCAAUUAUAGUCACAUGUGGCAUUGUCUAUAUAGGAAGCAGUGCUGGUGGUCUCUCCAAAAUAUCACAGAAUCUGACUUCUGUACGCCUUUGUUUCUAUAGUAUAUUAUUAGGGACACCUCUUUUCUAAAAGCCCAGCACAUUCACAAAACAUUCCCUUUUCUCUCUAGACACACUUCUAGAAUCCAGAAAUAUUAGCUAAAUUAGCUUCAGCAUGGUAUGGUGCGCCCCACCCCCUUUCUAACAGCUUGCGUCAUUCUGAAAAGGAUACAGUCGUGCCCCCUCAGGGGGGAUGCCCUCCCUGCUGUGCAGAUAUUAUAUUAUUUGUUAUGCUAGCAGCUGUCCCUGGAGGGUCUGAUUGAUUUGUACAAACAAGGACAGAGGCUCUAGGAAAGACAAAGCUUGAAAUAUUUCAAACCUCAAUAUUUUAGGGGGUUUCAGAGCCUUCUUAUGUGGGUUGAUUUAAAGUUCAGGUGACAGAGGAAAGGGCAGAUGUAGAGAAAUUCCAGAUGGGUUCUAAACAUAUGUAAUUCCCACUCAAAUUGUAAAUCCCUGUAAAGUGGAAAGCUGAGAAAUGCAAUCCAAGUAUGGCACAUAAUGGAUGAUGGGAGAGAGCUCAGCUGACAGUCAGAGAAAUUGGCCGUUGCCCUCUGGAGAGUAUUCAUUCAAAUGAGUUUUCAUGGCUGAAUUUCAAAAUGGUCUCAACACAAAGUGUUCGUAUCCAACUGAUUGCCAAUGCAGAACCUGAUGCUUUUUUGAAGUUUGCACGCAACAUGUUUGAGGUGUAAAAUAUGUAUUUUUAUUACAGGAGGUGAAAGUAAUCUGUGCAUGAGGCAAACAUACAUGCUUGCAGUUACAUGUGUCAUGAGGUGAGAUCGUCUGUAGCUCCCUGAUGUCUGCCUUUUGUUGGAGCUGCAUCAGCAGAGAUCAUUCCAUAUACAACUAAAGGGUUAAUUCUGUUAGUAUUCACAAGUGAAGAGGGGGCAGGUAGAGGUGUUGCUUAGCAACCAAGCAGAGUACCAUUAUGUUUGCUGCUGAGGUAGCAUGUGCUCUGAUUGAUGAAUGAGUUCUCGAUCUGUAUGUUUGGUUGAGUUUCUCCCUGCUAUGUAUGAGGCCUGAAGCAAGAAAGACAAGAGCCCUCUGUAUAUGUCUCCUCCAGUUUUAUAGUUUUUGUUCGGUUUUCCUCAGCAAAGUGUUAUCAGCGUUUCUCUCUUUUGACUCCGUCUCUGUUAUUUAAUUGACUUUACUAACACCUUUUCCUCCAGAGGGCUUCUUUCCCUCAUAGGCAGCCAUUUUGAGGGGCAAGUACCCAUGAUGGCUCUUAUUUUUCUAAGCCUACCCACAAACCACAGGCUUCUACAGUCACACAGAUCGCUCUAUCCAGGCAAGAAAGAGGUAUCACUACGGUUCUCGGACACACAAUAGGUGUGCAAAAGUGUGUGAGGAGGGCACAAAGCAGGGCUGAUGAGGGGUGUGGCCCAGGAAGAGUCCGGGGGGCCAUAUACAUACAGGAUUCUUUUUGACCAGAACUCACCGGAACCAAGAAUGCCAGUUCAAAUAAAAUGUUGGAGGGGGGCAGGUAAGCCCCAUCCCACAUAAUUGAUCACAAGGUGUGGCACACACACCAUUUGAAUGGCAAUACCUAUAAACUUUUGGGGCCUUCAAUUAUUUUACGGGGGGGGGGGCAAAGGGACUUUGUCCCCUAGGAGUUGGCUGAGUUGGAACAAAUUUCUGGCACCUCUCAGGUGGGUGCCACUGCCAUUCUAAAAGAAUGGGGUGGGGGGUGUUCAUGGUGAGUUCCAGUACCUAUUUUUCUAGAAAAAUAGCACCGGAUAUAUACAUACAUAAUUUUAUAGGUAUGCUGCCUUUCCAUGGUUAAAGCCAUGCUCAAUGCAGCUUACCACAUGAAAAAAUACAUAAUUAGAAAUAUAACAAAAGUAGUCAUAACCAAUGAGUAAAACAUCAAAAAGUAGACAACCAAAUUGAUUUCCCCCUCACAUAAAUCAUAAUAUCUAAAAUAAAGAUACAAAAAAAUAAUAUCAAUCACAGCAGCAAUCCCCACCCCCACCCAAACCUCAGCCCAAGCAUCUGUUUAGCAGCCCCAGCUUUUGUAGCUGGAGUCAGUCCAGGCCUUCCCUUCCCUGAUCAGGUGGGAAAAGUCCUGCAAGUCAGGGAGCAGGUUUUCUAGGAUUCACAACAAGAAUAAUCUUUGGCCUUUUCAGCAGCCUCAGUUUCUAUAAAGAGCCCUGGAGGAGCACAUUCAAAUGGUAAAUGGUAAAGUGAAAGCUGAGUCUUGGGUUCCCACCUCUGGAAUACAUCAUGGGAAAUAUGGGUUUGCUAUCAUGAAAUGUUAGUCUGCAAAUGUGGUCUCUCAGUCUUUUUUGAAAAACUCUUGAACUUUCAGCGCUUUUACAUAUGUAACAAAAUUUAUAGGCUACUUAAUAAAAUAAAAGUCUGCAAUUGGUUUACACGGCACUCACCAUGAAGUUGUUACAGUAAGCACCACACUUUUAAUAUGUGGGUGGGGGGAGGUUCAGUAUCCCCAGGAAGAAAAAGACUGGGUUUAUAUAAAAUAGUAAAAAAUGUUUACAGGAAAAUACCAAUAGGAUUUACAGACUAUCAAAACAAGCAGGUGAGCAAACAUAAUAAAACUCUCAGUAUACAGUGGAACCUUGGUCUCUGAAGCGUCUCUGAAGCUGAAUGAUUUGGAACCCGAAAUCAUGCCGAAAACCUGGAAGUGAAUGCUUCCGUUUUCGAAUGCAUCUCGGAUGUCAACCAGCUUCUGAAGCGUGUUUCUCCAUUUUCUCCAUUGAAAUUGUCGACAGCCCAUUGUGCCUCGGUUGUCGAAUGUUUCGGAAGUCAAAAGCUCUUCCGGAACAGAUUACGUUUGACAACCGAGGUUCUACUGCAUAUAUAAAACCAAGAGAGUUUAAGAAUGUCUGUCUUGCCUAAACAAAAGCAUUUUUAGCAAGCAUCAAAAACAACACAACAGAGACAUCUGGUUGUAGAGCACAGGUGCUAUCAGUGUUUAAAAGGGAAGUACCAGUACGCAACUAUGUCAUAACUAUGUCAUAAUCAGAGUGUGCUUUUCCCUUUCAAAAGCUAGAAAAUCCUAAGAAAAGAUGCAGACCCCAGGUCUGCUCUUUCUUCAUCUCCUCCAUCUCCCGUGGAGCAGAAUUAGGUUGAGAGUGGUCUGGAGGCAGUCUAUCACCAACCCAAUAGUAGUAAUGUUUUGAGUUCUGCCAGGCUCAAAUCAGAUUUCAUUAAGAUGAGCCAUUUCCCCAGCCAAGAUUUAAUAAGCUCUAAUUCCUCCCAGCCAUUAUCUUCUAACUCUCUGCUCUCUUUCCUUCCCAUCUAGCUGGUGCUUCUACUUUCAUUCAUUCAUUCAUUCAUUUGUAUACCAUCCUUCAACCAAACAGGCAGUUCACAACAUAAAAAUCAAGCGGGAGAGAAAAAGGAACAGAAUUCUCCUCUGACUUGAAUAGAAAUACAAGCUGGACAAUCAUUCCAGACUCAGAGCCAAUUCAGACCUAAUAGGCAACCAUGAUAUUGCAAAUGCACCUGUGAUAGAAUGGCUUGCAUGCUCCCUCCCGCUCCCCUCUUAAAAACCAUCAAAAGGAGAUCAGAAACUUUAACCUCCACUUUUAAGCAAACCAUAGUUUUCCAUUACCUCCAAACUCAGGAAUAAGUGAUUUGCUUAAACAGUGGUUUCAGAACAUACUACAGGUUGAUUGCAGGUUCUCCCAAGUUUGGAUGUAAUGUGGGGUGGUGGUUUGUUAAUAAUAAUAAUAAUAAUAAUAGCAGAAGUGAAUGUUGAGAAAUGUUCUCCUCGUCAUAGAUGUACAAAAAGACGUCAGGUAGGAUCAUUCAUGUAGUGGGGAACUGGUUUUCAGUUGAUAUCUAAGACAACCAAAUACAUUUGCCUUGUAUUGGAGGUAAGUGUCACAGUCCCCCAAGACUCAGAUUUCUGAGCAUGUGGAGGAUGGAGGAGUUUUGGUAAUAUCUCUUGGGAGCACCCUCCCUGUGGAACACCCUUCCAUCAGAUGUCAAGGAGAUUAAGAACUACACAAUUUUUGGAGACAUCUGAAGGCAGCCCUGUAUUUGGAAGUUUUUAACGUGGCUGGGGAAACCUAGCCAGAUGGACAGGGUAUAAAUAAUAACAUUAUUAUUAUUAUUAUUAUUAUUAUUAUUAUUAUUAACCAGACAAGCAGUCUGGUUGUCUGAGUGGUUAGCUACAUACAAGCUAGGAACAAAACAAAACAAAACAAAAAAAUAGGGAGCCCUGCUGGAUCAGCCAGUGGUCCAUAUACAGUGGUACCUCUGGUUACAAACUUAAUUCAUUCCGGAGGUCCGUUCUUAACCUGAAACCGUUCUUAACUUGAGGUACCACUUUAGCUAAUGGGACCUCCUGCUGCUGCCGCACCGCCAGCGUGCGAUUUCUGUUCUCAUCCUGAAGUAAAGUUCUUAACCCGAGGUACUACUUCUGGGUUAGCAGAGUCUGUAACCUGAAGUGUUUGUAACCUGAGGUGUUUGUAACCCGAGGUACCACUGUAGUCCAUCAUCCUGUUUUCACAAUGGCCAACCAGAUACCUACAUGAUAAGCCCACAAACAGAAUCUGAACACAGCAGCACUCUUCUCAACUGUGAUUCUCAGCAACUGGUACUCAGUAGCAUAAUGUUUAUGGCAUUGCAAUAAUAUCCAGGGUGUGUUUCUUGAAUCGUGGCGCAGCCACUUAGAGUUGUCAAAGCCAGACUUGCCUGUUACACUUCUGGUAUUGCACUGAGUAGUAAAAGAAUUUCAGCAUCUUGGUGUUGCAUAUGGUCCGUGGAUAGGAUUACGUCUCUGCUGUAAAUAUCAUUGGGUGGGUGGGGGAAAGUUGACACAUAUUUCCCACUCCCCUUCAAGGGUAUUUUUGUCACUCAUUCUCACCAAUCCACUUGAUUCCCAGUUCUCCUGAACUGACAAUUUGCAUACUAUUAGGGUAUUCUAGUACCAUGUGCUGAUUGAUUGAUUGCCUUGAUCCAUCGACUCCCUGUUCAAGAAAAUUUACAAGCAGAAGUGAUUUAAAAUAUAUGCAAUUUAGUUCCAUAAAAUUCCAUUUGUAAAAUCCAAACAGAAACAACAGUGACUCAAUGAAAGCAACAAUAAAAUGUUCAUUAUGGAAAGCCUCACAGCUUGGCAGAGAUGUUGAACAGAUUUUACCCCCUCCAAGGAGAAAGGGAGAAGGAAGGUUUGCUUGAUUGAAGAUGGAGAAAAACACACACACACGAACAUGACUAAAUAUAUAAAUGUAUUUCCUCCACACCAGCUCACCUAUGCUGUUGUAUGGGCAUUAGUGCUGUAGAAACAAUAGAAUAAGUAAGUGCUAUUCAUUCAUUUGCUUUAAGCUUAUUAGAGGCUUCCUUGUGCUAUAAACCUUGCCAUAUGCUGAGUGAAAUGAGCCUCUCCUACUCAGCAUCCUGAGCUUUCUGUAAACACCUAAGGACAUGCAAGGACACAGGCUCUUGGGGAGGGUGCUUUGAGGAAACAGUGAAGAAAGAAAAAAAUCAGCAUUAAUUAGUGACCCACAAUAAGAAGAAUUGUAGUCCAAAAUAUCAGGAGGGAACCAGGCUGAUGAAGACUUGUCUGGACCUAGUGCAGAGGUGAAUGCAUCCCUUAUCCAGUGACACCUGCUCAUCUUUUGCUGUAGAAGAUGGACUUCUUUUUCCUUCUGAAGAUCAUGAUGCGAAUCAGCAUUUGGGGUUCACAGAAGGGAUGUAAUUUAUUCUGACAUUCACCCAGGUUUUCAUCUGAUAUUUUCCUUUCUGCUGCAAUUGGUUUAUUUUACACAAGUUGUCUUCUGUUUCAUGAAAACAUACAUGUUCUUUUAAUGUAUUUCAUAGCACACAAUAGACCUGCAUGGUGCUAUUUUUCUAGAAAAAGAGGUGCUGGAACUCAUCAUGAACACCUCCCUUGUUCUUUUAGAAUGAUAAUGGUGCCUACCUGAGAGGGGCCAGAACUGAGUUCCAGCAAGUUCCAGCUGAAAAGAUGUCCUGGACCUGCAGAUCUCAGGCAUCAACAGAUAUUUAGAUAUCAGUUACAUUCCCUAGAUGUUCCCUUUCAAAGUUAAUGAGAUUCCAGAGGUCUGAAAUUCCCUGCUGGUCUGCUAUGGCAAAAAACCCUCCAAAGAGUCUUGUGACACCUGAAAUACAAAGUUAAUGAACUGGCUAAAGGUCCAUCACAAAUCCAUCUUUAGCUACAAUUCCAGCAGUAGCUCCAGGAGGUUAAUCUGGACAGCCCAGAAGCCUCCCUUCAACUCUUAAUAUUCUAUGAAAUAGAUUCUUCCCUUAAUCCACCAGUUGUGUAUGACAGGAAAAACUUGAGGUCCUGCCUAAGGUGGGUGGGGCUAGAGGGAAAAGUAGGCAGAGCAAUGUAGGUACUUACCUCUGUACAGCCAGGCAAAAGGCAGAGGUUCUGCACACUCACAUCUCUUCAUCCCAGCAAGCAGGAGGCAUUAAUUACAAAGGUUCAAUGACAGAUUCCAGCCAGGCAAAAGCUCUCACUUAAGUAGAGCACAGAGCAGAGAGGAUUGGGGGAGGUGGCAUGGGGAAGAGCCCUAAGGGAUGGAUAGAGGUCCACAUACACUCCCUGGGACUGAUCUUCCCUACUCUUCUCUAUGACAAUAAUACUUGAAUGUAGGUCACUUGCUCUGUGAUGAGGAGAGAGCCAGGGGCCAGGGAAGGGCAAGGUUCAUUCUAAAUGCAAUAUUCAAGGAGCACAGAGUUCUGACAUUGCUUCAGCAAAAAACAUCCCAAUUGUUUCCCCACUUGCACUAGAAGGUUCUCCUUUAAUUAAAGGGGCCUAGCCCUCUCCAGUAGUCUCCUAUUAAGGCAGAAAUGUGGGGGUCUCUGGUCCUGCUGGCUUGCCUCUAAUGGAAUAAUCCGAGUCUGAGGCCAUUAGUGCCACAUUCUUGGGCUGGAGGGACACUGACCCCAGAGGCUUAUCCUGUAGCAGCAUGCCUUUAUCCUUCUGGUUCAGACUGUAGCUCUAUGAUCUGGAGAAGACUCUGACUCCUGGUUACCAAUGGUAGGGGCAGAAAGAGUUUUGGUUGAAGUCCUCCUUCAACCAGGGUGUUUCUGUGCUUUGGUCUCUAUAUAUUCCUGCACUGUGUCCUUCAGAUUUAGGGUUGCAAUCCAGCAACAUCUGGAAGGCACCAGUGGAAGCCAUGCCUGGUUAUGCAUGUGAAAAAUCAUUUGGGAUUCUUUUGAGAACAAAAUUCAGCAGUGAUGCAAAACAUACUAGGCAUCCUAAUCUGGUGUUUGUUUACUCAGAAGUAAGGCCCAAAUAAAUUAAUGUGCAUAGGAUUGUUGCUAUAGUCAGUAAUAUGAUCACAGCUCUUAAAUUGGCAGGCUGAAAUUAAUUUUAAAUUAUUGAUUUUUAUUCUAGCUUGUCUGUUGAAUUUGGGCAUGGUCUAAUUUUUCCCAUGUGAUGAGUGAGCAUAAGGUGUUGGUUUGUUAGAUAUGUUGCAAUGUAGAGAAGUAAUUAUAUCACUGACAGCCGUAGUAUUAGUUGACAGGUUGUUUGAUUGCAGUUGCCUCAAGGUCAUAUCUCUUUCAGUAGAUUCAACAGUGCAGCAGAGACAUCUUUCUAUGGCUCCAGUUUUCCUUAGAAUGGCUGUUCCUGCAAGAAGCAAAUCAGAGAGACAGAUUCUCUCCCUUUAUAUAUAUAAGAAUUUCUUAUUGUACAUGAUAACAAGUGUCUCAUUUUUGAUCUGGGAUAGUAUCCUCUUGGCAACUAUUCUGUUGGUUGUAAUCCUUUGAGGAAUGUUUUGAAAGUAGUUUCUUACUAAAAUAUGGAUAACAGCUCCUUUUUUGUUGAAAUACUGUUCCUCUUUAUAGUUACAUUAAACACACUCAGCAAUUAGGAAAAUGAGUCUGGAACAGGCCCCCUCAAGAGGUGGUGGACUCUCCUUCCUUGGAGGCUUUUAAGCAGAGGUUGGCUGGCCAUCUGUCAUAUAUGAUCUAAUUGAGAUUCUUGCAUUGCAGGGAGAUGGAUUAUAGGACCCUCGGGAUCCUUCCAGCUCUAUAAUUCUAUGAUUCUGUAAAUAUGUGUGUUUAAAUAAAAGCCUUUUCCUUAGCACUUCAGAUGUUUAUGAAUGUUCUGUGACAUCACAACCACCUCAGACAAUCAAACAAUGUUCCUCCCCUGGUCUUGACUGCCCCAUUGUGUAUGAGACUGCAUGUCUCAUAUCAUCUUAACUCUAAUAGUAUUCUAAACUCGUUCUUUGGGGGAAGGUUUUUUUGGGCAUAAAUGGUUGCUCCCUUUUGGAACUGCUUUUAAUUGCUGUAGUUAACUUUUUUUUGUUUUUGGUUGCUGCAUUUAUAAAACCUUUCUCGCGCUGCUAUUUCAGUGUUUAAUGGCUGCUUAAUCAGUGUUAUAUUGUGCUUAAAAUGGUCAAGUGUGCAUUAAGUUUAAAUUGGUGUCAAUGAAAGUUGUUUGUUAAACCUAAUUAUAAUAUGGAAGCAAUUUUGGGUGAGCGUGGGGGUCAUAGCUGUCAACUUUUCCCUUUUUUUAAGGGAAAAUCUUAUUCGGAAUAAGGGAAUUUCCCUUAAAAAAAGGGAAACGUUGACAGCUAUGGUGGGGGUUGCAGUUGGGAAGGAAAGUGUUAAUCUUCUUAAUAUACUUACACACACACACACACAUAUACACACACACACACUGCAUCCACUGCACAACUAUUAGUUUUAUAUAUUUUUAUGUAUGUCCCAUUGGAAACUGUCUACUAAGUCCAAAUGGGGAGACUAGGGAGGGGACAAAGAGGGGUGAAGAGAGGGGAAAGGAAAUAAAGUGAAAAGGCAGGAUGAGGGGGAGGGAAUGGAUGGUGUAUCAGAGCCCUGCUCUUACCUGCUGCUCCAUACCUGGGCUGCAUUCACUUGGCAGUUUAUUCUAUUUCCCUGAUGCUUCUCUGUUCAUUUCCACAUUAUUUUUGAGCUUUCACAUCACCUAAGAGCCACUUCCGGAAAACUAAUGGAACACAGAGCAUACUCAAAGCUCAUUUCCAUGUUAUUUGAUUCCAAGGGGGUGGGUGGGUGGUGGGUGGGAUGUGUUUGCAGCCUUCUUUACCUGGAAAAUCACAGAAGUAAAGUAACCAAAUCUGGAGUGGUAUGCCAGAGUGCAAAUCUUUCCUGCAGUUUUCAUGGCGGAAUCAUGAGGGCACAGAAGCAGCCAUGUGCAGAAAGGGUUGUUGGGGAGCAGUGACAAUGACAUUCUUUGUUGUUGUACCUGGGGUUUGGCAAAGCUGGCCCCUGCCAAGGGCGCUGGUGGGGGGUGGGUUGCAAAAAUUGCCCCUCUUUCGGUGCCUCAACAGAGGAAUCUGAAUUCUGGUGUGGGCCAUCACAGCAGCAAUUGCAAGGGUGGGUGGGCGGGCUGGUCAGCCAUAUUUUGUCCAUGGGCCAAACAUUCCCCACCUCUGGAAUAGAAUGUGUGUCUGUGAGUGAGUGAGUGUGUGUGUGUGUGUGUGUGUGUGUGUUUGUGUGUGUGAGAGAGAGAGAGAGAGAGAGAGAGAGAGGAGAAAGAGGGAGGUAUUUCUGGUACUACUGAAGGGGAGGUGAAUUUUGCCCACCACUGCUCCUGCUACUACACCCUUUAAAAUUACAUAAAUGCUGGGCCCUCUCCUGGAAUAACUGUUGCUGUAUCAGGAAGGUUGAUAAAUUGAUAAUGCCCAGUGGGCACUUCCCACUGUUUUAGAAAUCCAUCUGUGUUUAAGAAAUGUGAUUGCAGGAGGAACUUCUCUUCCUCUGGCUCUACUUUUAUUUGAAAUACCCCAUUGCUAUAUUGUCACUGUUGUUUUCUAACCCCUUCCCUCUUUUCCGUUCUCAAAAGGGGAAAGUUACGUAUGUUCAUCUGACAACUUUUUUAAGAAAGUGGAGUAUACCAAGAAUGUCAACCCCAACUGGUCUGUCAACGUGAAAACCUCCGCCAACAUGAAAGCGCCUCAGUCCCUGGCCAGUAGCAACAGUGGUCAGGCCAGGGAGAACAAGGAUUUCGUGCGCCCCAAGCUGGUGACCAUCAUUCGGAGUGGGGUGAAACCCAGGAAGGCUGUCCGUGUGCUGCUGAAUAAGAAGACGGCACAUUCCUUUGAGCAAGUUCUCACUGAUAUCACAGAAGCCAUAAAGCUGGAAACAGGAGUCGUCAAAAAGCUGUACACGCUGGAUGGAAAGCAGGUAAGACCAUUUUGUUCAAAUGUCCCCAAGAUCUCCAAAGUUUCACAACAGUACAAAGAGUGGAAGGAAAUACACAAGUAGAAUUGUGUGGCGUUUGGUCCAAAUAUUUUUUACUCUAUAAGAUACACCAGACCACAAGACGCACCUAGUUUUUGGAGGAGGAAAACAAGAAAAAAAAUAUUCUGAAUCUCAGAAGCCAGAACAGCAAGUGGGAUUGCUACUCAGUGAAAGCAGCAAUCCCUCUUGCUGUUCUGGCUUCUGGGAUAGCUGCGUAGCCUGCAUUCGCUCCAUAAGAUGCACACACAUUUCCCCUUACUUUUUAGGAGGGAAAAAGUGAGUCUUAUAGACUAUAGAGCAAAAAAUACGGUACUUAAAAACACCAUCAAAUUCUUAACCAGCGAGCCUCAGAAUGGGAGACUUGUUACAACACUGGUGUCUUCUCCUCUCCCACAUGCUAUCUGGAGUCUUCAGUCUGUUUAGAAGCCAAGAUUGGAACUCCUUCCUAAAUUGAGACAGUGUCCUGUUUGGCGGGUCUCAUUUUCUAUCCCACAUCCACUCUUGCCACUUGAUCAUAAGCAAGCCCUACUCACAUGAUGGGUGAGCAGGUAAGCUGACUUGGUCAUAUGAUGCUUGUGUCUACACUGAAGCUGUGUAUACACUAAUAUCAGUCCAAAAUAAUUCAUGUUUUUCCUUAACAUGCUGCUUUCAAUCUAGAUUGAUUCUAGGUCCUGCCAUCUUCAAGGGUGGGUGUGGCUACUUGUCACUUGUUUGAAAACUCGCCCCUUGAUUAAGUUAUCCUUGCCUUUUGCACCCUGCACAUCUCCUAGGUGAAUGAAGAAGGAAGUGGGGUUUGUAGUAUUGGUGUACAACCACCGAGUGUCAUUGGAUAUACUCCUUGUGCACACACACACUUUGCCAGGACAGCCUACAUCUGUUUUCAAAUUACAGUGCAGCAUAAUGCAGAAUCAAUUUGCAAGAAGUUUUGUUUUUUUAAAUGAAACCAGUUUCUUGAACUGCUUUUCAGGUGCAAUUCAGCAAAUAAAUAAAUAAAACAAUGCAAUAGAUCUAGAUUGUGUGUAGACUACAUCGAAAAAGCAAGUACUGAGUCUCCAAUUUGUUCUAGAAUAAAAUGCCACGUGUACACAGUCUGGGUGGCGUAAGUUAGCUUCCUUCACAACUGCAUCACAAGUCGUUCUAGGGAAGGGUCCUAGCUCAAUGGUAGAGCACCUGCUUUGCAAAAGAACAUAAGGAGAGCUCUGCGGGAUCAAGCCAAAGGAUUAUCUAGUCCAGCAUCCUAUUCUCACAGUGGCCAAGCAGAUGCCCAUAGGAAACCUGCAAGCAGGACCUAAGUGUAAUAGCGUUCUUCCAACUUGUGAUUCCAAUCAGCUGGUUUUCAGAGGCAUACUGAUAGCCUUCUCCGCUCCGAAUUUAUCUAAUUCUCCUUAAAGUCAUCCACGUUGGUAGUCAUCAUUACAUCCUGUGCGAGCCAAUCGGGUCCCAGCUUCAAUUACCAGUUAGGUAUGGGAUCCAUCCUUGUCUGAAAUCACUGUUGUGAGCACUGGCGGAGGAACAGGGGGGCGGGGGGAGCGCACUGCCCCCCGCGACACGAUCCUGGUGGGGUGCCAUCAUGGCUGCCCCCCAUGCUGGGCGCCACACCCCCAGGCAGCGUGCCAUGCCCCCAGGACGCGUGCCACGCCCCUUUGGGAAGCGUGCCACACUCCCAGGAUGCGCGCUAUGCCCCUGCGGGCAGCACACCACACCCUGGGAUGCGUGCCACGCCCCUGCGAGCACCGUGCCAUGCCCCCUGGACGCGGGCCAGCCACACCUCCGCCUGCUCUCCGCCCCCCCCUCGCGCACCGGAGCUUGAAGCUCCGCCACUGGUUGUGAGACAGCAUAAUACUGACCUAAGUAAACAGUGGUCUGAAUCAGUAUAAAACUCCUUCCUUCCUUUCUACCACAUUCAUAUUAAGCCUUCCCCACCUUAUGCCUGACCAUUAGCCAUGCUGGCUGAUGCUGAAAGAAAACUGUUCUCCACCCAAAGGGUACCAUGUUGGAGAAAGCUGGCAGGAAAAUCACAUUAACCUCCUUUUGAAACCUCCUUAUUUGUCCCUGGGGGGGAAAUGAGUGAAUCUAGUAUGUAGAUAUACCCCUCAACCCAGUAUAUUCAAUAUAUGGGCAGCUAAGGGGGGUGGGGUAGGGGCAGCUGCCCCACCUAAAACAAGUAAAUCAAUAAAAAUAUUUAACUAACUGAGAUUCUGCACCCCCAACAUAAAGCCACCCCCAAUCACAAAGCCUGGCUAUGCCCAUGGUUCAACAUGCUAACUACAUUUAAAUAUAGUUAAUGAAAAACUGGGAAUCCUUAGCUGAACAUCCUUCAAAUAUUUGAAAGCUGCAGAGUGCAAUCCUAAGCAUAUUUCUUCAGAAGUAACUCUCGCUGUGUUUCAUCAGAAUUAUUCCCUAGUCAGCAGGCACAGGAUUGCAGCCUUAGCCCCUUCACACUCUACAAUUUUAUAAUCUGUUGCAAUAUCCUCUUCUCGUUUCCCUUACCCAUGUUUUUCCAUAUUCCUUCUCUGAUACUAAAGCCAUGCUGACUAAGUGAACAUCUACUGAAGCCUAAAAUUAACCUGCCAAAGUGGCCACCAUCUGUUCCUAUAGAAGCCAGAUUUUUCAUGCCAGUGGUUAUGUUACUAAAUUGUCACUGGUAUUAGUAUCACGCGGGAGAAUGCAGCCAACCAUUGGAGGAAAACAGAUGCACCAACACCACUGUCCUGAGCACCACUGAACUGUGAAUAUUCUCCAAAGGAUUCUCCCUCCGCUGCUGCUGCUGCUGCUGCCACCACCACACACUUUGAAAUAAACAAUGCAGGCAGAUUGUACCAGAGUAUUAUUUUGGCUUUAGGGCACAGUCUGAACAGUUCUCAAGCUUCACACUAGUCAGAACGUUUUAAAGCAAAAUGGGUUGCUGUCUGUCUAGAAACAAAGUGAGUUGGAGGAAUGGGUAGAGAUCAUUUGGGGUGAACAGAUUCCCCGGCAUAUUGCAUCCCAUUAUUAUUGUGGAGGAGUCUGCUGAAAAUGUCGUGCUCCUCUUUCCUUUGGGUUUAUUACUGAGAUUUUCCAAAAGUAUGUCUGGAAUUGGCACAUGGACAGUUUCCUGAAGGUUUAAAGUGUCCUGCUGUUCAUUGGUUAUCUCUCUCUCACACACACACUCCUCAGCCCCACCCUGCUGCUUCUAGUGUGUGCAGAUAAAUUAGGUUACAAAAAGGAAUGUGGAUGCAAUUCCUUUUGCACUGUACUUCAUUGGUAACUGAGGGCUAAUCCACACUUCCUCUGGUCCCACUGCUUUUCCCUGGGGAUAACUGCUCUUUAGUGUUCAAUCCGGUUUCACCCGGGUUGCCAUUUAUUCCAAUCUAUCACUAAAGAGCAGAUUUUUCCUUGGAAAGCAGAGGGCAACAAGCUGAUGUGUGGAUUAGCCCUUAGACUGAACACACACAAGGGACUGAGAACGCACAUGUCCAGCAGUCUGAAUGAAGUCCAGAAAUAAAAUUUUAAAACUGAGCAUAGGAAGCUGCCUUAUAUUGACUCAUACCAUUGGUCCAUCUAGAUCAGUAUUGUCUACGCUGACUGACAGCGGUACUCCAGUACUGCUGGAAUCUUUUUCAGCCCUACCUGGAGAUGCCAGGGUUUGAACCUGGAGUUUUCUGCUUUCAAAGUGGAAUCUCUAGUGCUGAACUGUGGCCCUUCUCCAUAAUGUGAAUGCCAAACUCUCUAUCUAGCUAUCUAUAUACAUCCAUUCAAAUAAACUGUGGCUUUCUUUAGGGUAGUUUUCAAAAUGAGGAAAAGGACUUCUAGGUGAGCUGAUCUAGGACCCUCUGGACUCCCUGCCCUUUGACUUCCCUACCUCCUAGGUCCUCUUCCCCGUCCACAUCUGUUCCACAAAACUUCUCCUUCUGACAAAACUUCCCCUGCCCACAAAACUUCUGCUCAGCCAAACUGACAUUGUUGCCUUCCCUCACAGACUUUGGAGUACAAAUAUUUUUACAGCUUUGUUCCGACUUGUGUGCAACGGAGGGCAAGGGGAGUCAACUAGGGACUAAAGUGACAUAAAGCUCACAGAGCCAAUGUCCUAAUUGCUCACAUUAGUGAGCAGGCCUGAAGUGGAAUUUUUUUAAAAGGGCAUCAAAAGAGUUUCACAUGACCAACUGGUUUACUGGCAUCAUUGGAGACCUGAAGGAGUGUCUCCAACCCCUUCGUUCAGCCUGGACACUGAGAUCCAGCUCCAAGGGCCUUCUGGUGGUUCCCUCACUGCAGGAAGUGAAGUAACAGGGAACCAGGCAGAGGGCCUUCUUGGUAGUGGUGCCCACCCUGUGGAAUGCCUUCCUGUCAGAUGUCAAGGAAAUAAACAACUAUCUGACUUUUAGAAGCCAUCUGAAGGCAGCCCUGCUUAGGGAAGUCUUUAAUGUUUGAUGUUUUAUGGUAUUUUUUAUAUUUUGUUGGAAGCCGCCCAGAGUGGCUGGGGAAACCGAGCCAGAUGGGCCGGGUAUAAAUAAAUAAAUAAAUUAUUAUUAUUAUUAUUAUUAUUAUUAUUAUUAUUAUUAUUGGCUUCCAGAAAUCUCCCUAAAGUUGCAUUCUUUUUCCUAACCUCUGACAGCCGGAACAUCUCAAGUUCUUGACUUGCUCAUCAAUUGAAUGGUUCCAUUGGGUUAUAAGUAACGGCUUGAGAAUGUACAACAUGCAGUCAGGAUCUGCAUGUUGUGCAGGGCCUGCUGGAGAUUAAGCAUAAUAACCAGAGAUUGAACAAAAUUCAGCCAAUAUAUACACAUUCCCCAAGGACACGGUCAGAGGCAGUAACACUUCUGAAUACCGGCUGUUUGACACCACAGGAGAGGAAGAUGCUCUUGUCCUUGAGUCCUACUUGAGGGUUUCCCAUAGACAUCUAGGUGGUCACUGUGAGAACAGAAUGCUGGACUAGAUAGGCCAUCAGCCUGGUUUAGCAGGCUCUUUUCAUCUGUGAAACAUGCAUAAUUUUCUCUUAAUGGACAGGUUAUUUGCUCAUUCUGCACAUAUAAGAUCCAUAUUUGGGGGAAGGUUAUCAUAUGCACCUACCAAAAACAAAUGGGGAGGAGGAACAUUGGCUUGUUAUUCCAUAGCUUUUAUUUUCCUAAGUCUUUAGCUAAGUGCUGCUGCUUCUUCUAAAUGUUACCUGUCUUUUCCAAUGAAGUUAUAUACAUAUUCAUGUGUCAGGACAUUUGUGGUUUUACACACCAGAGAAUUCCUAGCCCUGUUAGAAUGUUUCCCUCUAGCAGUCUUUGCCUCUACAAGGAUGUAAUGUGGCAGGUGAUAGGUGAACUCCAGAUACCUGCUGGAGAAGCAGAUGCAAAUGUGUACCAAGGCUAGGUCACUGCUAGAUUCUGCAGAGCUCUGUGAAUUUGCCACCUUUGCUUAGAUGACGCGUGAAGUGAGAUAGUUCAAGCAGUGGAAGAAGAAGAAAAGUUAGUGAACAGCCGUUUCCACAGAAGGUACAAAUACAAAUGAAACCAUUGUUUCCAGAGCUAUGGUGGUGCCAUUCUUCAAGAAACAACGCCUAACAUGAUUGCUUCAGACCCAUAACAUUGGCUACACAUUGACAUGUGGGUAUUCAGUAGUUCAGGGGCAGCUAACCUGGUCCCCUCAAUAUGUUGUUGGACGACAACUCCCAUAAGCCUCCACUAGCAUAACCAAUGGUCAGGGAUGAUGGCCAUUCCUGCUAGCUCAUACUGAUGAGGGGACCAAAUGUUGCAUCCUUGAAAGUAGGGAAGGUCCCCAAAUCCAGAGAGAAAUGUGGGCUUGGCCAGAGAAUCAUAAGGAUCCCUAGGAUGAAGGUUGGAUUGGCCGGGUUUGGUAUCUAAUUAGGAGUCUGUUGUUUUUCAGCUCAAGCCACUGAUAUCAGGGAUAAUAUCGAUUUUAAAAUGGUGUAGAGAGAUUUAAAAUGGCACCACCAGGGAGCAGAUCUUUUUCAAUGAAUCAUGACUUUUCUAUUAUAUCCUACUUUGCAAAAUGGAAGUUAAUUUAAAAUCAGUUUGAGGGGGGACAGUUUAUAUUACAUACACAGAGGAAUACACACACACACACACACACACACACACACACACACACACGGAGUGCAAAUAUACAGCAGCUGGAACAGUGCAGAAGGUCACAGCUUUUGCAGCUCUGCUCCAUGAAGAACAAUGGAAAUAAUAAGUGGUAUUGACUCCACAGGAAUAAUUAUGCAGCCAGUCUGCCUGCAGGGCAGCAGGGGAGAACAGGACGGUGAGGUCCUUCGUUUCUAUCCCCAUCCCUCGCCAUCUGUUCUCUGCCACUUAGCUGAUAUCUGGUCCACUGGCAGGGCCUGAAAAAGCUUGUUCUUCUCUUGGCAAUCUACAGACAUCAGUCCCUACCAUGUGCUGAUGGGCUUGAAGGCUCAAGAGCCUGGUAGAGGGACUUGACCUCAGAUACCAUGUCUGGUAGAAGGGCAAAUGGCACAGUCUUUCCAUCCCUCCUCCUUUUUGACUAACUUACGUAUAUAAAAGUAUUUGCUUGGACAGUGAAAUAUACAUCUUAAAAAAAAAAAAAAGCUGGCUGGAAUGCUUGGUGUAAUUCUAUGUUCCCUAUUUCUAAGCUAUGUGAAUAGAAAUAAAUGUAUUCGUACUCUCCUCCAACAUCUCAUGGCUCCACGAAGAGGAUUCUUAUGCACUUGGUGAAUUUCUGGGAUGCACAUUCUUUUACUUUUCUGCCAAACUUUUUUGCAUUAGGCUUUCUUGAUCUUGGUCUAAGAACUUAUGGAAGCUUCUACUGAUCUGAUCUUUUUAUAUUUUGAUUUACUGCAUGCUCUAGGUUGCUUUGUUGGCUGUUUGUCAAAAAAUCAAGACAUGCGCAAAAAAUGAAAAGCCAAUCAACCAAACAAAAAACCUGGUUGGAACAGUAAAUAAGGGUGGGGUCAAUUAUUUAUUUACUUCCAAUAUUUACAGACUGCUUUUCCCCAUAAAUGGUCUUGAAGCAACCAGUUUUUAAAACGUCCAUCAUCUUGGCUAGUAACUAUUAUCCUACUUACCUUCCAUUAAUUUCUCCAACCCUCUUUAAAGCCACCCAAAUGUGUAGCCAUCACUAACUCUUGUAGGAGCUAAUUCCAGGGUUUAACUAUGUGCUGCGUGAAGAAGUGCCUCCUUAUCUGUUCUGAUUCUUCCAGAAUUCAGUUUCAGUGGGUAACCCCAUCAGAUUCUAAUAUUAUGAGAGAUGGGGGCGGGGGACCUCUCUCUGUCCACUUUCUCCAAGCUUGAGGUUUCCAGGCCUGAGGGGACCCUGAGCAAAGUGUCCUCUGGUGGGUCUCUUUCUUCAUCAAUGGGCCCUGGAGGGCUUACCUAGAGAAAGAGAGCAACAGUCCGCUGUGUAUACGAGAUGGCUUAGCUGCCAUUUUAAUUUCACAUGGUGCCCUGAGACAAUGUCCCACUUUCCCAUUAUGGGAAAUUUAAAUUGCAGUAGACUUAAAAGGGGCCAUGUCAGGCAGCAGCCCUGGGCCAUACCAGGAUGCUGGGUGGCGGCAGCUGCCUUGGGACACCAGGUGCUGAUGCUGACCCAGAUUAAAAAUUACUUGAGUAUAUACUGAAAGAUUUGUGAACUUCUUAAACCUGAAAAGCUUUCCUGCAGAGUUCAUUUCUGGACAACUCAGCUGUAAUGGGACUGAAACACUCCCUCUCGCCUUCCUAAUGCAGCCAUAUCAGAAACCUUAUCAACUGCUGGCAGACUGCAGGAUUACAUGUAAAUGAAGUAUCAAAGGCUAGAAUUAGAAUAUUAGCUAUGAUGAAUAUGACUUUUGCAUGCUCAAGUGGGCUUCACAGUGGAUUAAAAGCAUCCUAGCCUACAUCUCAUAAUUCUUGCUGAAAGUUUAAGGCACUGUUUUCACUGAAUUUUAAUAUGGUGUUAUUACUUUCUGCGAUACUAUGGAUUUUCUAUUAUUUUAGACAACUGCAGUCACUGAGGUUUACAUCUGGACAAGCAUAUGUCAGGAUGAAAUGAAAGCAAUGAGACUUUUAUAGCCAAACAUGCCAGUCAACAAACUGCUUCAUUGCCUGUGUAGGGAAUUUUUAUUUUUAACUUUUUGGCAUCAUUUGUUGUUCAAAAUUUGAAAUGGAGUUUUGCUGAUGUUGCUAGCCUAGAUCUUUAAUCCUUGUUUUUCGGUGUGAUUAGGGACUUGCCAUCAAAUCACCCAUAAUCACCAAUGAUUGCAUGUUCUCUGCAUAUUUUUUUAAGCAGCAAAGGAAACGCUCAGCUGUGCAUAAUAGCAAGGAUUUGGACACCUCUUAAUUACUAAUGUUAAGUAUUCAAUUGGCAAAUCAUCCUCAUUGCAUGCUAAUUAGUGUCACAGUCCAAAGAAGAGAUGGGCACAAUAUAGACUAUAAGCGCCAUGAGGUCCAAGAUGCCCGUUUUAGAAACUGUAUUCGUGCAGUCAGUGCAGCCAGAUCUUUAUUGGAAUACAACUUUCAUCAUUCCUGAUCUGAUGGGUGUUGGCCAAGAGCUGACAGUGCCCACUUUGCUGCCACCACUGCCGUAAACAACUGCAAAUAUAUAUAUAAUCUAUAGGCAAACAUGAGUACCAAGACAGUACAACUGACUGGAGAAAAUAUUGCAUAGCUCUCAUGAAGAAUUCCAACCAUAAUGUCUUCCUCAGGGUCUUGGUCUCAGUGCUGCCUUUGUAGAACUCAGUAAGGAAAAGGAUGGUGACAAAACUCAACCUAUUGCCCAUUGGGAAUGAUAAGGGGGAAGGCAAGGAGCCCAAGAGUAGGUGGAGACAAAGCCCAUGACAGGCAAAGCCAGAGCAAAAUAACACCCAGCACCAACCAAUUUUAGUUUCUCUGCCCCUGUCCUGGACCAUCACUGGACUGCUUUCAAAUACAGUGGUAUCUCAGGUUACAUAAGCUUCAGGUUACAGACUCCGCUAACCCAGAAAUAGUACCUCGGGUUAAGAACUUUGCUUCAGGAUGAGAACAGAAAUUGGGCGGUGGUGGUGUGGCAGCAGUGGGAGGCCCCAUUAGCUAAAGUGGUGCUUCAGGUUAAGAACAGUUUCAGGUUAAGAACGGACCUCCAGAACGAUUUAAGUACUUAACCCGAGGUACCACUGUAAGAAGAUAAGCAGGUGGGAGCUUGCUAAGGGCAGGCUGUGUUUAGUGAGGCAGUGCUCCAUUUGCCUUUAUGGGUUAGCCUCCUUUGACAGCCACGUUUGUGCUUGAGCUAAUAAAUAAAUAAUAAUAAAAACCCAGAGUCUCAUCCUGCAAAGCCACAGGUGUUUUGAAGGCCCACUCUCAGCACGAGAGGCUAUCCAAGGGCAAUAUUUAGGCCAUAGGACAAAAACCGUCUUGAUUCAAUGUCUCCCACCUUCCCUUCUUCACGUGCUUCCUUCCCAUAACUCAUGGCUUUGACUGGUAUGUGUAUUCCCAUUCCCCCAACCUCCCAUUGUGUAGUCUGGCAGCUGCAAGGACCAGUUGCUAGGUGACAGCCUCUGCAGCACAAAGCGCUCUGGCUGGGCAGGUCAGUCCUGCCAUUUUCAGACAGCUGUGCAUAAUUUCUAUUUGCCUUUCUCUCACUGUCGCUAAAUCACAGGGCGCCGAAUCAGCAUAAAACAUCUAAUGGAGAUUAAAGGGCUGCACUUAUUCUCAUUGCUUUAUUCUUCUUUAAAAACAAGUCUUUGGUGAAAAGAGAUUGCACAUGGGUAGGCUUGUCUUUGACUAGAGCCAGACCAGUGGGGUUAAAAAUUAAUGUCAGGCCAGAGUAUUUUUUUGGCAUUUAGUGUGUGUGCACGUGUGUGUGCACGUGUGUGUGCACGUGUGUGUGUGUAAAUACACUCAAAAGAUUGGAUUACUCAUUGUGGACAGGCAAAAUCAAAUAACAGGUGGAGUAAGAUUACCUUUGAAGGAGAAAGAGCUGUAACCUGUAGCUCAUUGGCAGAGUACUUGGUUUGAUGCCCAGAAUCUCUAGUUUGGACUGGGAAUGUCACCUGCCUGAGAUCCUGGACAGCUUCUGCUGGUCAGUGAACAGUUAUUGUGCUGUGUGAGUCAGUGGUCUGACUCUAUAAAAGGCAACUUCCUAUAUUUCUGCAAGGGGGCUAUGAACUUAGCUUCCUUUUCUUUGUUAGUAGGGAAAAAAACUUUUCUGCCACUUCAGGGAGCCAGUUGGCUGACCUCAGUAAUCCAAGGGUGUUCCCUUUGUAAUUUAAGAACCUUUGGCCCUCCAGAUGUUGCUGAACUGGAACUUGCAUCACUCCCAUUGCCUGGGGCUGAUGGGAGUUGUAGUUCAGCAACAUCCGGAGGGCCGAAUGUUCCUUGCACCUGGUAUAGAAGGCCAUUCCCAGGCAGGUUCUUGGGAAGGUGGAGGAGAUGACUGCUCUAAUUGAAACAGAGUUCGCCAGCAUGCAAAGUUGAGAUCCAUUCCAGAGACACAUUCUGACUCUGUGCGCUGCUAGAAGAUCAGAUCCAGAUUCCUUAGAUGGCAUCAUUGUAAUCAAUUUUAGCCCUAUUCAAAGUAGACCCACUGAAUCAAUGGGAUUCAAUGGCUGUGUGUCUGUAAGUGUGAUGACUACAGAGAGUGAAAAGUCUUAUCUUCUAUGGGCAGGGAGCAGGGGAAGGUGGAACCCUGAUCAUCAAAUGCUGAUUUUCAGAGUUGAAUGAAAUUGUAAAUGGAGAUAGAUAAACAGAUGGUACCUGAACAUGAGCACAUGAGUGGGUGGGCCAUUUGGAACUAGGAUGAUCUUCAUUCUAAUCCUCUUUCACUCAGCUAACCCUGUUCCAGCUAUUAUUAUAAUGCUCACACACCUUGACUGAAUUUCUCGGAAAUGAGUUCAUUGGUUAGAUACAGACUACAGCUGGAUCUGCUGGGCUUUUGUCUCCUUAACAGUAGGGUUGCCAUAUUUCAAAAAGUAAAGAACAGGACACCCCGAAAGUUGCUGAGCUUUUUUAAAAGGAAACACCCAAAAUUGUUGAGCUGAAAAAAAGGUGACUUUUCAGUUGACUUUCCUAGGAUCCAGGACAAAGCACUGCCUUUUGGAAAUCCCUCCCCUCCAGACAUCAAUUUAGAACACAGGUUGACAUAUGUCUGUCUCUGGAGACAAUAGAAGAGUGUGCCUUUGGGGAUGAAGUCAAACGGUUGGAGAGUUACAGCACCUGCUGUGGCUGUAGAGACCAAUAUGUUUUAUUGCAAGUGGGGCAGAUGAAGUUGUGUUGCUCCGCUACUGGAGAGGAAGAAACAUCUCUUAAUUGUGGGUUUUGGCCUACUUGUCAAAUGCCACCCACAUCACAAAAACAGAGUAGUCACAGCGGUGUUGCAUUCUUGCCCGUCUGUGCAUUGGGAAGAAGGAUUUGUGUAUCUGGCUCUGCUAGAAGUAAGAAGAUUAAAUCCUUCAAUUAGCAUAGGAUUUGACACAGCAGAUAAGACCCCAGAGCCCACUGAGGUUUCUGCCUCUUUUUGAUUUCCUAUCAGGCAGUGCAACAGCUCAGAUGCACCAGUGCUAAUCAAGAUGCCGUAUGCUUGCUCAGACCUUAGCUUUUGCAGGGGCUUAAACUCAGAACCUGUUUUAAUGGAAGAGGCCAUAGCACAGUAAUAGAGCAUAUAUUUUGCUUGUAUAGCAUUCAUGAUCCAAGGGGAAGGUCACCAACAAGGAGGGGUGGUAGCCAAGAUGAGGCAAGGUAAAGGUCAGAGGGAGUUCAAGGUGGAGAGAGUUCAAGGUGUUGGUUCAGGAACAAGUGCAGUGUUCCUGCCACUGAGGCUGGACAUCCAAGUUGUCUCGCCUAAGUUCUGGAGCAUCUGAGUUUCAAAGCAGUACUAGAUGAUUAUUAGUCAGAGGGCAGUUGCCAGUUCCUUCGUUUGUAAACAAUGACUUCUUUGUGGCAGCUGUGGGGAUGUCUGCUUAGGGUUCCCUUGGGGCACUGAAGAGUCAGUAGACCAGCCGUCAGUCUGGCAGCUGAAGUGUCUCCUGAGGGCCCAGGGGACUAGAGCUCUGUUGCCAGAUCCAUCCAAGCUUCAGUUGCCAAAGAACUCUGUCUCCAAGGAAACUUUAUCUGGGGUCAUGGUACCAGAUCCCAAGUAUCUCCAGUUAAAAGGUGGAAAGGUUAGGAACAUCCCUUGCCUGAAGCCUUGGAGCACUGUCAGCAUAGAUAGCACUGAGAAAGAUGGGUCAUUAGUUUGAUGUAGUACAAGGCACUUAGGAGGGGGGCAGCAAGUAGUUUGUCUGCAUCUGGCUAGCUGAAGCUUUCCCACCCCUGUCUUGGAGCACAAACACAUGAAGUUUCAUUAUACUGAGAGGGCUCACUGUUCCAUCUAGCUGAGUACUGUCUGCAAUGACUGGCAGUGACCCCCUGGGUUUCAGGUAGGGAUCUUGCCCCAGCCAAGUCCAGUAGCUACCAGAGUAUUCAGACUCUAGGGUCUGAUGUGUCAAGUUCCAAAUACAGUCAUACCUCAUGUUACGUCCGCUUCAUGUUAUGUUCUUUCAGGUUACGUCCCACGGCGACCUGGAAGUACCGGAAAGGGUUACUUCCGGGUUUCGCCGUUCGCGCAUGCGCAGACGUGCAAAAUGAUGUCACGCGCAUGAGCAGAAGCGGCGAAUCACAAUUCACGUGUGCACAGAUGCGCCAUUGCGGGUUGCGCUCUUUUCAUGUUACGAAUGGGCCUCCGGAACGGAUCCCGUUCACAACCAGAAGUACCACUAUAGUAUUUAUAGACCACACGGGGUAUGGAUGCUGAUCAGAACAUGUACCCUCCAAAGCCUAAACUGGAGGCACAUUAUAUGUGGUUCCUUUUUGCAUGUGCUAAGCUGCAUCUACAAAGACAGGACUGAGGCUUUUCCUCUGAACUGGUACAUCACGUCAACGUAGCUUUACCAGUCUCUGUGGCUGGCUGGUCCUUUGGAAGGAAUGCUGGAUGCAUGUGGCUUAUUAAUUCCGCUGCCAAGUCUUUUCCCAAGCUGGCCUUUUGUUGUAGCUUAUUUCUCACCGCAGAGCUCUUUUGAUUCCCAGCCCCCUCCUCUCACUGGAGCUUCAGUUCCUCUUGGCUGCUUCUUGCUCACCCCAUUGUUACUCCAUUUUCAGCCUGGAACUGCAUCUCCCCAACAUGCACGUCCGGACUAUUAGCAAAGUUGGUCCUUUCUCUCUUUUUCUCCCAAGUUCAUGUGACCUGUGCCUUUCUUGGAUCCAAAUACUCCCGUGCAUUGACUCAACUCAUGUAAAAGAGACAAAAGAAUCAGUAAAACAUAAGCUGGGCUCACCAGAGCCAGCUGGCAGUUCUGUGUGUAUCUGUGUGUGUGUGUGCUCACAUGUGCGUGCGUGCAUACAGAGGGGGAAAGGUGGGUCACCAAACUGUUACAAAUGCUUGUUUUGACCUUUAAAAAAUGAACUAGAGUUCUCAGAAACAGUUGUGGUUUUCCUUAGGAAUUAUACUGCUAUGUCAUAAAGUCCUGCGGAGUGGGGGCUGGCACAUCCACAUUCUGAAAACUGUAAUUUAAAAACCAGCUGAGUAUGACUGAACAUGCCCUGAAUGAUACAUUCAGCAGAAUCAAAGGAUGCAUGUUUUUCCUAGAGUUACAUGCCUAAAUGCUUUGCAUAUACCCCUAUACACCCACCCACCCCUUUCUGUCUAUAGCGAACUAGCAUGGCAGAGAUGGAAGUUCAACCUAGCUUUCUCCCAUGCAUGAAACCAUGGCUGAACACUCCAUCCCACCCCUAUCAGACAAGGGUCUUGAAGACUCAGAAGACGCAGAGGAUUUGCAUGUGAACCAAAAAUCAGCUGCCCUCUUAGAGAAUUUUGAUAGUACUUUCCUUUCAGAAAUAGCAUUUAACAGUACCUUUUUAUAGGGACAUUACUGUCUUUUCUGAAGAUUAAUGUUUGUUUUGAUUCAGCAGUAAACAGUAGGUUUUCCUGGGGAAGGCGGUGAGACAAAUUAAAAAGAUCUCAGACCUGUGCCUAGUAAUCACACAACAAACAAAAGUGUGAAUGAGCCCUUACCCUUAUGUUCAGCGGUCAGGGAGCAGCUCAUUUGGUUAGAGCACGGUGCAGAUAACACCAAGGUUGCAGGUUCAGUCUCUGUAUGGGACAGUUGCAUAUUCCUGCAUUACAGGGGGUUGCAACUAGAUGAUCCUCAGGGCCCCUAUGAACUGUGCAGUUCUAUGGUUCUAUGAAACGCUUUUUAUCCGAGAAGAUCUGUUCAUGGUGCUGAAUGCAGGUUCCAUUAUCAAAACAACUCUGGGCAAUGGAAAGGGAAAUAAACUAGGAUGACCCUUGGUAUCACAUCCUCUUGCCAGACCUAGUUUAAUUAUUUGAUCAUCCUGAUAGUCAUACAAAUUAACAAACUGGCUAUAAAAUGUUUAUGUUUUGGCAUAUAGUCAUGUCACUUUCCUGAAGAAAGGAGAGGAAAGUUUAUCCUGAUGUUAAGUAAUAUUUACAUUAACAUUCAUUAUGCAUAGAACAAUCAGCCAGAAAAGGGAAGAAAGCAGGAAGGUUUGACACUGUAGGUUCUUUUUGUCUAUAUUUGCACUACAAUUUAAAUUUAAACUAAUAUUCAACUUCCUCCUCUAAGUGUUUUUUUAAAUAGAUGUUUCACACCGCACAGGAUGACAUGCAUGCACGCACGCACACCCCAAUUUUAUCCUCAUAGCAACUGAGAAGUAGGUAGGCUAGGCUGCGAGACAUACACGAACUUGGAAAAGCCAGCCAGAUGGGGUUUUUUUAAGGAUUUGAACCCAGGGCUCCUUGGUCCCAGUCCAAUGGUCUAGCCAGUAUACCACACUGGCUUUCAAUAUGUUAAGUAUUGAACUGUUUCCCCUUUUGGCUGAUGAGAUGUCAUUAUGUUUACACACGUAUGCUUACUUUCUAAAACCCCAUCACAAGGUUAUCUUAAUAUAUCCAAAGCAUACAGUUGCACUGUGGACAAGUUUCAUUUCAUCUUUUCAUUUUGAGUUUGGACCAUUAAAAACAUGUGAGAUCAACUGCUGGUGCAUGUUCAUAAGUGUACUUACUUACUGUAGAUUCCGGCAUAUAAGACGACUUUUUAACCCCAGAAAAGAGGUUAAAAAGUCGGGGGUCAUCUUAUACGCCGGGUAUGGCUGCAGUGGGCUGCGGGCUCCACUCCACACCGGGAGGAAGCUGCCCAGCGAUGCUAAGCCAGCUUCGCUGGGCAGCUUCCUCCCGGCACGGAGCCCGCUGCGCAGCGAAGCUGCCAAAGCGUAUAAGGUGACCCCCCCAAAUUGGCAGUCAUCUUAUACACCCAGUCGCCUAAUACGCCGGAAUCUACGGUACUUUAAAUUGUUAUAUAUCCACAAGAGUUCAUACAGUACAAACAUGGAAAGCUGUCUUAUACUGUGUCAGGUCAUAACCUUAUGUAGCAUAAUAUUGUCAACACCGACCGACAGUGGUUCUCCAAGGUUUCAGAAUACGGCCACUCCCAGACCCACUGGUGCUCUGUUACUGAGGAAUAGUCCUUCAGACAUAUUCUUAUGCCUCAGGGCAGUUCACAGGACAAAAUCAAAAUAUAAAGCCACAAAAAUAUAUAAUCAAAAUAACAACAACAACCCAAUACCCCCCCCAAGAGCCACAUUAUAAAAGGGCAUAGGAUGUCAAUCAAAUCAACCAAAGGCCUGGUUAAAAAGGAAUAUUUUUGCCUGGUGCCUAAAGGUGAAGGCACCAGGCAAACUUCCUUGGGGAGAGCAUUCCACAGACAGGGAGCCACUCCAGAGAAGGCCCAUUCUUGUGUUGCCGCCCUCCGGACCUCUCAAAUAGGAGGCACACAAAGAAGGGCCUCAUAUGAUGAUCGCAGGGUCCGGGGAGGCAGUGGCAGAGCAACAUGCUGCAGCCCCCGGAGCGGAGAACAGACAGGGGCAUGGUUGUCACGCGUCCCAGGGGCAUGACGCGUCGCCCGUGGGGGCAUGGUACACGUCCUGGGGGCGUGGCGCAUUGCCCACAUGGGUGUGGCACGCAUCCCAGGGUUGCAUGUGCUGGGGGUGCAGCUGUGAUGGCACCCUUUCCCCAAAUGGUACCCAGUGCGGCACACUCCCCUGCCCCCUUCAUACGCCAGUGGAAAGAGGCAGUCCUUGAGGUAUUGUGGUCCUGAGCCAUUUAAGGCUUUGUAGGUCAAAACCAGCACUUUGAAGCGGGCCAAACGGGCUCCACGACGUGGAAGAGGACACUUGGGCGAUUGUGUCAACACCCGAAUCUAUUUGGGUGUUCCAGAGGUCAGCUAGGGCUUCGACAGGGGCAUCAGCUGAAUCCCCCCCCCACAGCCAUUUGGAAUCCCACUGGAUCCAUCAGCCUCCACGAGCGGACCUUCCUAAUAGGUCCCCUGCCUCUGCGGAGGGGAAAAGGUCUGACAGCCUAAAUCUCAACAGGAAGUGAUCUGCCCAUGACAAGGGACUAAUGUUGAUGUCCACCAACUUCAAAUCACCCGUUUCCUGCCUACUUGAGAAACAAGAUCCAGAUUGUGGCCUGCCAUGUGCAUUGGGCUGGUGACAUGUUGGGACAGCCCCAUGGUUGCCUUGACUGAGCUACCCCAGAGCCCGCUGUCUUGGCAUGGAUGUUAAAGUCUCCCAGAACCAGCAGUCUGGGAGUCCUCAAUACCUCCUCUGAGACCAGCUCCGUCAGUUCAGGCAGGGAGACUGCUGGGCAGCGGGGUGGGCAGUAAACCAGCAAAAUCCCUAAUCUGCCCUGACUGCCCAAUGCCAGAAAACACUCUAAAUCCCCCCCCCCAACUGUACAGAGAACCUGAAGAUAAGAGAAAGAAUCUCUAUAAACCACAGCAACUCUCCCUCCCCGACCCUCAAUGCUGCACUGAUGCUGCACUGAGUACCCAGGUGGGCACAGCUGGGUAAGACCAGCUCCACCCUGUUCACCCACCCAGGCCAGGUUUCAGUGAUACAUGCCAGAUCAGUCUCCUCAUCCAAAACCAGAUCAUGGAUGAGGGAGAUUUUAUUCUGGACCGACCUGGCAUUCAACAGCAGCAGUCGCAGACCCGAGGGAUGGCUGAUAUGACAUCCACAAUGCCCCAGGUUGGAGUAGGAGCUGGCACACAGCACAGUCACUAACUGUCUGGGCCGUAUGCCCCUUACCCACCCUGCCCCUCCUCCCAUGCAAGACCUCCCCCUACCUAGAACCACUGUAAUUGUGCCUCCCCCUGCUUUCCCCCCACUCCUUUCCUCCAGGAACAUCCCACCAAAUGCCCUUACAUAUCUAAGUGACCAAGUGGAUAGAGGCAGGAUUACGCCCCCCAGGCUCUCAGCAGGGUGGUCCCCGCUGUGCAACAGCAGCAGGGACCACCUGGGCCAGGUGGAUAGAGGCACGAGGACGGCCCCCAGCAGGGUGGUCCCCAAUGUGCAACAGCAGCAGUCCUUAUGAAGCCUGUCAGGCCCUGUCCUGGGCCAGGUGGAUAGAGCACGGUCCUCAGGUUCUCUCUGGAAAUGAAGUGAUGAAGAGACAAUGAUGCCAGGAGCUGAGGGAAUCUCUGGGGCUGAAUCAUUGGCAUCAGAGGAUGUCAGCAGGGAAACAUUUUCAAAAAUGAAUGAUGUGGGAAGCACAAUCCAUUGAAGUUCUUCUCAGUAACCUCUGGCAGAGAUCUCUGCAGAACAUAGUUCUCUAGCAGCUGCUUCCUAUGAUCCAAAGAAAGAUUUUUUUUACCAGUAUUGGGCUCUGUGGUGGCUCAGGAUUCCUCCUCUAUGGCUGAAGCUCCCAAGGUGUCUGGCUCAGUCAUUCCAUAGCUGACCUUGGUGGUUUGCUAUGAGGUUAAGUAGUAGAACAAAUAAUGUGGGCAAAUGUGGGCAGACAUGAAGGGAAGUCAAUGACUGAGGCUCUGCCACUAUUCCUUCCUCUUUGUAUAGCUCUGUAGUGGAUUGGACUCUCUUCCCUAGUCCAAUCCAGGCAAGCUCCGCCCCUCCAACAAGCAUGCAGUGCUGGCUGAGGGAUGGGACAUUCAAGGAAGGUGACAUGGCCACCCACCUGUCACACCUUGUGUGGGACCAUAGCCAGCAAUACUGCCAAUCUCUUACCAUGCUUGCCACUCCUUCCCUCUUGGCACUGGGCACAAUGAGGCCCUGUGCUAUGGAAGCCAGGCCAAUCGGAAGUGACUAGGAUAUAAGCUGCAAAGAAUACAGAGUCAAAUCUAUACUAAGCAUCUGUUAGUUAUUAGCAUCUAGCAAUGCAAUCCUUCUGACUUAAUUCUCUUUAGCUUUAGCCUUUGCAGUUCUGCAGUAUGUUUGACCCAAAUAUCCCCAUUGUGGUUUUCAUAUUUUUACACUUCCGUUCACAUAAGUUGAAAGGGCUUCUCCUGAGUCUGUUGCAGGAGUUGGUUUAGAGAGCCAGUUCAUGGCUCCUUAUCAAAUUAUUGCCAGAGCCCCAAAGGCUCUCUGAAAACACCCUCAAAAACAUUCUCCAUAGACCCGCCCCAUUGCGUCUUCUGCUUAUCUCCACUGCUUAAGUACUUACACUUUCAAAUUCAUUUAGACACAGGGCUUCGGGGAAUUUUUAUUCUCAUACUGAUAAUAGAAGCAUUGUUUGAUUUGUUUCAGCCAUUAUCCUUUUCUUUUGGUAGGAUAAAAAAUAGAACGCAUUGUAUCCACUUAGGUACUCCAUUAUUUUCUGGUGAAAGUAUGUAGUGAUUCUGCUGCUGCCCAAUGAAAAUGCUGCCACCCAGUAUUGCUGAGGUUGGAAGAAAGGAUGAGAGGAGAGGAACCAUGAUCUAAAGCUGUAAAGAUUCUGCUGCACCAGCAUAGAUGUCUUUUAAAGGGACCAGGUAAAUGCAUGGAUGAGCCAGUGUGAUGUAGUGGUUAGAUUGUCAGAUUGGCACCUGGAAAAUCAGGGUUCAAAUCCCCACUCAGCCAUGAAGCUCCCUGGGUGACCUCUGGCAGUCUCUGUAUCUCAGCCUAACCUACUUCACAUGGUUGCCAUGAGGGGGAUGAACCAUGGGAUCCUAGCAGUUCAAAAGAACGUCAAGUGCAGAUAAAUAGGUACCGCUCUGGCGGGAAGGUAAACGGCGUUUUCGUGCGCUGCUCUGCUUUGCCAGAAGCGGCUUAGUCAUGCUGGCCGCAUGACCUAGAAGCUGUCUGCAGACAAACGCUGGCUCCCUCGGCCUAUAGAGCGAGAUGAGCGCGCAACCCCAGAGUUGUCCACAACUGGACCUAAUGGUCAGGGGUACCUUUACCUUUAACUGUAUAUUAAAUGCUCCUAUGUGCUGCUAUACACAUAUAUUCUGGCAUCUGGAGUUAGUAACUAUGAAGUUUAUCAGUGGCUACCAGGCAAAUUUAUUUGUUAGAAACCAUUGGCCAUCACAAUGCAAACAGUAUAGAAAUUUAUCUUAGAACAGGUGGUCCCCAGCACAUGGGAUCCUAUGUUGUGCAAUGAAAUUUUGGGCUGUUGGGCUGCUAAGGUGAACUGUAGGUGUAGCACAUUUAUUCCCAUCCAUCAGCAAGUAGCAGCUACCUACUCCUUGGAGAAUUAAUACAAGGAACAACGCAGUACAUAAUGAACAAUAUUUCCCACCUCUUCGUGGAACAGGUAUGCAAAUGACAUUUUGCAGGUAUCCUGGCAUAUCUCCCAUCCAAACAUGCUGUGGGCAUAGUUUCAAAUCUCAACGCUAUAAUUGCUUUCCUCAGCAUAUGAAUUGAUGAUUCAAAUGAAGCUGGGAGUUGGAAGAAUUAGGGCAGACAAAAGAAGAACAGUGCAUAGUUAAAACUGUGGAAUUUGCUCCCACAAGUGGUAGUAAUCGCCUCAGUUUUGGAUGACUUUAAAAAAAGAAUUAGACAAAUUCAUGGGCGAUUAACCUAUUCAUGGCUACUAGCUAUGAUGGCUUUGUGCUGCUUCCAUUGUUGGAAGCAGUAUGUCCUUGACUACCAGUUGCUGGAUAUCAUAAGUGGCAAGCGCACUGUUGCACUAAAGUCCUGCUUGUAGGCUUCCCAUUGUGGCAUCUGGCUGGCCACUGUGAGAACAGGAUGCAGGACUGGAUGGGCCUUUGGCUUGAUCCAGCAGGGCUCUUCCUAUGUUCUUAUGCUCCAUUUAAAGAGCAGCGUGAUGGUCCUGAACCAGUUUCCUUCCCAAAGCAGCUGUUUGAUGCCUGCAAGGAGACGUUCAGCAAUUGUGUUGGAAUGGUAAUCGAACAUCUUUUCCAGCUGUGAGCCUGAGCUGCUGCUGCUGCUGCCAUAACCAAGUUGCCCAUAAACUCUUUGUUUCGGCAACUGCUGCAGUGCAGGAAAAAAAGCAUGACAGGCUGGUCUGCAGCCAACCUUCUGGAUUUGUUAAUAGGGAAAGAUGUCCAAAGGGAAAACUUUUGUCAAUAUGGCCUUCCCUUCGCUUUGCUUAUUUGUUUUGUAAGGUGAGAAAGACCCCCAUCUUUUUAUUUAAAAAAUAAUUUAUUUCCUUGUUGUUUGGCCUCAAUCCGUGGUUUCAAACAUUCAUGGUACAAAUUUAAAUAAUAGCAGCAAUCCUGGGGAGCUACUGAUCAGCAGCAAAUCUACAUUGCUAGCAAUGCUUCUGCAAUUCUCCUCCCAUUAAUGUCUCACUGGAUUUCAAAGCUCUGAAUUACUUGGUCUUCUUUCCACAGUGGAGUGAACGUAUUAGGAAUUCUCCACCAUUCCAUGAUUUUUUUUCAAAUUAAUUUUUCUUCAAAGCAUGGUGCUGCAGCUUCCAGUCCUUGUAGUUUAUUUGCAUCUUGCCAUUCUACUCUCUGCAUUGCCAAAGCAACCCAAGUACUAUCCGCACAACCUACCAUGCCAAUUUAUUGCACUCUUAUCACAAUGACUUUACAUAUGAAGUUGCCUUUACAUAGAAAGUUGCCAUUGGCCCAUUUAGCUCAGCACUGUCCACCCUGACUAGCAGCAGUGAUUCAAAAUUCCAGACAGCCCCACCUGGUGAUGCCAGGAAUUGAAGCUGGGGCCUUCUGCAUGCAAAGCAGAUGCUCUAUCACUGAGCUUAAGCCCUUCUCCCCCUUAGUCAAGGAUUGCUCUACCUCCCACCUUUGGUGGCAGAUUUACUUCUGCCUCUUGGAUCACUCUGGCUCCUUAGGAUAGCCAUUGUCAAAUUCCACUGGGAUCUUCAUUCUUGUAUGAGUUAAACAGAUGGGAGAAUAUCACCAGCUCUGUAUUUCCUGUCAUAUUGAUGAAAUGAAGGAAGUAGCCACACUUGGCAUAUCCACCUCCUCCCCCCCAUUUUACAUCUCUUGAAGGUACAUUUGUGAGUCAUGGGCUAGCAAUAUCAGCAAGUCUCUGGUUUUGCAGGCCAGAAAUGUGAAUCUUGGGGGCUUAUAACACGUAUUGCAAAUAAAGGAAAUAUAACGGCAACCAAAUUCUUCCACGGCUUACAUUCAGACCAAAGUCAGAGAAUACUUCUUUUCCCACCCCCAUCCAUUCAGUCAGCUCCUAAAUACCCUCUCAUGCAUCCAUUCAUCCAACCAACCAACCAACCAAACAAACAAACAAACCCCAAGCUCCACCAACCCGCGAGUGAUUCUCCAGCCCACCUUCUAUCUCACCCCACAUAGCUGAGGGUAGGGAAUCAAUGGCAAUAGUAGGAAUUGAUUUGGAUUGAAUGAGAAAGGUUUCAGGGUUGGUUAAGGGUUGAGGAAGAGGCUGAACAAUGUUGCUCCCCUGACAAGUCCGUAUUGGUUUGGAAUAGCUCAGAAUAAACUGCGCCAAAAUUACCUAAUUUUUCUAAAGCUGGAGGUGGGGGCUAAACUCUCUCUAGCAUGGGCUGCUCUUUAACCCUCUCAACUACUUUACUCCAAUUGCUGAAUGACCACUGAGAAGUAAACACACAUUCACACCCACCCACCACCCCAAACUCAUAAGGAAAGAAGAGCUGCAUUGAAAUGGUAUGAGGAACAUGACAGAUGGUGGGUAAUGAUGACAGAUUGAUUCUAGAUUGACAUUGAUAGAAUUUCACCCUUUGGCUCUUGAGUACCUAAUGCAUUCCAUUUUUUGCCGUAGCAACUUCAAGAUACAAAUGGUUUUAUUUGCAUCUUUCUCGUUUGCCUGCCAAAUAAAAGUGAAGACUCUUCAAGUUCUACAUUUUGUCAAAACAUAGCUCUGUUGAUUUGCUUCUGCCUAUAUGCAGAGAAGGUGCAGGUCCCCAGAAAAUCUGAGGACUAUAUUUAUAUUGAGUUACCAAAUCCAGCCCUUAGCCUGACCUAGCCAAAUGAGAGCAGAAGGGGUCUAAAUCAUUUCCCUGAAGACUGCAAAGGGAUUUUCUAUGGACAUAGAAGGCAGCAGGGAGCUGAUGAGCCUUUGCAUAUGGUUCGGCCAUGUGGCAGAAGGAAUGUGACAUGUCCAAAUAGCUAGGGCCUUAAAGAGGUCUCAAAUACCAUAAUCACAGGUGCAAAAGUGGACGGAUUAUCUUUGAUGCAGAAAUCACUGUCAUAGGCCAUCUGAACAUUUUCUAUUACUGCCUGGCAAGGUGUGUAAGUAGAUAAAUGAAGCAAAAGCAGAGUGAAGGGAUGAGGUAAGCAAAAUCCUGGAUUGGCACAUUUGGAACUUAUGCAGUGGGGUGCAGAAAAGACCAGUAGUAUGAAGAAGAUACCUGAGUUUUAAUUUCUUUUUGAAAAUUAUUUUAAAAUAAAUUAUUAUUACUAUUAUUAACCAUUAUUCAUCACUUACUACAUAACAUGUCUCAAAGCAACUUACAGUUGUUUAAAAAAAGAAACAGCAACCCCAUAAUGAUGCAAAUAUAAAAGAACAUAGAGAGAAUGAUAUGCUUACUAAAACUGCAAUAUUAUCCUGCAAUAUGAUAAAAUGACAACCCAUUUCAGUGCAAAGCAAAUGCAAAGCAAUUGCGGAGAGGAUAAUCAAUUACCGGUAAGUAUCAUCUCCAGACUGAAAGUUACAGCAAAUACUGAUAAUAUUUGCUUGAUUGAUUUUUGUUCCGGACAUGGGCCAAAUAAGUGCUCAACCGCCAUUUCCCCUCCCAUUUCCACUUUCAGCAAAAAACCUAAUAUCCCUACUUCAUAGUGUCUAAUGCUUCCUCCAAAGUGUGCUUCACAAUGUAUCAUUUAAAGCACCAAUAUAUCCAGCUUGUGGGCCAGAUCCUUACCUCCCUCAACUCCCCACAGGUCAACUUUGACAGGUGGUUGGGGCCAUCCACCUGUCAGUCACUUUGCACAAUUAGGAGGCCAGGUGAUGACUUCAAAGGGGCUCCCUUUAGUACCACUUGGGUCAGAGGUAGACUGAGCUUUUUUGAAGGUGGGCAGCUAGCCAGUGCCAAUCAGGAAGAGCAACACUCCCAUGCAACAGGUGAUGAUAGUGAUGGUGGUGUAAAAGGUAAAUUGGGGUGACCUCAAGCCUAUCUUCCCCAACCCCAACGUUUGAAACUGUUGGGAUAUUCAGACCAGACAAAAGAAAGAACUUCACUCAGUGCGUAGUUAAAACUAUGGAACUCACUCCUACAGGAAGGAGUGAUAGCCACCAACCUGGUUGACUUUAAAAGAAGAUUAAACAAAUUAAUGGAUGAUAAGGCUAUCAAAGGCUACUAGCCGUGAUGGCUUAACUUUGCCUCCAGUCAGAGGUAGGAAUGCUUCUGAACAUCAAUUGCUGGAAACCACAGGAGAGGAGAAUGUUUUUGUGCUUAAGCUUGCUAGCUUUCCAUGGGCAUCUAGUUGGCCAUUGUGAGAAUAUGAUGCUGGACUAGAUGGGUGACCAGCCUGAUCCAGCAGGUUCUUCUUAUAUUCUUACGUUUUGGGUUACAUUCUUAUGAUGCCACUUGCAUGGUAGGGAUAUGUAUGGAAAUAUAGUGAUAAAGGUAGGUUAUGAAUGGGUGGAUGAAUAUUAGCUGCAAUUUCCCUUCUCUUCCUUUCCCUCUGCCUCUGCUUUCUGCUGCUUUUGAUGUAAGCUCCCAGGUGAUACCUCUUCCACCUGCACCAGCCAAGCGGUCCAGAAGGAGAAGCUGGAUGAGAGCUGGUGGAUAUUCUUAUAUAAAAUCUCUCUACUCAAAUAUCAUUUCCAGUAUCUCAUAGCUGGAGGCCUGGCCCCAAACUUGGUUAGCAAAAGUGUAGCCAAAGAAAAAUGCUGGUGGGUUAUAUCCAAAUCAGACACUGAAAUUCAUAGAUCUAAGUAAUGUUCAUUAUUUUCAAUAGGUCUACUAUGAAUAGGAAUAACAUUGGUUACAAGCUGAUGCUUCCUCAGUGCACUUUUUAAAAAAUCCAUUAUAAUGUAGUUAAAAGUGCAUCUGCUAUAGGAUAAGAUAGAUAUGUAAAGCUAAAAUAUAGAUAUCCAAGAUACGCAUUUUUUCGACAUGAUUCUUUUAUCUGGGAAAAUCUGAUUCCACAAAAUAAUGCAUCAUAGGAGGCAGGGGGGAAGGAUAAAUUUCAUCUGAUAAAUAAUUACAGGAGCAUAAAUAAAACAUAAUUUAUUCUUUUAAAAAUAUCCCUUGGGUUUGGCACUUCUCCAGAGCUCUUUAAAACAUAACAUGAGUCAUAGAAACCAAUGAUGAUUUCUCCAGACAACCACAAACUCAGCUAAUUUGAUAUUGAAAUGGCUGUGAUAGAUGAUUUAAGCAGUGAUCUUUCAAGAAUUGAAAUGCAAGCCAGCAUUUUGCAAUCUCAUUCAAGAUACUGUCUUAGAGCUCAAUAAAUCAUGUGCUGAAAAACUUGUUGGUUGCUUAUUUCCUGGGUAUGCCCUUCCAUUUUACCAUAGCUCAGUAACACAUCCUUUGCAUGUAAAAGGUCCCUGUUUUAGUCUCCUGUGACUUUACUUAAAGGGUGUUUGGUGUGAAGGCUGUAGAAAUAUUUGGAGAGCUGCUGUCAGUCAUAGUAGACAAGGGGUGGGGAACCCAUGACUCUCCAAAUGUCAUUGGACUGCAGCUCCCAUUGUUCCUGACUACUGGCCCAACUGAGGACUCAUCCACAUUUCCAUGUGUUCUGGGAUUUCUAGGGACGGUUCUGAGAGGUUUUUCUUUCCCUAGGAAAACCCACUAUUUACUGCUGAAUUGGAACAAACAUCAAUCCACAGAAAACCGAAUUGGAACUGGAACAAACAUCAGUCGGGUUUUCUGCAGAUUGACGUUUGUUCUGAUUCAGCAGUAAACAGCAGGUUUUCUCAGUGAAAGUGACGAGUCAAAAGAAAAACCUCUCAGACCCAUGCCUAGAAAUCAGAUGACAACCAGAAGUGUGGACAAGCCUGACUGGGGCUGAUGGGAACUGGAGUACAGCAACAUCUGAAGGGCCACAGAUGGUCAGGGAUGAUGGGAAUUGUAGUCCAAAAACAACUGGAGACCCAAGUUUGGGAAAUGCUGCCCUAGACCAAACGGUACCCUGGCAAAGAGCAUAUUAUUAUUAUAUAUUAAAUUUCUACACUGCUCUUCAACUGAGGCUCAUAGGGCGGUUUACAAUAUAAAGGCACAAAAAUACAUACCAUAGUAACAGACAAAAAAACAACCUAACACCCAAGCCAUUGAUUCAAUUUUUGUAUACCAUUUCAUUGUGUUUCUAUCAUUUCAGGACUUUGAUUCGGUGUUUAUGCAUGAUUUAUCCCUGCCAUGUAGGAUGAUAAAUUUGCAUGGAUCACAGUCUGUCAGUCACAAUAAUACACACACAAUUUGUUGAUUGAGAACUUGUGUACAUUUCCCCAUGUUUUACACCCCUCCUGCAAAAGUUAACACAGUGUUGGCCAUAUGAGGCUUUGUUGCCAUCCUUAUAGAUGAACUGCUUGCACAAUAUUUAUUUUAGCAGUUGAGUGGCUGGAUGGAGCAGCAGUUUGACAAUGAAUAAAACAGCUUCAUGUAGCAUUACUAAAUAAGAAAGCAAGGCUCAUGGCUAAUGUGGGGUGAGGAGGAAGUGGAAGAUCAUGAAGUGAAGGAUCUGUCAUGUGCUGCUUGCACACUAGUGAAUUAUCUAAUUCCUGCCCAAGCUAGGGAUGCUUGAGUAAUUUAUUUUGGGGGAUUCUGAUGCAAACUGAUCUGAUGUGAACCUCCUGGACCAAAGCGCAGAUCAGAAUAUAUUGGUUCUUUGGAUUUCACACUUCUCUGACUUUUUUGUUAGGGAAGUCAUUUAGAAAUGUGUAUUCAUUCAUUUAUUUUUUAAAAGGGGGGUUCAAAAGUCCAGAUUUAUAUAUGUAUCUAAAAUAUUGGUGGGUGGGUGGGUGUGUUUAUAGGGAUUAACCCAGAGGUGGAGCAGACAUGAAGCAGAAAUAGACUGAUCCAUCCACCCCAAGAAAACCUCCUUUCCAUGUGCUUUCCAAAUUCUGCCACUCAUUAUGCACCACUGGAGAGGGUAGUGAAAUGCAGAAGCGAUCAGCACAAAGUGUAAACAGAAUGAAAUAUGCAUCAGAAGAAUUAAAUAUGUAUUGGGUUGGAUUCUACAACUGUAAACCUGACCCUUGGUGGGAAAAGAGCUCACUGUCUCUGACUCCAUUCAUUUCUACAGAUGUUUCCCAACUGUGCUCCAGAGAGAACACUGGAGCUGUUCAGUGGUUCUUCAGUGGUAGUCUAGGCACUACUGAUAAAUUUAUCUACAAUGAUGAUACAUUUAUCUACAAUGCAUAGUGAUUUAAUAGUAGAUACAUCAGGGUGUUUUGAAAGACAAAUCACAGUGCAGAAAGCAUUCAUUGAGGAUGGGGAGCUUGAAAAAUACCAUCACUACUAGUGAUGAAGAUUCAGCUUCAAUUUGGGGGCACCAGAGAUGGGUAAAAAAACAACCAAGAGAGGGGUUCACUGAUAUCACUGGAAUCCCCAGUGGUUGCCAUCUUGUCCCCACCCCUGCAAAGACAUAGAGCCAUGCUAUCCAUGAAAUAUCAUUACUCUGAUCAUUGGCAUCUCUCAAUCACUGCAUUCAUUUUAUGUAAAUAGAAACAGGAAGGCAGAUAAUAAGCACAAUGGCUUGGAUAUACCUUUGCUGCAAUGGUUGGGGAUCUUUUUCCUGACUAGGGGCCGCAUUCCCUCCUGGGGAACUUGGGGGAGUAUGUCUUGGGUGAGUGGAGCUAGAGUUAAUAUGCCAUAGCCAAAAUUAAACCAUACAAUUGUCUAUAACCAUAUGAAACUCCAGGCAAAUUUCCCACUCCUGUUACUUCUUUCCCAGUAAGCAAAGGAGACACCAAAGUGAUUUCAUUAUAUUUAAUUUCUAUCCUUCCACAGCACUGCUACAUGUAUGUAAAUUUCGGAUUCCUCGUCGCUAUCCAGAGUUUAUUUUCCCAUUGCCUGAUUCUCAGAGUCUCCUUGCCCUACCCUACUUGAAGCCCUGCAAUUAAAAUCCUAGCAGCUGCCAAUAAAUUAUAAAUAAACUCAGUUUCAUAUUUGAAUUUAAAUGCUUUCAAAUGAACUAAUACUGCAGUUUCUGGGCCCAUUGGUAUAAUUUUGGCUGUCUUUUAAAAGGUGGUGUGCAUUUAUUAUUUAUUUCUCGAAAUAUUUUUAAACCAUCCUUCAGCAAUUGGAUAUUGGGGCAGAGUACAGAAUAAGACCAAAUAGGCCCUACAACUAUAAAAACCACAAUCGUUAAUAUAUUAACCAUAAAAUACAACUAAAAGAAUGUUAAAAGGUUUAGUUUAGUUUCCAGUACUGUUAUCCUGGAUUGCUAUCAUAUGCAUUUGCUGUCAGCCUUUGUCUGUUGAGUUAGUUAUGACAGCGAUCAUUUUGCGUAGGAGUUCUGUUCCUGGAUCCCAAGCAUGUCAGUGGCAUGCGCAUAAACCUGCUCUGCUCCACCCUGUCCCCUUUCUACCCUGUUCUGGGUCCAAAAGGACCUGGACAUCAGUUGGCCCGCACAAAAUGGCUGCCACCUGUAUUUAUUAUUUGUACCUAUAGCCCUCUCUUCACCCAUAUGCUCCCAGUUAACAGAGGUACAAAUUAUCAGUAAGAUCAUUGAUGUGUUUUAACUGUUUUUGUGGAAUGCUCAGUUCAAAAAUAAAACUGUCUCAGCAGUUUACCCCAAAAGAACUGCAAAAAUUGAGAUAAAAUAAGAUUAAAAAAGAACUAAACAGGAUAAAACCAUCAAAAAUACAGAUUCAACCAAAUGAAUCUAAAAGCAAGUAUACUGUAAUGUUACUGGAAUUCAGUUUGUGUUUUAUGCCGUCUGGUUCACCAGAGUCCUGAAAAAUUUCAGUCCAGGGUUGACACAAAACUCAGGGGAAGGGGCCUGUAGAGACUUGGCUGUACUGCACAGAGCUGAGAGGCAGUUCAAAACCUGAGGCCUUUAUUCCACAGCAGAACGUGGUUUCCUAAAAUCUUCCCCAUGGCCCCUGUUUCAGGCUGGCUGGAACCCUGAAAGCCAGAGCUCUCUGGCUAGGGACUGGGAAAGUGGUACAACAUUUUGUUGCUGGUUUCCCCUUGUUCCCUCUAAUGCCAAACAGAGUGGCUGUGUGCCAGCCGCUAAGGUAGUAAACUGCCCACCAACGCUCCAUGAGCUCCCUCUCCCUACUCUGUAAACUUUGAAUAGCACCGCAUGCUGGAGACUCACAGCUUAAAAGAGCCCUACUUGUAAAUAGAUGAUAUUUGCCAGAAUAAAAAAUAACUCAGGAUCUGAAGGAAAGAUUUGGUCUCCAAUCUGUCAAAAGGGUGAUGUAAGCAGCAUGAAACCCCUCUUUCCUGUGUCAGCACUUACAACCUCAGUGCUUAACCAAUAAUUGCCAUCAGCCUUGCCAUGACAAAGUACAAAUCUGAUUUGCACAGAGGUUAAGAGCAUCUGUACACUGUCUCUGCAGUAGCUAAGGGCAGCUUAAUUUGUAAUUAAAGUCUUUAAUUUCAGAUAAUCUUCAUUAAGAAUAUAUUAUUUCCUCAUAUCCAAAUUCUUUCAGGAUUGAUUGUCACAGAUGUAAAACAGCAAGUCUUUUUUGCAUCAAGUACUUCUUUGGAGGACAAGCUGAAUGCAAAACCACCAGUUAGAUUUCUUACAGCAAAGGAAGACUAAGAGUUCAAUAGGUAUUGUUGCACACCAGGGGUACCAGGCACUUAGCCAGGGUUCAGUUUCCUCAGAAGGAGGCACAGCAGAGACUGUGGUGUCUUUAGGAUAUACGGUUUGUUCAUACAUAUAUGCAACCUGAGCGUCUGAUGGAGAGGCUCAUAGCAUUCACACAAUCAGGUCUUACUUCUCCCAUAGCCACAGCCUUGGAUCCCAGCAGAAAUAUGUCAUGGCUUUGUCUCUGCAGUUGCUGCCUACUUCUAGCCCAGCCCUUUCACACAAUUCCGCACUGGCUUUUGACCUCAUAAGGACCAGACUAUUGAGGGCGGGACCCAUUUGUCCUCUGUUACCACUUCCUCUGUUACCUUAACAUCUCAUACUUUGGGGCCAUUAGCAAGAAGCUGGGCUGGUUAUUCCAGCAACUGAAUCCUUGCUGGAUCCAGGAAUGUGACGGGACUCAGACAUACAGCCUAACUCCUGCCCAACUCACAAAAGCAUAUUCACACAUUUGCAAUAUGAAUAAUGGGGCUUUUUGACUGGAUAAUUAAGUUGUGUUAAAUCCCUCUUUAUGGAAAGGUCAACAACUCUACUCCAUAUUUUUAGGGAAGAUCUGUAAACCUAACAAAUAGUUAUAUAUGGCGCAGACUUGACAAGCACAUGCAUAUUAGGAGAGAUUCACACUGAAAUGCUGCUACAUUUUCAUGUGAUUUUUAAAAAUUGAACUAAUGUGAGGAAUUGAAUUUAAGAUGGGGGAAAAUGAGAAACUGGAAUAACUGAAAUCGUUAUAUUUACCCAUUUCUAUCAGACUGCUUCAGUUCCCCACCCCUACCAUAGAAGGCAGGCAGGCGGAGCAGCCAUUUUUCAUUUAUAUUCACCACAAGUCUGUGAAGUCAGGCAUUAAUGUUCCAAUCCUGUGGAUAGUUUAAAAGAUAAUGACUUGCUGUUUUAAAAAAACAUAUCAGGGCAUAGACAGUGCUGCCAUGGUAUCCUUAACACAGGUAUUAUCUUUUCCUAAUCCUGUUUAAAGCUUGUGUAUGAAUGUUUUCCAUCUUUUACUCCCUCUAAUGCGGCGUGCUGCAUCCUGAUUUCGGACAGUGAUCCCUGCAAACAAAUGAAAUGCGUAUAUUGCAAGGCAUUCAUACAAAGUGUCGGCAAAGCAUGAAAUUUUUAGUACAAGAGUGCGUUAGGAGAGUGGUGAAAAUUUCACGCUCAACUAUGCACAAUGAUCUGAAUGGAUUACAUUGGGGAAAGUUUGCCAGCAAUGAUUUGCAGUGUGUUUUAUUCAACACUGAUAAUGUCUCCAUUUCCUCUGAGUCAAAUGUGUUAGCCAGAGUUAUUUCAUUAUUUACCACAUAUUUUAAAAUGUGAAAUGGCCAUCAACUUGGAUGGCUUUAAAAGAGGAGUGGACAAAUACAAAGGCUACUAGCUCCAUGCACAAAGCAUUGCAAGUUCAGAGCUAUGCCUUUGCCUACAGUUUGAUUUCAAACUGUAUGGGUAGAAAUGGGAUGUCAUGGGAUGGUCAGGGGGUGGGGGGGGGCUUAUUCCUAGGUAAGUAGGGUUAGGAUUGCAGUCUCAACCAAGUAAUUGUGAUGCAUUUUUAGGGCUGCCUUAUGUCUGGAAUUUUCUGGACAUAGCUGGGAUUCGUCCUUCAGAAAUGGCGCCUGGGCAGAAUUUUUGGAAACCGGUUAAAAUGUCUGGGAAAAUCCGGGCAUAUGGCAACCCAUGUUGGAAGUUUAAAGUUUUGGCAAAUUUCCAAAAAAAUACGAAAAAAUAGCUUUAAAACUUUGCCAAGAAAAGCUCAACAACCUUUGUGUCUGGAUUUUCACUUCUUGAAAUAUGACAUCCCUGUGCAGUUGUUAUUAUUAUCAUAGCGCUUGUGCUGAGUUUGUAUCCUGUUUCUUUCAGUUGUUUAAUCAAGAUGGCUGCUAGUCCAUUUAUGCACUGGAGAGUAACCUCCAUUGAACACAAUGGAAAAUAUUUCUGAGCAGGCCCCUGCAGGUGGGGGGCAAGCAGGUGCACUUGCCCCAGGCCUCAGAGGGCUAAGUUGGCCCAGGCCCCCACCAGGGACCAGCUGCCUUUUUGUUAGAAUUUAUAACUUUAUUCUAACAACACUCCCUCCCAGGGCCUCAAACAAACUCUGCAAAGGCCUGUCCUGAGUAAACAUGCAUAGGCUUCCUCCACUAAUCAGUUCAAAGUAAGCACAUUGAUUGACUUUAAUCAAAUUAUAUAACGUUAAUAAAUCAUCAUCACCGGAUAGGUGUAAUAUUUUCUUUGUGUGUGUAAUUAGUUAAGGUAGAUAAAAACAGCAACUUUUAAUUAGCUGACAAUUCUAGGAAAAGGUCUCUUUCGUCUUAGAACUGAUUUCAAUGAAAUAAACUAAUGGAGAACUUACUGGUAGGCAGCAACAAGAUAUGUGUAGCUGAAAUAAGUGGUGCGCCUUUGCAGUUAAUUCUGCAUGCCUGAGUCCAGGGUAAUGUAGCAAAUGGAAAACACUUGUUAAAUCAUUCUAGUGUGCUGAUAUUAUAGUGUAUUCCAUGUCCUAGGCAUAGGGCAUACUUGCAUGUAAUUGUGAGGACAUUAUUAUUAUUAUUAUUUUAUGAAUGUGAUCCAGUAGGGUUCUUCUUAGGUUCCCAUGCAAAACAAGCCUCAGAAUCCUCUGUAGCAAGCUGGAGUCAUUGGAUGCACUCAGGAGCCCCUCAACAGGUCAGUUGAUGUGGAAAGAAUACCUUUAAGGUACAGAUUGGACAAUCACUUUAGCUGCUUUCAGACCUUCAGUGAGCAUGGAGCAUGAAUGGGCAGCAAGUUUCUGUGUGCUGUGCUUGCCCCCAAUUUAUGCCAAUUCACUUGAACAUCUGCAUAGAGUUUACACGUGUGCAACAGAUAUCUGUGGAGGGUUGUCUCCUUAAAAACUGGGCCCUUGCCUUUUCCGAGAUGCCUGACUACAUGGAUAAAAGUGUCCACAUGCAGAGGGAAGGUUAGGAAUAAGACUGGGGUCUGCUGACUUUAUCCAUUUCCCCCACCCAGCUCAUGUUCUGAAUGUCAGAGAAGGGCUCUUGUGUCAUCAUGUUAUGUGAAAUAUUACAGCUUUUGCCAAAACAAUCUGGACUUCGCAACUUAAAAGUAAUUCCAGUAAAAACUGUGGCUUUACAAAGCCCAGAACAUUGUAAGAAAGAAAGGGGGGGGAAAGAACACAACUGUAAAUGUGAGGAAGGGCUGUGAGAUCCAUAUAAUCUUAGCCUAGCAACAGCUGAAACCUGCUAUAUUAUGUAAAAAAAAAUUAAAAUGCCUAGACCAUGAUAACUAUAUAGAGCUGAGUAUAGAACCAUAGAACUGUAGCAUUGGAAGGCACCCAAGGAUCAUCUAGUCCAACCCUCCGCAAUGCAGGAAUAUGCAGCUGUCCCAUAUGGGGAUCAAACCUUCAACCUUGGCACUAGCAGCACCACUCUCUAACCAACUGCGCUAUCCAAGCUGACAAAGUAAGAGCUGAGUAGAUGCUCAACUCACAUAAUACAGUUCUUAGGGAACUGAUAUUCAUGUGUAGGAUUUGGGUGUCAAGGAGGAGAUAAAGCCAAGACUUGGUAUGAAGUGUUUCGAUAAUAAAGAAAUGGCUACAGUUAUUGUGAUGAAAACAAAAGGAUUGGUGUGAGGCUAGUUCAUGUGACAAAUUUCCUUGUACUUUUCAUGAUGAUCACUUGGGCAUAGGCUGCACAUGCAAAUAAUUUUUUACUGGUCCUUCAUUUUUAAUUGGAAUGUACAUUAUCGUAAAGGCCAAUUGAAUUCUCAAAGGCCAGCAUCCCAUCCCAUCCUAUGUAUAACUUGACAUCUUCUCCCUUGAAGGACUGGCAUCUUAGAGCUAAACUCAUUAUUAGGUUUCAGCUCCAUAGCCUAGCCUUUGAUAGCAAUAGCCUAGCCUUUGAUAGCCUUGCAAAUACACUAUUUGCAAAGUAAAAUGAUUUCCCCCAACACAGUGCAUUUUUAUGUUCAUCAAUAUUUUGCAUAUUUAACCCCAAUAAAUGCAGUUUUGUACACAUUACUUGGCUAGAAAUCUGCAUCUUUUCUAAAAUUUAGAAAAUGUGGAUUUUGAAGGGUAGCUAUGUUUCACUUUGUGUAUUGUUUUGGAAAGUAGGUUCACCUUUAAGUGUGAACUGAAUCAACCCUAAUUACGACAGAUAAAGGUGCAUUGUUGUUGUUGUUGUUUUGAGUAUUAUAACCAGGAUUAUGUAUUUAUUUAUUUCUCUAUCAAAGAUUUCUUGGUUUACAAAAGUAUGUGCAAUGUCUCUUUUUUUAAAGUUCCAUUUUCUACAGAUCAGUUUCAUUUGUUGAGACAUUAGUGAUACACUAGGAAGAAAGGGGGGAAAGAGGUGAUGGGGGGAGUGGUGAGUCGGGUUCAAUUGGGUGGCAAUACUUCUAUUCUACUUAGUGUAUGUGUGGGGUUUUGUGUCAGCAUCACUUCUGUGGGCACUCUUUACUAUUCGCUUGUAUUCUUUUGCUGGUGAGAGAGGUAAGGUGCAUUGUUAACUGAGACCAGGGGUUGUCAACCUGAUUCCUACCACCCACUAGUGGGCGUUUCAGGAUUCUAGGUGGGCAGUAGGGGGUUCUACAGCACAAGCUGAAUCCUCCCUCCAUUGAGCACUGGUGGGUGGUAAGGAAAUUUUACCAUCAAGAAAGAUGCAUUAGUGGGCGGGCGGUAUAAAAAGGCUGACUACCCCUGACAGAGACUAAUGAUCUCUCCAUGUCACUGAAAUUUGGAAGGAGGCUUCAUCUUAGGAUCAGGCUAAAAGCUUUUGGUGGUGGUGGUAGUGUUACUAGUAAUACUUUACUUUCCAUAAUUAAUAAUAAAUUAAUAAUUAUUUAUCUUACAAUUUUGAAUCUCGGUUGAGAUGAAUAAAUAUAGUUUGAGUUUCUGGAACUGUUAGACAAUAGGUAGCCUUGAGAAAGUGCAAUUGUGUGCCUUUGGGGAGAUGGGGAAUUGCUGUUUAAGAUUUAACGCUGCCUAUCUGUGAAUUUGCUAUUUCUCCCGCUCCUUGCUCAAGUUGCACAUUUGUAAAUAAAAAAAAGUAUGAAGUCAGAAAGUGUACAUUAACUGCUUGAAAUUUGACUUGUGUCUUAGUAGCAAUACAAUUUUUUUUUCAUUUGCUAAAAAAACUAAAAAGCAUUGGAGUUUAUGAGAUCCUGGGGGGAAAAACAUGAAUUAUACUAAAUAUUGCAUCACAUUUCUCCUUGCCCUGUGCCUUCCUUGGGGUAAGAGAAGCAGUAGAUCCAUUCUUAAAACCAUCUGCCUCCACUGUUUCCCCCUGGGCUGUUAGUUGGAUGUUUGGAUCCUCUUCAAAUGAUUUUUUCCUGAUUCCCAGGAGCAAGUGAACAUGAUAGGAUUAUAAAUCAGGACUCUCUCUCACUGUAGAAAUAUUUGCACUCACUCCAAUUAUGCAGCCUCCUAUUUUAACACUCCAUCUAUUUCAGUCUUACUGCAUCACUUACUCAAUUCAUGUAGUAACCAGAGACUAGAUUGGAGCUUGUUUCUGGUCCAAUGGAGGUAUCAGGGUGUAUAUACAGUAUGUUAUAUAUGUAUUUAAAUUGGGCUGUAGGCCUCUACACACUUCACUUUCUAAGGGGUGCACCUAAAAAUGGAAUGUGAGCAUGGCUCACAUUUUCAAAAUGUGGUCAAACAUACAACUGGGGCCUGGAACUUGCGGUCCAAGAGCCACGAUUGCAAUCAGCCCUCAUCAUUCUUAAUCUCUCUGGAUGCUACAAGGCCCAUUUUUGCUCUCUGCAGACCACCCCUCUGAGAAUCACAGGGCUGUAUCUGAUGUAGCACUAAGUACCACAUUCCAGCAGCUCAAGGAUUUCUGCAUGGGCAGUGGAAUCCCUCCCACCACCAUGCACCCUUUAAAUUGGUUCUAGGGAUGGCAUGGUACAUGUACAUGUACAUAAUAGAAGAGAUGGGGCAGUGUCAAGAGCCCUGUGGUCAUGACUGGCUUGGGACUGGGGUGGCGGUUGUUGUUAGAUGAGAAAGAACAGGAACAGAGGCACAGAGGAUGCUGGGAGGCAGGGAGUCCUGCUGGCCCCCAUCCUGCUACAGCCAUGGAAAAGAGAGCUUGUCUAGAAAUGAGGGAGGGUUCAAAGAGGGGAGGCUGGACAGGUGAAGGAGGGGGAGCCAGAGGAGCUGUUCUCCAUGUCACUGAGAACUUGAUGCCAUCUAUGCUGUUGGGAACAGACUCAUUCCCCACCCCCAGGAAAGCACUUACCUCCAAGCACACCGGUCUCAUGGGGAGAAAGAGUAUUGAGAAUGAGCAUGCCACAUCACACCUUUAAAGCUGGCAGGAGGGGCAUGGCUGUUUGUUGAGAUAUCUUCUCAGCUUUAAUCUGGUUUGGACUCCUGAUGUUGCUCUGGAACUCUCUAGUCAUGCCUUUGGCGAUCUACACCUGUAGCCUGACCUGUACCGUUGAAAGCCUCAAAUAAAUCAGUAUUUCUUUCUUCAGAUGUAAGAGCUGCUGUUGUAGUUUUUGAGACAGGAGCCAAGAUCAGGACUUCCCCUGUGCAAAGAUAUUUGUGCUGGUAGAACACAUUGGUUGAUUGGGGCAGAUCUUGAAAACACAACUGCAAAACAGAGGAUUGAAUCUGGUUGAGGAGGAUUCCACAACUGUCCCUACUUGUGAUACCAUGAGAACAAGCAUUUCAGUUUAAAGUGCUUUUACUUGUUGUAUGUGUGGUUUAAGAGAAAUCAAGGGGAAACAAUGCAACACAACGCUGAAGUGCUGUGCCACUUUACAAAACAAGGUUUUCGUAUCUUUAAGGAAGCUACUUACAUUUGCUGAAACCUUAAAGCAUCACUGUAAGGCAAUAGCUGCCAUUCCUGUUUUUCAGUAUAGCCUCUGGUGCAAUUUAGUUGUUAAGCAAGUCUGUUUUUAGCCUGUUGCUAAUCUCUAAAACUGAUAGUCUAAUACAGACCUGUGUGAAAACUGAGAUUUAGCCAGUCAAAGAGUCUUCUCAGCUCCUUUCAGAAUAGCUUAGCAAGUGACUUUCUCCCUAAUACCUUGCAGCUAAGGAGGUUUGGGAGGAAGGCAGUGAAACCAGAAUGUCUUAAUUAGGGUGCUCUGCUGGCUGAAUCUUUAUCUCAUAUUUAAAGACUUGCUGACAGGAGGUGGUGAAUUCAAGGAUAUUUAUAGCCUAGGUUAAAAUUCAGGAAGAUUAAAAGUUUGGGAAUUAACUUGUUCGUUUCUUAUAAAACAGAGCCUAACACUUAGUUCUCUUUCAGCUUACAUAUGAAAAGCAACAGUCACCAUUAUCUACCUGUAAAUUCCACUGGAGCAACACUGGGGUUCUGAAUAGAGAGGGACAAAUAUGACAAUUUCAGUUUCUCUGUUCUUUAUAUUCCCAGUCUUAAUUUCAGCUCUCCACAUUUCCACAUUUGGGGCUCAGGUUCUAAUUCCAUCAAAGCCUUAGAAAUACAGUAGUGCAGAAUAAAUUUCUUUUAGUCCCUCCCUUCAGGAACCUCUGGAGCUCUCUUAUGUACAAAAUUGGGGUAGCCAACAAUCAAGGCAAGAGCUGACAGCGCCCAGAUGAACUGCAAGCCUGUCAGCCAAACGUUUUCCUGCUUUGUGUUAUUUGGAAUGGGGUAAUAACCAAGAAUGGAAGUUUAUAAGACAAAACCUUAUAGAUAGUUAUUACUUCUCAGAGUUGAAUUCUACAUUUAAAAUGAAUAAGAGACAACUUUGGGAUUGGCUCUUCUGGAAUGAUUCAAGAAGACAUUUGCAUUUAAUUAGGCAUUCCAAAGUUCCCAUUUGCUAAUGUGACCUUUAUAUAGGAAUCCAACAGACUGAUUUCCAAAACCUUUGCUAAUUCCUGGAAGCAGAAUUACUAUAGCAGAAACGGUUCCCUUUCCUUUGAGUGACACUAACAGAAUUGUUUCACAUAAAGUGGCACUUUAUGUUCUGGCUGCAAGAAAGAUAAGAAAGAGAUAGAGAAAGAGAAAGAGAUAAGAAAGUUGCACAAGAGAUUUGAAGUUCUAAUGGAAGUUAAGAUGGGUAUGAGUUAGCAGGUGAUACUUAUGAACUCUGCUGUCCUCUCUUUAAACCCUUGAUGCCUUUUAUUAUGUAAUCGUCUUAUGCAGUCAGGUAUGGUUUGCAUUUUGGCAAAUGGAAAUGAAAUUGUAAUGGUCUUCGUUUAAUUAAAAUAUUUGAUGAUGGUCACAGUAAAAUUAUUUGGUGAUGAUAUUACCACAUCAGUUUGUGAUUUCUUUUUAAGUCCUCAUGGAAAUUCAUUACCAUGUUGGUGUACCUUUCUUCUUAUAUACCAAUUGACUUCUGCUUCAAAUUAGCAGUAAACAGUGGGUUUUCCCAGAGGAGGCAGUGUGAGAAAAGAACCUGUCAGGCUUGUGCGUAGAAAUCAUGGGACAAGUGGCAAGGGCAGAGGCAAAAGGGGGGCAGAGCAAUGAAUGUAAACUUCAUCUUUGUACAGUAGACUAGUUUCUAAAUAGAUUCACAACCCCUCUCAGUCCUCCAUCCUGACAAAGAGGCAUUAUCAGGCCCAGUAUCCCUGAAGAAGCGUCUCCACCCCCAUUGUUCUGCCUGGACACUGAGGUCCAGCGCCGAGGGCCUUCUGGCGGCUCCCUCACUGCGAGAGGCCAAGUUACAGGGAACCAGGAAGAGGGCCUUCUCGGAAGUGGCGCCCGCCCUGUGGAACGCUCUCCCAUCAUCUGAUGGGAGAUGUCAAAGAGAUAAACGACUACCUGACAUUUAGAAGACAUCUGAAGGCAGCCCUGUUCAGGGAAGUUUUUAAUGUGUGACAUUUUAAUGUAUUUUUAAUCUUUGUUGGAAGCCGCCCAGAGUGGCGGGGGAAACCCAGUCAGAUGGGCGGGGUACAAAUAUAUUAUUAUUAUUAUUAUUUUAUUAUUAUACCAGAGUUCAAGGACAUUUUCAGGUCAGAGAAAAAUGCUUGGGUUUAAAGCAGGACCAAUGAGGAGACGUGAUCUGGGGAGAAUUCUAAGUUAGAGAGGCCUAGAGGGCUGCAUUUACCCUCUCCCAGCACGAGGUCACCCAACCCUGAAGUAUGAUUGAGUUUUGCAUUUAAAAUGCAAAAUAAAAAAGAGAUGGCUUACCUUACAAAUACUGCAAAAACUGCAAGAGGAUGGGUUUGUUUCUUUAUUAAGCUAGCCAAAUAUUUUACAGGAGAGCAUAGCUGUCAACGUUUCCCUUUUUUAAAGGGAAAUUCCCUUAUUCCAAAUAGGAUUCCUCGCAAGAAAAGGGAAAAGCUAUUGACAGCUAUGCAGGAGCGAUCCACACAUCACGGGUGACUAAAAUGAUAGUACUGUAUAGAGAUAAGAAAUAGCAAAAAGGACUGAAGGCUCAGUAAGAAGAUUUGUCUUUUAGGGAGAGCUAUAAGCAACUGACCUCUCCUAAUAUAUGAAGAUAAAUUGGAAAGGCCUUCUCCAGGGGAAGAAGACAUUCUCCAGCCGUUUCUUGGAAGGGAGGGGGCAAAACAUUAGCAAUGGUCAUAGCACAACUUCUUUGACUUUUCCUAAUGAGUUUUGUUGGGGUGGGGUCUGCUGCUGCUGCAAAUGACAGCAGCAGCAACUGUGUUUCAGCCUAGCCACCAUUUUGCAUCAUCCAUAGUGUCAUUCCAGGGAAAAUGGCAGCCCACACAGACACGCACACAGAGAAUAUUCAGAUAUGAUUCUGCAAAAUGGCCUUUUUUCAGGGGUUGAGAAAAAAGAAAAAUAUUUUUGUCUGUCACGUUCUGAAGCAUAUGCUUGUGCUAAGUUUAUGAUGUAGAAGAUAGAGAGGCAGUCCUUUUUGUAGAAGAAAUGAGCUGAUAGUGGGAUUUAUACAUUAGAUUAGUUAACAGGAUUGGACAGAGGAUUCUUGUCAUUGCUGUUUUUAUUGCACCUCCCUGCAAAUGCUGAGUAUAUGUUUUCAAUUACUGCACCUUUCUGUGGUACAUCAGCUCUCAGUGCUCAGGCAUUUCCUAAAUAGUCAGAGGGAAUUAAUGUUUAUAAAUGCAUAUUUCAAUGUUUUAAAGUGGAUGCUCGAAUGGACUAUUGAUUUUGCCUCCAUCUGUGCUACAUAUUUAAAGCAGUAUCAUGCCAUUUUAAGCAACCAUGAUGUAGGUAUGUCCUGUGUUGUCACAUUACUGGGCAGAAAUUGUUAACGGCAUUAAGAACAAAAGAACAUAAGAGCCUGCUGGAUCAGGCCAAUGGUCCAUCUAGCCCACUAUGCUGAUCUCACAGUGGUCAAACAGAUGACUGUAGGAAAUCUGCAAGCAGAAUUAGAACACAAAAGCACUCUUCCGUCCUGUGUUUCCAGCAACUGGAAGUCAGAAGGGAGGAAGAGCAAUGCCAUUGUAACUAGAAGCCAGUGAUAGCCCCGUUUUCCAUGAAUUUGUCCAGUCCCCUUUGAAAGCCAUCCAAUUAAAUUGGUGAUGGAUUGCAGCCUAGCCUUUGGUAUGUUGUGGAAGGUGGAGGUGAUUAAAACUUCCUUUGCAUUGUGAAGGAACCAAUGGUGCUGCUCCAAGAGGAGAAUUUUAGGCUGGUCCUCCCUGGUGGCAGAUCCUGCGCUCCUCUGUAAGGCCAGAGAUACCAGUAUAUUCAAGGAAUCCAACAUCUUUACAAUGGAUUGUAAAGUUCUUGAAGUUAGUACAAACGAUUCUGCAAGCAGUUCUGUAUAAUGCACAUUAGAGAAUAAAUUUUCCUCUAAUGGAGUGUGUUAUGUACUGAGGUUCUCACCCUGGGCCAGCAGGGGGAUAUCGUCGAUAGUUUUCACCCAGGUCCACAUAUGCAAAUAAGGGAUUGAAAGUGAUGUUCAGUGAUUGGAUAGUUACAGAAAGUGGUUACUGUUGCGUUCUAGUGGAGCUCUAUAUAAGCAGGCUGGCUGAACCCUUCAGUUCAGUUCUGUUCUGGCCUGUGAAUAAACAAGAGCUGUUUGAAGAAUCGCUGCGUCAUCUGAUAUGUUCACCCACAACUUAACAGAGUGUCUGCAGAUCUCUCUGGUAGGGUGCCCCCAACCGUGGCUUUCUUCAGGGCCUCCUCCAUGGCUCCUGUUUCAGGCUGGCUGGAACCCUGAAAGCCAGAGCUCUCUGGCUAGGGACUGGGAAAAUGGUACAACAUUUUGUUGCUGGUUCCCCCUUGUUCCCUCUAAUGCCAAACAGAGUGGCUGUGUGCCAGCCACUAAGGUAGUAAACUGCCCACCAACCCUCCAUGAGCUCCCUCUCCCUACUCUGUAAACUUUGAAUAGCACCGCAUGCUGGAGACUCACAGCUUAAAAGAGCCCUAUUUGUAAAUAGAUGAUAUUUGCCAGACUAAAAAAUAACUCGGGAUCUGAAGGAAAGAUUUGGUCUCCAAUCUGUCAAAAGGGUGAUGUAAGCAGCAUGAAACCCCUUUUUCCUGUGUCAGCACUUACAACCUCAGUGCUUAACCAAUAAUUGCCAUCAGCUUUGCCAUGACAAAGUACAAAUCUGAUUUGCACAGAGGUUAAGAGCAUCUGUACACUGUCUCUGCAGUAGCCAAGGGCAGCUUAAUUUGUAAUUAAAGUCUUUAAUUUCAGGUAAUCUUCAUUAAGAAUAUAAUAUUUCCUCAUAUCCAAAUUCUUUCAGGAUUGAUUGUCACAGAUGUAAAACAGCAAGUCUUUUUUUUCAUCAAGUACUUCUUUGGAGGACAAGCUGAAUGCAAAAUCACCAGUUAGAUUUCUUACAGCAAAGGAAGACUGAGAGUUCAAUAGGUAUUGUUGCACGCCACCCCAAUCUCUGGCCAGGAUUCCAGGGGUUCCAGGCACUUAGCCAGGGUUCAGUUUCCUCAGAAUGAGGCACAGCAGAGACUGUGGCAUCUUUAGGAUAUAUGGUUUGUUUACAUAUAUAUAUAACCUGAGCGUCUGAUGGAGAGGCUCAUAGCAUUCACACAAUCAGGUCUUACUUCUCCCAUAGCCACAGCCUUGGAUCCCAGCAGAAAUAUGUCAAGGCUCUGUCUCUGCAGUUGCUGCCUACUUCUAGCCCAGCCCUUUCACACAAUUCCGCACUGGCUUUUGACCUCAUAAGGACCAGACCAGGGGCCAGCAAACUUUUUCAGCAGGGGGGCAGUCCCCUGUCCUUCAGACCUUGUGGGGGGCAGGACUAUAUUUUGGAAAAGAAAGAAAAGAAUGAAUUCCGAUGCCCUACAAAUAACCCAGAGAUGCAUUUUAAAUAAAAGCACACAUUCUACUCAUGUAAAAACACCAGGCAGGCCCCACAAAUAUCCCAGAGAUGCAUUUUAAAUAAAAGGACACAUUCUACUCAUGUAAAAGCACACUGGAUUUCUGGACUGUCCGCGGGCCAGAUUUAGAAGGCAAUUGGGCCAGAUCCGGCCUCCGGGCCUUAGUUUGCCUACCCAUGGACCAGACUGUUGGGGGACGGGACCCAUUUGUCCUCUGUUAUCUCUUCCUCUGUUACCUUAACAUCUCAUACUUAGGGGCCAUUAGCAAGAAGCUGGCCUGGUUAUUCCAACAAUUGAAUUCAUCCAUGUGUUAGUGAACCUUUUUUCUAAUAUACCAAAUUAUGUUUGCUCAGCUGAAACAGGAAGCCUCUUUUACACCUUCCUCUCCAGGGGGGAUCCAAUGGACUGCUUGAGUGGGUGGAAUCAGUUCAGUGAUGGAAAGUUUGUCAGUGGGAGGGUUGUGAGAUACAGUUCAGCCAUUCACCACAUAUGGCAGCUGCAUUCAGGUCCAGAACUUCCUUACAAAGAGUGCCAAGCUCAGUGGUUAUACCUGUUGUUGAAGAGUUAGGGCUGCCCUUUGUCCUGGAUCUUAGACAAGUCAAUAGAAAAAUCAUAUAUAUAUAUAUAUAUAUAUAUAUAUAUGCGCUCAACAGCUUUCGAGGUGUCCUGGUUUUUACUUUUUGAAAUAUGGCAACCCUAGGAAGAGUGAAUAGGAGGAAAAGUGUGUGUGCAUAUGUUUAUAAUGGAGUAUCUUGGAACAGGGCAUGAUUAGCUUGUUGAAUCCCACUAGUAAUAAUAAUAAUGCCCUUAAUUUGCAUACCACACAGCCUAUAUACUUUGUGAUUACACAUGGUAAUAAGCAGAUUUCUGAACAUUAAUCAACCCAGUUUUCACAAUCAUGGGCUCUGGGUGGUGGAGCUAUGAACCACUCAUUAUAAAUGCAUAUCAGACCGAGAGCACUCGGUGUGAAGAUUUAGCUUAACACAUUGCUUGCACCUUUCAGUGUCUGCUCAGCAAAAAAAGAUCCCACUAAACAUGUAUUGGAUACAUUAAUACUGAGAAAAGAUAAUAAAUGCAAGCACAGGAAUUCAAAGGGUGGGGAAAACUGGUGAAGCUGACCUGCAGGAUAGAGUCAUUCAUCCACUGUGGGAGCAUAGCGCGGUUGGAAAAUUUAUCUAUAAAUUAUUUCUUAAGAUUCUUGCUGUAAGCACCAUAUUUGGAAACCCAGAUAGCUGUCAAAUUAUUGUAGUACGAGAGCUAGUUCUUCACACCAAAGUCAGUAACACCUCCACCCCAAAUUCACACUGCGGAUGGAAAGAUCUGUCAAUUUUAGUUCUGUCUUUCUCCUUUUCCCAAUGUUAUUUGUGUUUCAGGAGCAAUUUGGAAUUUCUCCUAAUAAACACCUUACUGUAUGCAGUUUUGACUGCAUUUUUGCAAGUAAUUUUAGCUAAUACACUUUCUCCUAAUAUGCAUCUUUUUGUAAGCACUGAUUGAUUGGAGAACUGCAUUGCAAAAUUCGGAUACGUGCAGAUUCUGAGGGAUGGUUUCAUUUCACUUCUUGUAUUGUUUCAGAAAGUGCAAACCUGGUAAAUUCACCUUUUAAUGCAAACUGAAUUCCAUUUCUCUCCCCCUCCCCCCCAUUCCCUAACAGACACACACAAACAUGAGCUCCGACAGAGGCAAGACCAGGCUGUAGACUUGAUACCAUAAUAACAACAAUAACACCAAGGCUGACAUUGAUUUCCUUCAGCAUUUAUUCCAGCAGGGAGCUAUUGAUAUCAGCAGGAAAGGCCUCUAUGUGCAACAGCUAUAGAAUUUAAUGAGAGGCGGGCAUGCUGAGUGAAAUGUUCCUACGGAGCUGUCAGAUACCAAAAACACAUUCAUGUUUCAUACAGUUUCCUCUUCCUGCUUUGGGGGUUUUCCCUGAGACACCAAAGACUUCUGUUAAAAGGUAGCCACCCCAUCAGUCAAUGAGUCCCAUUGCCCUUAAAUCACGUCUGUGAGAUGAUGCAGGGCUUCAAACUCUCUCUUCCUCCCCUCCCCCCUCCUUCCCAUCUGCUUCACACAUUAACGUUGAUGGGUGUGCCUGGGAUUUUGAAGAGAGAGAGAGAGGAAGAGAGAGAGAAGUGCACUCCAAAUCUGGCGUGUAUUGAAGAAUGUGUUCUGCACUGAUUGUUUCUAUGGUUACACACUAGAGAGUUGUGAAGAGGGGUGUGGAUUUGGGAGAGACCCUUUAAUUUGCACAGAAAUAGCCAAAUGAGAAUGCUGAAAAGCAGGACCAGAUAAAAGCCUGUGGUGCUCUUGAUGCUAAAUGUGGGAUGGGGAACUUGUGGACCUCCAGGUGCUUUUAGGCUCCGUCUUCUACUAGCUCUAGUUAGCAUGGCCAGUGGUCUGCAGUGACUGUGGGAGUUGUAGUUCAGCCACGUCUGGAGAGCAACAGUUUCACAUCCCUGAGAAAAACCAAGCUUUGUUUCUUGCCUCUUUGUGAUCCUCUCCCUCAACACGGGGUUGUUUCUGCAUUGUAGGAAGCAGAAAAUGUAUGGGAAGGCAUCAGUAGGGGAUGGUAGAGUCAGUGGGGAUGGGGUGAAAGAGUAAUGCUGGGAUCUUUGUUGCUAUGGAGUCAGCAGACCAGAUUUCAUGUUCUUGCCUCCCAUUGUGUGGCAAUGUCCUAGGAAGUGAACCCUGUGUUGUCUGUGUUAGCAUCGCCACCACAGUCGUAAACUCAUCUUCACGGACAAUCAUGAGUGUGCAAAUCAGUCUAUUUUUGUUUAGUGCCAUUUUUGCUCACAAACUUGUUCCAUUCUAUUUCCACAGUAGUCUGCCAUUUGUUUUUGUACAGGCAAUGCCCCAUUUGCACAGGGGUUGCAUUUUGAGGCACCACAUACAUCAUCAGGGUGAGCAUAAGCCUGCUCUGCCCCCCUUCGGUGUUGAAAAUGGCAUGUGCGCCAGCUGUCGCACACAUGCCAAAUGUGUGCAAAUGGGGAGCUGCCUGUAUUUUUAAAAACCCACAUGAAAAUUCACAUCUAAACAUAUAUUUAAAUGCCUAUCUUAAAAGAUCUUUUUCUCUCUCUAGAUGCUCAUUUCUAAUGGAGUCUUUGGGAACAUUUGUUAAGUGCAAAAGCCAAGGUAGAACAACUUUCUAAUCCACACAUUAGUCUGGAAAUGGUGGACCUGGUCUGUCAGUUCGUAUCAGAAUUCACUAAGAUUACAUUCCUUGAGCAUCCUUAGCCUAAGAAAAAUGCCUUGACAGGUGUACCGGUAGUAUCCAGUGAAGCCAAUGAAUGUUAUUAUAUGUAGCUUUGUACGUCCUUUUAUGAAGUGGGUUCCUGUGAACUUUUAAUACCUAUAAGGGUCACUGGAAUGACAAGGUUCUGUUUCUCCUGAUGGAGCAUGUACUGGUGGAAGAAGCAGAGCAUGCUGGGUAGGUAAGGUAGAUGAUGCUCUUAGGUGCCUCCAGACAAGGCAGAGUUCCAGUCAAUGAAGGGAAUGAAGUGGUGAUUACUUACUUUGCACCUAAUGUUUGAAGAAGCGGCUUGCCAUUGGAAUCUUCCUUCCAAGCUAACUGGGUCUCCACUUCUCUUGCUCCUUGUGUUUACAAUGUUCAUGGAGUGUGUGGGAGAGUUAACGGUAGGGGUGGUGGUGUAUACUUGCUAGAAACAAAUAAAUUAUUAUUAUUAUUAUUAUUAUUAUUAUUAUUAUUAUUAUUUAUACCCUGCCCAUCCAGCUGGGUUUCCCCCGCCACUCUGGGCAGCUCCCAACACAUUAAAAAAUUUCCUAAACAAACAAAGCUUUCCUUCCUAUUGUAUGUUGUUUCUGCAACUCCUUACAAGUGGUGGAAGGAGGGAAGUCUCAUUAGUGGACAGAGAAACCCAGGAGUUUUAAAUAUGUAUGUUGACUUUACCCAUACAAUGUGGAGGAAUAGGAGAAAUUAAUGCUUGUUUGCUAUUGACCAGAAUCGGAAUCUACAACUAUUUUAGUAUUAAUGCUUCAACAUGUUUGCAGCACUGACCCGUCGCCAGAAAUGUUGACUGUAGACCAAUGAAUCUCUUUUCCAACACAGGUCGAUAAUCCAACCUCUGACACCAUUGGCUGUAAAUACAAUGUUUAUAUGGGGGAAAAUAGCAUCUCAGCUUGGGACUAAUUGGAUUUCUCAUGUUUUGGAGGCACCAAAAGUUCACCAGACAUGUUCAAUUCCUUUUUAAUGUUUAUAUUGGGCAACUUGGCAAUUGGCCAAGUUACAUUCGGCUUUAUUUCAAAGUGGCACACAGUUGGGGGUGAGCAAGCUUGUUAUAUAGCCUUUAAAUAGAGCAGCACUUAUUUAUUCAUGUGAGAGGGCUGAAAUGAAUGCACCCCACAAGAAAAAAAAAUCUGCACAAAAAUGAUAGGUCCAAACUGUUUCCUGAAAGAUUUCCAAAAGCUUACCUUUAUCACAUCAUUUUGCUGAUGCUUGGAAUUCCAAUCAACUGCAUUUUUGGCACUGUUUAUUAUUUAAAUAUAACCAGUUAUGGCAUAAUCGGGCUGCCAGUCCAAUCUGAUUGUGUGCAAUGUCAUUUGUGAAGCUAGUUUGGAGUGAGGGCAAUGACCUCACUCUGAAUUCAUUUUGUUUACCCUCAGUGACAUCAUCACAUACUUGAAUGACUAUCUGACAUCGUCACUGUUAAGAGCAAGUGGAUUGUUUUGAAUUUGUUUAUUUAACUCAGUCUCAAAAAUAAACUUGGCAAGCUGUAGCAAAUCUAAAUGAGCUAGAUUCUGCUGCCUAAAAUGAAAUCCAUGAGAUUUUAGAAGGAAUUUGCUUCAUGAAAUAGUCUACAACUCGGCAUGGUCUUUUCCUCAACAUUCUCCAUCUGCUGACUUCCUUCUUCUACUCCAGCUCUUCAACAUUGCUAAAGAAACAACUGUUAUAUUUUGGCAGCACAGAUGGCAUAAUGCACAAUGUCAUGUGUUACAAAAAACAUUUGAAACUGCAAUACUAAUAGUGGCAGUGCCACAAGUCGCGUGUGCCGCAACACGCACCUACGCCUUCAGAACUUUCACUAGCCCUGGUGAAACGUCUUUGUCUUCCUUCCAAAUCCCUCACUUUUGUUUGAAGAGAAACCAAAAGUACUCUUAGAAUUGGGCAAAAUAUCUAUCGUGCCUGUAAACAUCAAAUGACAUUGUUGAGCAAGAUGGAGCCAAUGGCCUGACCCAAUUUAAGGAAGCUUCCUGUGCCUGUACUAACCAGGAACAACUAAAAGAAGCAAAGAGAAUAAAAGUUUAUGUUAAAUAAUCAAGUCGGAGAAUGACUAAAGAAUUCAAGCAGAGCAGGAAUGGGGAAUCUUUAUGAUACUGUGGCCCACAUUUCCUUCUGGACAACAUUCCGAGAGUCCUAUGUCAGCGGUGGCAAGGGCAGAGGCAAAAGGGGGGCAGAACAAUUAAUGUAAACUUCACCUUUGUACAGUAGACUAGUUUCUACAUAGACUCACAACCCCUCUCAGUCUUCCAUCCUGAUAAAGAGGCAUUAUCAGAGUUCAAGGACACCUUCAAGAAACCCAAGAAAAAUGUUUGGGUUUAAAGCAGGACCAAUGAGGACACGUGGUCUGAGGAGAAUUCUAAGGGCCAGUUAGAGAGGCCUAGAGGGCAGCAUUUACUCCCUCCCAGCACAAGGUCCCCCAACCCCGAAGUAGGGUUGGAUUUUGCAUUUAAAAUGCAAAAUAAAAAAGAGAUGGGUUACCUUAAAAAUAUGCAAAAACUGCAAGAGGCUGGGUUUGUUUUUUGAGCUAGCCAAAUGUUUUACAGGAGAGAUCCACACGUUAUACAGAUAAGAAAUAGCAAAAAGGACUGAAGGCUCCAUAAGAAGAUUUGUCUUUUAAAGGUAAAGGUACCCCUGCCCGUACGGGCCAGUCGUGUCCGACUCUAGGGUUGUGCGCCCAUCUCACUUAAGAGGCCGGGGGCCAGCGCUGUCCGCAGACACUUCCGGGUCACGUGGCCAGCAUGACAAGCUGCAUCUGGUGAGCCAGCGCAGCACACGGAAACGCCGUUUACCUUCCCGCUAGUAAGCGGUCCCUAUUUAUCUACUUGCACCCGGGGGUGCUUUUGAACUGCUAGGUUGGCAGGCGCUGGGACCGAGCAACGGGAGCGCACCCCGCCGCGGGGAUUCGAACCGCCGACCUGACGAUCGGCAAGUCCUAGGCGCUGAGGUUUUACCCACAGCGCCACCCGCGUCCCUAUUUGUCUUUUAGGGAGACCUAUAAGCAACUUACCUCUCCUAAUAUAUGAAGAUAAAUUGGAAAGGCCGCCUCCAGGGGAAGAAGACAUUCUCCAGCCGUUUCUUGGAAGGGAGGGGGCAAAACAUUAGCAAUGGUCAUAGCACAGCUUCUUUGACUUUUCCUAAUGAGUUUUGUUGGGGUGGGGUCUGCUGCUGCUGCUGCUGCAAAUGACAGCAGCAGCAACUGUGUUUCAGCCUAGCCACCAUUUUGCAUCAUCCAUAGUGUCAUUCCAGGGAAAAUGGCAGCCCACACAGACACGCACACAGAGAAUAUUCAGAUAUGAUUCUGCAAAAUCGUCCUUUUUUCAGGGGUUGAGAAACAAGAAAAAUCUUUUGUCUGUUACAUUCUGAGCCAUAGGCUUGUGUUAAAUUUAAUGUAUAUCAUUAAAUUAGGAUUGAUGGAUUAUUCUUACAUGUUUAUUGAUUAUUAGCUGACACUGCUCCUUUUCCUCAUUCUUUUUCCUUUUGUUCUAAUAAAGGGGGGGGGGCAGAGAAUCUCAAGUCCACCGCCCUCCAAAGGUCUUCUGAGAGCCAUUUCAGCUCAGCUGUGAUUUUAAGAUUAGAAUUGCAUCUUUAAAGCAGGCAAAAUAUACAUUUAGAAUAUUUCUGUCUCCUAUAUUCUGCAUAUGCCAGGAAGGAACUAGAUUGUCCAGGUUCCCAUGCUUUAUGUUAAUCAUACGAAUUCCACACAUUAAACCCAGGAAAUUGUGAUCUGUAAUGUGCCUUUAGGGAAACACUAAUGGUCUCCAAGAAUCUCUAGUUUAAAGUUAUAGUUAGGUGUAGAGAAAGACAACUCUAAAAGGGUGGGGGAGAAAGGAGAGUAGGAAGGAAUUGCAAUAUAUGCAAAGGAUGAUGAUUCAAAAUGUAGUAGCCAAAAGAUAAAUUGAAAUUUGUAUUUAGGAAAGCAUUUCUACAAAACACCACAUGCAGGUUUAAAUGGCAUUGCAGGGGGUUGAACUAGAUGCCCCUUGUCAUCCCUUCUAGCUUUACAGUUCUCUGAAAUGACACGAUCACUUGCCGUUUCUCUUUGUAUUCCACAAUGGUCUGAAAAUCCCCUAUAGAACAUGUGCACAUGAAUGCAUAUCCGCACAAGCUUCUCCCCAUCCACCUCAUAUAUCAUGUCCCAGUAUGCAGUGAGCAUGCUGGUAUAAUCUGCACCUAAUUUGGGAGAGUAUCCUGUUUACAGUGCCAAAUCCUGCUAUUGCUUUGGAGAGGUCACUACUCUUUUAAGAGAGGUUUGUUUUUGUUUUUUUGUUUUGCAAAAGUCAUUGUAAUAUUUGUGCAGAAUACUUUUGUUUCCUGAACUUUAUGGAAAAGUUGGAAUCCCACUUUGUAAUCCUGUCCUUCAGAGGAAGAAGAAAUGUGAUUUUGGGGGGUGCGGAGAGCGGAUCUUGAGAAAAGAAGGCAAAGAGGGUGAGAGAUUACUAGUCAUAUCCCUGUUGGUCUUAGGCUCCAGAUUUCAGUCUCCGAUUAAUUUUUUUUAAAAUAUCCCGUGAGAUAAUAGCACUGCACAUACAUAUGUGGGAGAAAUUUGAUUCAGUGACCCUACCUAAUCCAUGGUCUCUGAAACAAUACGCAAAGUUAAACAAAGCCAUCCCUAAAAAUUGCUGUGUAGUUCUCCAGCCAAAUAAUGUAUUCAAUGAUGCAUAUACUGAGGUAAAGUGUUUCAUUAAAAAAUACAUAAAUUAGCAAUCAUAACAUAGAAUAGCCACGCUGCCUGGGCCUGAUGGGAAUUGUAGUCCAAAACAUUUGGAGGAUACUAGGUAACAUAACACAACUACCUUGUACUGACUUUGACCAUUGGUCCAUCUAGCUCAGUACUAUCAACAUUGGCUGUCAGUGGUUUUCCAGGAUUUUGUGGGAUAACCAGCCUCAUAUAGCCAACAUACUUAAUUCUAAUUAUUGCAUGGAUGGGUUAAUGCCAUAGAGUAAGCUAUCCUGCUGGGCUUAGGUAGGUCACUCACCCUCACCUUGGAAGGAAGGUAAUCAAGCCUAGAGGCUAAUCUGGUUGCUUCUACUUGACUGCUUCGCUCUUAUAAGCCAUUCUUCAUUUUCUCUACCAGUAAUUUAGGAACUUUCACCACUGUACCUAAGCCACGUUUUACUGUUAUUCUGGAUGCUGUAUGGAAAAGCUCAGUCAAUUCCACUUUCAACUUCUCCCGAAUGCUAGCCUUUGACUCCAUUGCCUCACUGUCCCACUGACUUAUUUGCCCCACAAUUCCCUACCCCAGCCAGUCAACGUAUCUGUUCUUCCUUUUGUGCUACUGAAGGACAUGCCUAAUUUUGUCCAACUUCAGUCUUCUCCUUUCCCUCUGCUGCAUCAGUAUGACCUACAACCAUUCAACCAGUCCUUAGUGUCACUGGUGGAGAAAGGGGGGUGCGGUGGGUACAGUCCACCCCAGGUGUCAUCCUUGAGGGGGGUGACAUCACUGUGCCGCCCCCCUGGGAUGCUCGCCUCGCCCCUGCAGGCGGCUAGCCUCGUCCCUGGGUGCACAGCAUGUGUGCUGCUCCGGGUGCUGGAGCAGCUAGCUCCGCCUCUGCUCAGUGUUCCCAUUUCUCAAGAUGGACCAAUUGCAUAAAGGUACCAUAUUAAAUGUCCUGCUAUUACCCAUUUCAUUCAUUGCAGUUUCAUUGCUUACUCACUGUGUACAAAACAAAGGGAGCAGAGGUCUUCAAACAAUGAAAUCUUGCAGCUUUUCUUUGUUGCUGUUGGCUUGCAAGCUGUUGUGAUGACAUUAUUGCCAGUGCUGUGCUUAUUCUAGCUUCAACAGCUUGCUACCUUUGCAAACAAGCUGCUUUCAUAUUUCCUGUUCUUCGACUUAAUAAAUUCAUUGCUAGGAGCAUAAAGAAGCAUUUAGAACAAUUAAUGAUGUGCCGGAUAUCUGCUUGGAUAUAUUUGCAUUGACAUGCCCUUUCUCCUGGGAUGCCUCUGCUUCUCUGGCUAAUUAUUGAACUUAAUUAGAACAGCUGAUGGGGGGGGGGGACACAAGUAGCAACCAGUCUUUUAAAGUGUGUCAGGCUUACUUAGAGGUAAAGUAUUCAUUAGCCUCAGUUUAGAGUCAGCAGAGGACAUCACUAGUGUUAAGUUUCCCAUGUGGCUCCCAUCAGAUUUAAAUGCACACCAUGUGCACUAGACUUUGUUACAACACAUAUAUUAGUAUAGUACACCAGCUGUGCACAUGCCCAACCCAUAUAUAAAACAGAGAGAGCACAACCAUUACCAAUGCACCCAUCUUAAUUUAAACAUAAAAGUUGAUAUAAGCCAUCCAACUGUCCAGAUAAGUAUCUACACAAAAUUGCCAUUUAGAAGAAUCAUGUUCAAGUUUAGCUAGGGCAGUGAAGUCCUCAGACCAUUGCACGUUGGCAAGUGUUAAUUGUUGGCAGAUGUUUAUUCUUUCAGGUUUGGAAUAUAAGUCUCCUGGCAACCAUAAGGUAUGUCAUGUGUAAGCCACCUUCAACAUAAGAAGCAGCCCCUAGCCAAUGUUUUGAAUAAUAAACGCUGCAUGCAGAUGAACUGAGAAAAAUGAGAAUUGCACAUACUACAUAUAUGUGAAGAGGCAAUGCUUUACUUCUAAGAUGGAGGGGAAAUGGAUUUCUCCAGUUUCUCCAUAACCAUUGAUAAUCAAGAUGACUGUUAAAGCGGAUAACAUCAAGUUUGCUUCUCCCCCCCCCCCACUUUUAUCUGUCUGUGCCCACAUGUGAAUUGGAAAUGUGAGGGUGGGAGGAGACACAAAGAAGCCAAAGCAUAGGAAGCUGCCUUAAACAGAGUCAGAUCAUGGAUCCAUCUAGUGCAGUGUUAUCUACACUGAGCAGCAGUGUUUCAGGAAGGGUACAUUGCGUGGACAGGCGGAGUCCCCAGAUCCCGAGUGGUCCCCCCCAGUCAUGUGGAAUAACGACUCAAGACAACGUGCUAUGGGAUUAAAUUGGCCACAACUUUAUUAAAUUUCAAAUGUGGGUAGACCUUGGCUCAGGCAUUGGUCGUUCUCCCUCCCCAGUCCCCAGCCGGGGACCUAGGGAGCAUCAGGGUUAUCCAGUGUGUGUGUGGGGGGAUGGGCCGGCUCUGGAGAACAUAUGUUCAAGCAGAGAUAGCCGCCCCCGUUACGCCGCCGCCGCAGGGGAGAGCAAUGACGACCUUUCGGCGUACGGUCAAAGCCUCCCUUCAGAAACCCCUUUAACGGGGAACCCUGGUAUCGCUGCCGCAAAGAGGAAGAUGGACUAAAGGAUUCCACCCAAGGCCUGAUACUGCCAAAGUUGUGACGUUUUGCUAUGGGAAAGGCAAAACCUGCCAAUGCAGGGAAAUUCCUUUCCGGCCCUUUAAUAGCGACCUUAACGUAGCAGCGCCCGCAUACCUGUGAAGAAAAGUUAACCUGCAAAACCUAUGAAGAAAAGUUAACCUGCAAAGGAAGACAUUAACUGAGGGUGGGAGAAGCUCUGGAGCCAAGUGAGGAUUCCCAGGUAAGAUCCUCCCUCUAUUGUGUGGGCAGGUAAUCCUUCCCCUACCUGGCCUGGUCUCCUUGGCAACGCUUCCCCCAGGUGGGAUUGGACAACUGACUGAGGUAGGCAGAGACCUCCAGGUAUCCCACCUGAGGGAAGGCAAAGCCAAGCCUAUGCUGAUGGAGCCGCUCCAGAUCCAGGAGCUGUGCGCGUCCACGCAAAGGGCGCCCCCCAUUUUAAGCGGGGAGCAGUCAUUCCCAGCUCUACCUGGAGAUAUUGAGGAUUGAACCUAGGACCUUCUCCAUGCAUGCAGGAUUCUUUCUCCCACAAAGCCCCAGACCAUUUUGUAAUUGCAUAUGUCCACUACUCCUUGUGUUUAUGCCUUUGUUGUUGUUUAGUCAUUUAGUCGUGUCCAACUCUUUGUGACCCCAUGGACCAGAGCAUGCCAGGCACUUCUGUCUUCCACUGCCUCCCGCAGUAUGCCUACUGCUCUUUAAGUUUAUCAAAUCAUACAUGGCGUGGAGAAAGAACAGGGCUUCUCCUUUUCUCAUAACACUAGAACUCAUGGACACCCAGUGAAGCUGAAGGAUGGAAGAUUCAUGACCUACAGAAGGAAGUACUGCUUCACAUACCACUUGUUUCACUCACUCCCACAAGGAGGCAGUGAUGGCCAUCAACUUGGAUGGCUUUAAAAGAGGAUUGGACAAAUCCAUGGAGGAGAAGGCUAUCUAUGGCUACUAGCCAUGAUGGACAUGUUCUGUCUUUGCAGUUGGAGACAGUGUGCCUCUUAAUGCCAGUUGCUGGAAACCGCAGAGGGAGAGUGCUCCGGUCUUGCUUGUGGGUUUCCUAGAAGGCAACUGCGUGGCCACUUUGAGAGCAGGAUGCUGGACUAAGUGGCCCAUUGACUGAUCCAGCAUUUCCCCCCUGAAAUUCUGAAAUGUUAAAGAAUGGAGCUGUGGGGGAUUCCUGAUUUAUCAGUUCCUCUUGAAAGAGAACAUCAAGCCAUUUAGAACUCCAAUCUCCAGGGAAUCUUUCAAUGGGAAGAACUUCAGACAUUUUCUCCUUAGCAAAUUUGAAGGAGAGAGGCUGCAUGAAACACUUAUGUGGGUAAGGGCAUGAUGUGUGUUGCCCAUAUCAGCUAUAAACUGGGUCUCAUUGUUUUCACCAUGUAGGUGAAUCAGCGGGGGGGGGGGGGGGACUUCCCCAAAGUUCCUGGCUUGGAAAAUGAAAGAUGUGUGAAAACCAAAGGAUUGUAAUGGCAACUAUUCUGUAGUUUUAUCUGUCUGUCUGGUUUUAAUCUGCAAUACUAGUCACCCAUCUGAAAUGCUGAGACCCAUCGCGGUAAUGGAAAGCUUUGCUUCUGAUUUAUUAUAGCCUGAAAUUAAUUUAAUCACAGUCCAAUUCAGAUCAGUCUGUGGCAAUGAAGAUGAACUACUUCUGGCUCAGUAGGCAGUAAGCUGAUGUGCACAGUAUACCCACUAGGCAUGGCACUCUCUGCAAAUACGCAGGCAAACUGUGAAUGCUACAACAUAGCUUGUGUAGGGCAUGCCUGGUACUUAAUUUGUGCAAUGGAGGAGGGUUUGAAGUCCAAGUCCAUCUUGAGGGCAUGCCCUGAUCUUGAAAGAUGGGAAUGGAUUGUGAGUACCCAUUGUUUUAGGAGAGGCAUUCUAAACAAUCUGUACAUAGUGGUUGGCUAACCUAUGGCCCUCUAGAUGUUAUCCAGCUCCAGAUCCCAUCAGCCCCAGGCAUCAUGGCCAAUGGUCAGGUAUGGUGGGAGUUGUAGCUCCAGUGCUCAGGUUGUGCUUGGGGGUUUCCUAGAGAUAUCUGGUUUGCUGCUAUAGGAACAGGAUGCUGGACUGGAUGGGCCAUUGGCCUGAUUCAGCGCGUUCUUCCUAUGCUCUUAUGUUCGUUUUCAUGUAAUUUUACAGGACAAUUCUGGGCAUGUCUGCGCUGAAGUAAGUCCCAUUGAGUUCAAUGAGACUUACUUCCUGGUGUGUACAGAUCUGCAGCAUUACAACUAAAUUUUAUGCACGUCUGUCUAAUCUGUACAUGCCAAUAGGAUUGCAAUUCAUGUUUGGGGUUUGGUUUUUUUUGUUUCCACUAAAUCAAAGCUCAACUUAGACUAGCAACAAGACACUCUUUGACCCAAAAACAGAGUGGUUAUCACCAUGUCAGGAAUAUAGGUUAUCACCAUGUUAGAAAAUACACAUAACAAAUACAGAAUUCCAAAGCAUUUAUCACAAGUUACUAAUCAAAUGCAUAUUGAGCAAGAUGGGUUUUCUGAAACACUCUUUAAAGAAACUUUUUCUGCAGAGGCUAUUGUUUCCCAUCCUGAUGGUUCUGUUGUUCUGACUCACCUUAAAUCUGAGUUCUCCAAAGAUUAGGUGACACGAGUUACUGUGAAAUUAUUGCUGUUUCCAGUAGAUUAAUGAAGAACUUAGUUAUCUUCUUGUUACUGUGUAAUCGUAACUGAUAUUUCACAUGUAAGGUACAAUUAAGCUGUCAUGACUGAAGCUACUGAGGAGCACAUGGGAGCUUUUUCUGACACCUUGCUUAUUAUUUGUGUUGCCUCCAUUGUUCUUGGUGCCCUGUGACAUGGCAGGAUAGUCAAGCAUCCCCAUUGCUCUUAUGUAACCAUCAUCUAAAGAAGGAAAAAGCACUGGUGGGCACAUGGGAUCCUGUCUUGCUCCUCCAUUAGCAGGCAAACCAAACAAAUUUAUCCCCUAUCCCUAACUGAGAGGGGUGCAGGACUGGGAAACCUGCCUGGAUGCCUGUAGAUGUCGCAAAUAAAAUUUGGCUUGUGAAAUGUAGACUAGAGGCUAAGCCCACUCAAAUCAAUGUGUUCAUAUUUAUCAUUGAAAACAUUUUUGCCCUGCUUGUUUAACUGGAGAAAGGUGGAGGGACCCAGUGAGGCUUACAAAUAUCAGUGGAAGACACUGCUCUCUGGUUUACAAUCUAAAGGUCAUAAUUUAAACAUAAAGGGGAUCGGGAGCGAAGAGGUGCAAAGCUGUCCCAGUUUCUGAUUUGAUCCUGGAAUGUCCUGUUUUUCCUUAGGACGUCCAUAUUUUCAUUCGAUAAAUUUUGGAGGAUGUGGUAGUAUGUCCCUAUUUUCACUGGAGAAAUGUUAGAAGGUAUGGAGUUAUCCAACCCCCGAGCCAUCUGAAGGCAAUCCUGUAUAGGGAAGGUUUUUAAAAAUGUUUAAUGUCGUAUUAUAUUAUUAUAUAUGUUCGAAGUUGCCCAGAGAGGCUGGGGCAACCCAGUAAGAUGGGUGGGGGAUAAAUAGUAAAAUUAUCAUUAUGGAAUGGGAUGUCCCUAUUUUCAUCAGAGAAAUGCUGUAGGGUAUGAAGGUGCCUGGUUGUUGUCUUCUUCUUCUUUACAAAAAAACAAUAGUUUAUCCUUGUUUUUCUGAGAAUAUAUGACAUUUUGUAGCAGGCUUUUGGGAAAUGAAGAAAUAGCAAUGGAGAGAAGGGGUAAAAGUUGCUUUAUCCUUGCAUGAAGCCUGUUCUGUAAGUGUGUGGUAUGAAUUAAAACUACAAUGAAUGACUUUGUUCUCUCGAUAGGUGACCUGUCUCCACGAUUUCUUCGGUGACGAUGAUGUGUUUAUUGCCUGUGGUCCAGAGAAAUUCCGCUAUGCACAGGAUGACUUUUCUCUGGAUGAAAAUGGUAAUAUCAAUCACACUGUUGUUGUACUAUCUAUAAAUUUGUGUGUUGUAGGAGGCAGGGGUAAAAUCUUUUUAUACCUUUAUCAGCUUGAAGUUGGAUUGCCCUAGGGCUUUUUAUUUUAGAUAUGUGGGCGUGAAUGCAUGUACCAGUAAAUACUAAGGGUGUGUGUCACUUCUGUGACGAGGUAAACCAAGGUGAUUUGGGGAAGACUCAUAUUUCUGAGUUGGAUCGUGCAGUUAACAAGGCAUUUUGAGGUGUAGCAGGCACUCCCUAAGCUAAGAGUGACCCUGGCAGUUGAAAAAAGUGUACAACCAAAACCCACCUGGAAUGAAGGAUGGUAUUCAACCAGAUAAUUAUGGGAGUAGAACUUGUUUUGCUUGCACAGACGGACUCCCCCCCCCCCUCUUCUCCAUAGCACCCUACACAAAUCUGCCUCAGAGGGUUGAGGGAAACCGCAUAAUAGAUUUAGUGAGCGUGUGGCUGGAGGAGAAGGGGAGAAGAUUCUGUUGCACAAAGAUAAAUCCUUGCCCUGAUGGGAUCUUCCCCUUGGUGCUGCUUUGAAUACAACCCCAAGCUGACUAGGGAAAGUCCUAGAGCUCAAGAGGGCUAGGGGUGAAUGUGGUGGGAGCUUCAUUUUGAUGGACAGGUCUAACUUUUAAUCACAUUUGUUUUCCUGGAGCAUUCGAAUAACAGUGACAAUUUCAUUUUGAUUUUUAGUAGUGGGUAAAAACAAUGGUUGGCAGUCAAUGAAGUUUUACUCAGAUCAGAGCUACUGAAAUUACUUGGCCUAACUUAGUCAUGUUCAUUAAUUUAAGUGGGUUUACUCUGAGUAAAAACCACUGUAUGUUUAUUUUUCACAUGGAUCUAUGCCUCUCAUUCUGCAAAUCAAUGACAAAUUCUUCAUUAUAUCCCCAAAAAUCUAAGGUUUGGUGGACAGAAACCCACAUCCAGAAACCCUAUUGGAGUAAUAGGGUCAUUUUGGUGUGUGACAUUUUUCCUACCAUGGGGAAGGUGUUCAUUUCCACCCCACACCCUAUUAUUCCUAUUGUACUAAUACCCAAAAGGUAAAGUCUUCCUUUGCUGAAUGAGAACUGCAGCUACCAUUUAAAAAUUGGACAGGCUUCCUCUGCUCAGGAGGAGUGACAAUGCUUGCAAAUGGCAUCCUGUUCCAUGAGAAAAUGGAAAGUUAUAGCUUUUCUAAAAUAAUAAUAAUCAAAAUAUAAAGGUGCCCUAUAUGAAAACCACUGAAUACAUUUGCCUAUACUUUGGCAGUCUCAAUCCAUUCUCGAGGUUCUGCUGUGCCUACAAAUUUCAUCCACUUCUGAGAAAAUAAAAGGCUAUAGCCAUGUUUAGAUUCCCUGUUAUAGGGGGUGGGGGGCAGGGGACAGAGGACAGGCACAUCUUUGUUUUUAACAGACCUAAAAAUUUGGUCCUGAAUAACAAGUCAACUUGGAGGGAUGCUGAAUAGCUCUGAAACAGACUAGGCUGCUUCCCAAAGUUAGAAAUAUAUUCAAAUAUUGUGGUGGGUGCACACCUCUAGAAAAGGUGUGCUUGAAUUAUAUACGCAUAAGUGGUUGUUUUGCUGUCUGUGAGUUUUCAAUAUCCCCUCCCCACCAACACCAAAUCUGUCUGUCCAAUGUUAGUUAAAGCUUAUGAAUUGUCCACCUGGGUGUGGCCUGUCUCACUUUUAAACUUCACAGCAUAUCUCCCUUUGUCCACUUUGAAAUGCGUGAAGAACUGAAACAAGUGAUCUGCUCCAGAGAAAUUGUACAUGUCUUAUCCAAACUGCCUCUCCAAAUGUUGCUUUAGCCAAAAUCCAUUGACAGCCUAAGAAUCGGCAGCCUCACCUCUUCCUUGAGAAAUAUUGCUAAAGCUCCUCUGUCUCCUCUUAAAUAUCCUGUUUGGUUAAAGGUGAGGCCCAACAUUGGCUCUGAAUUGUACUUUUGGAAAGGUUGUGACGGUAGCAUUUGAGACAGGAAAUUCUGACAGCCCAAUUUUCUGUCUUAUUUGUGCCAUGGCUCACUGUGCUGGCCUCAAGCCACUGUUAGGAGGCAGACUUGAUGCCUGUAUUUCAAGUGAGAGGAUAAAAUAACCUCCUUUCUUUCAGAAUAUACUACUAACUGGGAUGUACUUGCCUAUGUAACUACGCACCAAAUUUCAAAUUCUCUUGUGGAUGUGCUGCUACCAUCGUUGAUGAAACCCUAGUGUCUUCAUAAAUGCGUAGAUAUCUGGAAAUGCAGUCCAUGAAUGUAGAUGUCUGGGUUUCCCACUGAUUGAGCAGUUUACGCAUGUUAGCAUCUAAUGGGCAAUGACAGAUUUGCCACAAGGCAGAAUAGGUGGUCUCAUUAAUGGUGCCAACAUUAUACACUUCACAGGAGCGGCAGGAUCUGCCAGGAAAUGUCAUCUCAUUAUAGCCAUAUGGAUGCAUUUUGUAUAAGAUACUUAAUCACUCCCAUUAAUUUUUUAAAAUGUUGAUUUGUCAAGUGCUUCAAAUGCAGGAUGCAGCACCCCAAGAACUCUCUCUCUCUCUCUCUCUCUCUCUCUCUCUCCCUCCCUCCCUCUUUCUUUUUUGUAAACCAACGCUCUGUUGAAUGAAAUCUCUUAAACUCAGUAGAAGGCCCUAUAUAGCUCCUUAUCCAUCUUCCAAAUUGAAAAGCAAAUAACACUAUGUAGAACAAGCAAAUCUAUGCAAGUUUAGCUUAAGUUGCAUAAUUAAUACUGCUUGCAGCAUUCAGCAAACUUGGCUGAGAGAUGAUUGGCAAAGGAUUGCAUCUGUCACCCCCCCCCCCUUUUCCUGACAUAGAUCUUCAAUCAUCCCUUCUUCCCUGGCAUGGAUGGGGGCACUAUUUUGUGGUUCACCUCAGGUACCGGCCCUGAUUGCAUUGAGCCCCUCAGUGGGCAGAUCCAAUGUUGCUGGCUUCUCAGCCCUCAGUUAAUUAUCAGCCAACUGGGAACCUGAGCAGGAAAUGAGCACCAAGACCAUAACAGGGUCCAAGGGUCUCAAGUCAUAAUGCAUGCUUAUUAUGCAAGCUCCAAAAUGCAUCCCAAGAAAACUGGCUCUCCCCUUCCUCACUGCCUCCCAAUCUAAAGUCUUUGCUAGUUUACCCAUCAUUUCCACUUGACUGAGAUGGUUUUUUGGUGGGUGGCAGCCCUUGGUUUUCCUCCCACCCCUAUACACACAAAAGUCUCAGUCAUCGUUUAUGGAAUCAGAAAGUCUUCGUGAAACUUACAUGUUGGCUUGGACCCAAGAGUCUUAUGUAUAUUUUAGCAGUUCUCACAGCUCCAGGGAAGCUCUCUCUCUGUCUCUCUCAAGACAAUUUGGAAAAGAAAUCCUGACAGGGCAACUUGACAGGAAGCCCAGCCUGAGGUGUCUGAACCCAAAGAAGACUGGGCAUUCUGCCAACCAGCAGAACAUUUUGCUUGCAGGUGCUCAGAGCUCCCACAUCUCUUUUCAGGUUCUUGGGAGAUGCAAAAACUAGAAGUUAUUUAUUGUGCAUUAUGUGUUGCUAGUGAGAGCCCCAUUAAAAUUCCAGUGUAUUAGCUUUUAUUAUUAAUUAAUUAGAUUUAUAUCUUUCCCUUCCUUACAAAAGAGCCCAGGGCAGCAAACAGAUAAGCCAUAAAACAAUUAAAACAUCUAAAAAACAAUUCCAAUUCCAGACUGGGAAAGAUAUCUGCUUAAAAGGCUUGCUGAAAGAGAAAGGUAUUCUGUGGGUACCCAAAAGAUGACAGAGGUGCUGCCAGUCUGAUACGCAAGGGAAGAGAAUUCUGAAUGGUAGAUGCUGUCACACUAAAGGCCUGAUUCCUAUAUUGUACUAUAUGGACCUCCUGAUAAGGUGGUAUCUACAAGAGGCCCUCAUCUGCAGACUUCAAUGACUGAUUGAGUAUAUAAGAUGUGAGAUUAUCUUACAGAUAUCCUGAUCCCACGCUAUAGAGGGCUUUAUACACCAGAAGCAGCACCUUGAUUGCAGCCUGGUAGGUAACUGGCAGCAGUGUACAUGAGAACAUGACUGUUAGAAACCACAACAUCUUUGGCACAUGCACGCCCUCACACACCACACCAUACCAGCUCUGCAGUCUGACUUGUGUGGACCAAAAGGGCUUCAGACUCCCAGGCAUCUUCUCUUCUAUCACCACAGCAGAGAUACCAAACAGUUGAAAGUCUCUGCAGUCACUGGUCUGGCUGUUCUAAGUCAUGCUGCCCCCUCCCAAGGCAAUGUGGACUGUAUUCAAGGCACCUGCAGCAACAAAAUGCAUCUCUCUCUAGCCCUGGCAUUAAAGAAGAAAAGAAAAGUCAGUAAUAACAGAUUCAACAACUAACAAUUUGCUUUCCUGACACCUAAAAAACUCUGUCUAAUGAUAGGGUCAGCCGUGGUAGCAAAAGGCUACCUUGCAGCUGCACCCAGAAUUACAGCAGUGAAGGAAUAACUUCCUUAAACCAAACCUUGCCAUCUUCAUGGGGAGACCUAUGGCACAGGGAGAGGUAGCUGCAGCCUCGAGGUGCUGCCGCUGAUGUGAGCUUCAGCCCAUGUGUUAUCAAUAGAAAAGAGAAGCACCAGGCACCAUCUACUCAUGUGUAAAAGCAUCGAGACUGUGUCCUCUUAGACCUUUGCCAGCUGCACACACAUUGUUCACAGUAGAUAAAAAGCUUAAAUAGAGAGAGUCAUGGAUAAGAAUGGAGGAGGAAUCUGUUUUAAAUGGGUUUAUACCCAGAAUUUGGUGGUUCUGACUGGUCAAGCUUUGCCCACAUGUUACGGCCUCUUGCAUCAAGCUUCUUGUGCAUGUUUAUGAAAAAGCCCAACUAAGUAUAUGCAAAGUUACACAAGCAAAAACUAUGCAUAUGAAAAGAGUCAAGCCCCACACAGUACUAUAUUUCUGCAGUAUAAUUUCAUAAGAAUGAAUACCUGAGUCUUUUUAUACAUUGUUGUCUGUAUCUGUUUAUGUGCUGGUUACUUUGGAAAUAUAUUAAUAUAAUAUGCAUAUAAUAAUGUGAGCAUUGUUUGUAUUCUUUUAGCAGAAAGAGUAAAAAUCAAGGAGCAGGAUGAGUAUUAGGGGGAGAAAAUCCACAUCUGUAUGGAUAGGCUCAACAUCAAGAUUUCAAGAAAAUUUCACCCCUUAUCUCAGUCCAAGCUUUCCUUUUCAGUUGCUUGUUUAGUUGUUUGUUUGGGGUUCCCCCUUUCAAAUAAAUUCCUAAGGCUGCUAAACCCCCACCAUAAAUACAAUUAAAAUAUACAAGACUCUGCAUGUUUUUAAUUAGUAAGGUUGGGCACUUGAACCCCUAGUGCCUAACAUUUAUUGUUAGUGUAUCAUAUAUAAUUAAUAUUCAUGCCAUUCCAUCUAAUUUUGGUAUAUAAAUGCAAAUCAGGCAUUUAGAAACAUAAAGACUUUAGAAACUAAAGGACAUCUUUUGAUCUUCCCAUUCUUCAAAACGAGUAAGGUCUUUGGGGUGAGGAGAAGAUACUCUGUGUUACAAAUUCAUAUUGGGCACAGAGAAAUGAUACUUCCAUUUUGGAUGGAUUGGGUGGAUAGACAGAUGAAUAGAUAGAUAAAUGCUGUUUUGAGAGGUUCAGUAGUGAUGGCUAACUGGUGUUGGUCCCCAGCAUUCUGAAGUACAUAUUGGAGUUCUGUGAGAAUUGGGUUGCCCCAGUGUUGCCCAGGUGUUUGAUAGGGCCCAUCUGCACUAUACAUUUAAGACAGUAUCAUUCCACAUUAAGCAGUCACUGCUUCCUUCCAAAGUAUCUGGGAUUGGGGCUGUGUGAGUGGGAUAAGGGUCUUCUAAUGACUUUCAGCAUAAUGAACAAACUACAGUUCACUGGACCCUUUGGGAAAACAAUGACUGUCUAAAGUGAUAGGGUUGUGCUUUUGAUGUAUAGUGCAGAUGGGGCUAUAAUAUGCAUCCAAGCUCCUAUACAGGCAUUAGAGUCUCUGAAUUGGACCAUGCCCUUGCCAUCCUCCUUUCUCAGGCUUUAUUUCACAGCUCAGCAGCUAGAGUUGAUAUGUCUGUGGUGCCUGAUGUCCUGCAGAUGCAUGUCUCUUACUGUGAUGGCUUUUGUCAUGAUGACAUGAGUAAUUCUGCUUGCCUGACUGGAGGAUAGCUGACAAUGUGAGGGACAUCGGCUGCUGCCUGAUGUGAUGUCCUGAUGCUUGACAAGGCAAAGUAUUCUCUAUCUCAUAUUUCUCUCCUGCAUUCACCUCCCUGCAUCUGUGCCUCUGAGCUCCUUUGAAAAAAGGUUAUUCCAUCUCUUUUAAAUCUAUUCAUCUUGGCAGUGUCUUAGGGCUCCCCAGCAAGCCUGACUCUUGGAGACUGUUAUAAUCUUGCUUUCUGCCUCUCCAACCCCCAUGCCUAGCUCUGAUGGUGUGGUUCUGCAUAUAUUGGCAUUUUCCAUGGUGACAUUACAUUAUAAUGCCAUCUCAGAAGACGCCAUAUCGUUGUCCCCCCCCCCCACUAAUUGUAAGGAAACUUGGGGAAUUUUAUUGCCAACCUCUGUUCUGACGUGUGUGUGUGUAUCUUCUCUAUUUUUCAGUUAAAAAAAAAUACAUGUAACAAACAAUCUCCAUAUAUCCUCACCACCCAAGGAACAUUCCAUACAUAUACAAAGCAAAUGAAGACUGUAUCAAGCAGAUUAUAAUUAACUAUAGUAGUUAAGUCUAGGGACGCAGGUGGCGUUGUGAGUUAAACCACAGAGCGUAGGACUUGCCGAUCAGAAGUUCAGCGGUUCGAAUCCCCGCGACGGAGUGAGCUCCCGUUGCUCGGUCCCUGCUCCUGCCAACCUAGCAGUUCAAAAGCACGUCAAAGUGCAAGUAAGAUAAAUAGGUAACGCUUUGGUGGGAAGGUAAACGGCGUUUCUGUGCGCUGCUCUGGUUCGCCAGAAGCAGCUUAGUCAUGCUGGCCACAUGACCCGGAAGCUAUACGCCGGCUCCCUUGGCCAAUAAAGCGAGAUGAGCGCCGCAACCCCAGAGUCAGUCACAACUGGACCUUAUGGUCAGGGGUCCCUUUACCUUUUUAUAGUAGUUAAGGGUCUUCUACUCUUCAUCUUAACACACUGCCCCAGAGUGAACCAUUGGUAGCUGGUGGAGGGGUGGGACAACAUUCUCCUUUCCAGUGUAGUGAAUAAGCAUGUACCAUAUAGUUUCAAAAUUGUCUUUGGUCUUUGUGUUCCACCAGAGCUAAGUUAGUUGCUGUUUUCCAGUACUGUUAGGACUGUCAUAUGUCUGGGUUUUCCCGGAGACAUCUGGGAAUUGAACUGACAAAAUGGCGUCCGGGCAGAUUUUUGCAGAAUCGGCAAAAUGUCCAGGAAAACGCUAACGUAUGGCAAGUAGGACAAUUUUUUUUUUUUUAAAUGAUUUUAAAAUCCCCCCCAAAAACGCCCCCAAACUGCCUCAACCAAUAUAAUGUUUAUCAAAACAACAGCAGCAUAUGAUCCAAACGACUGCAGCGGCUUUCUUUUCUGGAGGAAGCAUCAACAUCAGAAGCAUCCCUUCCUCCAACAGAUGCAGCUUUGGCCAGAGGAGUAGUGGAUGCUCUCCCUCGUCAUCUCUCCAGUGCCUACUAAGGAGAGGUUUCCAAGCGGACCUCGCAGCCAGCAGUGAAGGCUGGGAGGACCCUGCAGGAGAGCCAGGGCCACCUUUCCAGCAACUACUGCCUCCCCUCGCAGCUCUAGGGUGCAAAUCACCGGCACCCCACCACCAGCACCAACAUAGAACUCCUUGAUUAUUGCUAUAGAGAGGUGUGUGUUUUAGCGGGGAGCAGUAACCCCCUCACUAACUACCUCACUGGCCAAGCUUCCUCCUCCUCCUCUGCUGACAGGCUGUGGGUGUGAGUGUGAGUGUGCCAGGAGCUGGUGUGCAGGAGAAGCAUUGUAGGCUCGCACUGAACGUGCACAGACACUUGUGCCUCCCUGUCCGGAUUUUUACUUUUGGGUGUAAUUAUGUUUCCAGCUGCUUACAUGAAAAUGAUUAGUAAGUCCUUAAACAAUAAAUUAAUACGGUCAUCUGUAAACAGAUUUAAUAAAGCUAACCUCAGAACAGGUUGUACCACUUGUCUUAUAAGAAAGAAGGAAUUUCUUCAAAGACUAAUUUCCAAAAUAAUUGUACAGGUUUGCAUUCCCACCGCAUAUGGAUGUAUUAGCCUAUCUGCUGACAUCCUCUCCAACAUAAAGCUUAAUAAUAAUAAUAAUAAUAAUAAUAAUAAUAAUAAUUGUAUGCCAUCCAUCUGACUGGGUUGCUGCAGCCACUCUGGGUGGCUCCCAACAGAGUAUUAAAAACAUGGUAAAACAUCAAACAUUAAGAACUUCCCUAAACAGGGCUGCCUUCUAAAAGUCAAAUACAGUGGUACCUCGGGUUACAAACUAAAUUCGUUCCAGAAGUCUGUUCUUAACCCGAAACCAUUCUUAACCUGAGGCGGGCUUUCACUAAUGGGGCCUCCUGCUACCACCAGCGUGCAAUUUCCGUUCUCAUCCUGGGGCAAAGUUCGCAACCUGAGGUACUACUUGCAGGUUAGCAGAGUUUGUAACCCAAAGUGUUUGUAACCCGAGGUACCACUGUACAGUAGUCGUUUAUUUCCUUGACAUCUGAUGAGAGGGCGUUCCACAAGGCGGGUGCUACUAUUGAGAAUGCCCUCUGCCUGGUUCCCCACAACCUCACUUCUUGCAGUGAGGGAACUAGCAGAAGGCCCUUGGAGCUGGACCUCAAUGUCCCGGCUGAACAACAUUGGUGGAGACAGAUGUGUAGUGUCAUCUGUGAAUUGUUUUAAAACUAUUUUCUCUCAUUUUAGCUAAAUCUGACUUAAAAGCCCCCCCUGUUUUUGCCAUGCUGUGUUAUCAAUGUCACAAUAUAGAUCUGAUUCACAAAUAGAUUUUUAUGAAAUUAGAUCCCCUGUCAUUACAUCAUAGGUAAUCUUUUAGAUAUUGGAUAGGAACUUUUUUGAUUCUAAGUAUAAUUUAAAGUCAGUUGUUCAAUAGUAUUUAAGGGUCUGGUGGCUUGAGAUAAUACUGCUGGGUUAGCAAGGAAAUGUAUAAUUUGAUGUAUGGACAGUGAACUGAUUUCAAGGUCACCAAAUUGUAUCAUUUUCUGUACUCCAGUGAGAGGUUUCAUUCCCUUAUAGAGGUCUCUUUUUGUGUGUAGUCCCUUUUGGUUCCAGCCUUUGAAAUGUGUUUCUCUAGAACUGUUACAAAACGAAUAAUUGGAUACAUUACUGGGGCCAAAUUUUUGGAUCUUGAGAUUCAAACUUGUAAGUCUGCUAAAGAAAAGGGACUCAGUCUAUUGUUGAGGACAAUAGACUGGAAAGUUUAAUAGGGUAAGGUCUCAGCUCUAUUUUUAUUAAAACAGAUUAUUUUUUCAUUAUUACAUGUGCAGGAUCAUGACCAUAAUAAAUUUGGGGUCCCAAGUCCUCCCAUAUGUGUUGAUUUAUUUAAAUUGCAUUCUGCCAUCUUGGUUUUUUGCUUUGCUGUAUAAAGUUAAUUGAGUUAAAUUCUGUUUGUUUGUUUGUUUGUUUGUUUGUUUUAAUAAUAAUUAUGGAUUUGAUCAGCACAUCAAAAUUCUAUUUCUUGCAGAAAUAUUCUGUAGGGAUCUUCUUUUUUUAUAUAAAGUGCAUUGGAAGGGAGUUAGCAGAAAACACACCCUCAAGAGAAAGAAAGAAAAAAUCCCAACUACCUCAAACAGCAGCAACAAACAUCAUCAUUUCAUUUUGGCAUUAUUAUUCAUCAUUCCAUUUUGGCAAGCGUCCCAGGGGGGCAGGGGGGCCAUGACACCUGGGGUAGACCGCACCCACUGCACACCCCUUCCUCUGCCAAUGCCCACAGGCUUACAUUAUAAUAAACAAACAAAUAAAUAAAAAUACAUCACACAAGGGAAAGGGGGCAAGGAGGGAAGAGAAUAAAAGCAAAAAAAACCUCAAGCCCCCGUGUUUAGACGGCUGUUCCUAUCUCUCCCACUGAGGCAGCCUGACAAAAUGGCUGCCCUCAGAUGACAGUGGAGGUAGAGAAGGCCUAAUGGAGCUGGUCUGUUGUAGCUCUGCUUCUCAGCUCUCCCAGUGGCUGCCCUUGAUUGGCUGUCUCCUUUACCCAUAAAAUAAAUAAAUUGAGAGCCCACUCUCACAUAUACACACUGACUCACCCACCCACCCCUUUAGCCUUAAAUUAGUUAUGCAAUUUCUAUUAUCCCAAUCAAUCAAUGCUAUUAUCAACAUCUACUGGUGUUUCUUAAGGGAAGAAAUUACGGCCCUGUGCUUUAGAGCAAGAUCUACAGCCCCACUUGCAGUUUUAAUUAUUUCCUUCAUUGCUAUAGUGAGGCCUCUACUCUCAAAGCAGUAGCUACAUUCUGCCACUACUCGCUAAGUUCCUUUUAAAAAUUGCUGUAAAAGCUCAACUGUUGAAGCUAAUUCCUUCUCAGGCGUGGUUUGAUUUUCAUGCUAUUGCAGGCCACUCUCCAUUCACUGCUGGCCUGAAAUUUUUAGAUUAACUGAUCACAAUGGGAAAUAGGACUUUUUUCUCUUUCUCGCCUCCAAGGCUCUGAAGCAUUGUUUUCUUAUGCUAAAUCUGCAAUAGCACACUGAUUAAGGUUGAAAAGUAUUUUAAUUUGGUGGUGUGAGUGGGAUUAGAUAAUCUAAACCACCAUUUUAUGUGAUGAUAUCAUCACACAUCUCCCUUGGGUGUAUAAGAUUACUUUGUUCCCACCCCUGACCUUUCGAUCCGAAUUGUGGGUUUGCUGCAGAAUCUGUUGGAGCAAAGGGAAAACUGCUUGGGCCCUAGCAAGUAUGAGACAAGUGGGAAACCACUUGAGCCCGUGCUUUCUAAGACAAGUGGAAGUAUGGUCAAGCCAUUAGACAAGGCUUGCUAAGAGGUGGGGGAGGCAUGGCUCCACCAUCACCAGGAUGCAUAUACUUCCUUUCCUGCAAGGAAGUCUGGACGUGUCAGAGGGCUGGAAGUUCCUGUUAAACCUGUAGCUGCUGUCCAUAAACCAAGUAAGCACUGGUCAAGAAGAAUCAACUCCAGAACUCUCCAGAAGUCCAGGGAGAUGGAAGAGAGCAGAAACAAGAGAUUGGGGAAAGAAGAGGAGAAUUCAGGUUGAUUUAAUUGACAUUGGCUCUCUAAGGUUUCAGGCAGAAAUCUUUCCUACCUGAGGAUUCCAGGGACCUUUCAAAUGCAGAUCAUGUGCACUACUGCUGAGCUAUAUAGGCCUCCCUCGAUGUUUAAUUGUAAUGCCAUGCUUAAAAACAACAACAGCAUACUACCAUCUCUCUAGGUCAGGCUUGCUCAAACUCUGCCCUCCAGAUGUUUCUGGCCUACAACUCCCAUGAUCCCUAGCUAGCAGGACCAGUGGUCAGGGAUGAUGAGAAUUGUAGUCUCAAAACAUCUGGAGGGCCGAGUUUGAGGAAGCCUGUUCUAGGUGCUGCAGAUAUGUAAGACACUUAAAGGAUCAAUGCAAUCACUUACUUUGGUUUUGUGUGUUGUUUAUCAGAGUGCCGGGUAAUGAAAAGCAACCCUCCAACUACUCCAGGCAGCAAGUCCUCCCCAACACCUCAGAAGAGCUCUGCAAAGAGUCCAGCUCCUGUGCGCCGGAGCAAAUCCCCAGCUGAUUCAGGUAACCAUCAGGAUGGUGAGUGACACUUCUUUUCCCAGCAGAUAAAUGUUGGCUCCACCUGGAUCUGGGUGAUAAGUUAGCAUCAGGGUCAUUGAUUCAUACAUUUCUCACUCAUCUGUCACACAGGGCUGGCAACAGGAGCUUUGUGUCUUUAGGCAUCUGCCAAGGUCCAUAACCUGGCAGAGAUUCUCGAGAACUGGCCCUGCCUACCUGUUGUUGCUCCUCCUCCUCACCACAGUCACUUGGCUGUCUUUUGCCCAAUCCUGACUCUUCAUCGCCAACUCAGAGUAGGGAUGCAUGUUUCUCAUUUUUCCAAGGUUACUCAGGAACGCUUGUUGAAAGCUCAUUGAAAAUCUGAGCACACUUUAUCAACUGAAUCACCUUUUUCUGUUUACUUGUUGACAUUCUUCAAAGAACUCUAAUAGGUUUGUGAGACGGGACUUGCUCUUGCAGAAGCCAUGCUGGCUCUGCUUCAGUGAGGCUUGAUCUUCUAUAUGACACACACACACACACACACACACACACACACACACAACACACUAAUCUCUACCAGUUUUCCUGGGACAGUCAUUUAGCUAAUCAGCCUGUUAUUCCCAGGAUCCUGAUUCCCAGGAGGCUGAUCUAAGGGACAAGUUACAUAAUUUUGUUUGAAGACCAGCAACUGCACAUAUGAUGAUGAUGAUGAUGAUGAUUUUAGAACUCUUGGGUGGAUGCCAUCAGGACCCAGUGAUUUACCAGUUUUUAUUUUACCUAUUAGGCCUAGAACUUAAUCUCUCAUCACUGGUAUCUGUCUUAGUUCCCCAGCCUCGCCUCCUGUAAAGGUUCUUCAGGCAAGAAUAUACACAAAUUUUGCUCAGGACACCUAACAGAAAGAAAAUAAAAUAUAAUAAAAAUCCAGCAAAACAGUAACAUGCAAAAAUCAAAAGAUGCAGAAAUUUGAGAGUAAAGCCUAUUACUAAAAAUAUAUAAAUUCAAACUCAGUUCUAUGAAUGGCCCAUUUCUUGACUAACAAUGCUUACAAAUAAAAUCAAGUCUUCAUUAGCCAGAACAUCCAUAAUGACUUGCCCAACAUGUUUCAUCCUAUGGAUGUCUUUAGUGGCUCAUAUACACUAAAAAAAAUGGAUCUUUUUAAAAUAAAGAGUUCCACAAAUUCAUCAGGGCAGUUGAUUAGCCCUAAGAUCACUUCAGUGCCCUACAAUUUAACCUACACAUAAACACAGAAUCUAAGACCAUAAGAAGAUCCUGGCUGCUGAAUCAGGCCAAAGACCCAAUUAGUCCAGCAUCCUUUUCUCACAGUGGCCAACCAGUCGCCUCUGUAGGAAGACCACAGGCAGGAUCUGAGUGCAAAGAGUGCUCUCUCCCCACUUACAAUUCUCAGCAACUAGUUUUAGAGGCAUGCUGCUGCUUCUGACCAUGGAAGGAGAACAUAGCCAUUGUUGCUUGAAGGCAUUGACAGCCUUAUCCGCCAUGAAUCCGCCUAAUCCGUUUUUAAGCCAUCCACUACCUCUUGUGGUAGUGAAUGCCCUGUGGGAAAGACAACUUUUUUUCUAUCUUGAAUCUGCCCCCUCAAGGCACUGGCAUUCUGCUAGUUAGUAUGAAACAGCAAUGUUUGGUUUGGGGGGUUACUUUUUUUCUUUUCUUUUUUACGUGAAUGACAAAUAGGCUAAGUAAGUUUUGAUUUGUAACAAAUUGGAAGAGACACAUGAGAAGAGAAAAAAUGGUGCUGAAUAAGGACACCAUGAAUAAAACAUUAUCUGGCCUGAUUUUUGUGGGAUGCUUAUGUAUUUUAUUUGGUUGAAACAGCAUAUUCCUGAAACUUUUCAUCUGUGACAUGUCUUGACAACUUAUUCCUCACCCUUACAUGUUACAGUCAUUUGGUCUUUUGUUUGACCCAGACGUCUUUUCCAAAACCUAACGAAAAAAGAAUAUUAGGCUGGAAAUAAGCUCAGCUUGAUGAGUGUAAAACAUCUGAAUCUUUGAAUAUCUUUCCUGGUUUUUGCUUGUAUAAGGAACAGAGUGUCUAGGUGAAUUUAUUCAUUCAGUGUUUCUGCCACCCUAACCCUAAUCUAUACCAGCACUAUUGAUACUUGCUAUAGUCAUGCCAGUGACUGAAAUUUUAAGACUGGUGAUGACAUCAGACAUAUUGUUUAUAGAGAAGUCACAGCUGUUUCUUCACCUACAGGAGAAAAAAGCCCCUUAGCUUCUAUCCAGUUUUGCAGCUUGUAUGGUAGUUUUGCAUUGUACAUGGAUGCUGUCAAUUAUUAUUAUUAUUACUACCACCAUCAUCAACCUUUCAGCAUUUGCAUGCUGCCUUUUCAGGACUAGCCCCCCAAUAGCUGUUCAAAGCCUACUAAAACAAAAAUGCAUCACAAAACAGCUAGGGUAGUCAGUAAUGCAUUGCUAAAUUUAUAUUGUACAACACUUAGAUAUUAAGUGAUUUAUAAAUAUUUUUAUAUAAAACAAAGGGGAUGAAGGGGAAAAGGGAUUUGCAUUGAAUUUGCACAGGUUAAUUUAUACAAAGAUGCAAACGUAAAAUGUAAAGAUAUAAUUGAAUAUAAUAUGUACAGUUGUAAAGAUGCAAUCCAUUUCACCACAGUGGGGGCAGAGUGUGACCUGGUGGCUUGUGCGCCUGAUUAGUCUGCUGUCCAGUUGCUUACUGUGGAUGGGCAACUUCAAGGCCCCCCCCUUCUUUCCCUUCUUUCUUUUUAAUCCAGGCUUGGACCUGGCAGCCCUUCCAGUAGAGGACUGCCCUCUUUAAAGUAAGCCACUUGACCACAGUAUAUCAAUCCACAAUCUCUACUGUAACAAUAAAUCAUCAAAGACCCCAAUAGACUGAAACAAGUGUUACCUGCAACAUCAUGUUAUAGCAUGGAUUGCUGCAGAGCUACUACAUACAGUGGUGCCUCGCAAGACGAAAUUAAUCCGUUCCACGAGUAUCUUCGUCUAGCGGUUUUUUCGUCUUGCGAAGCAACCCUAUUAGCGGCUUAGUGGAUUAGCACUAUUAGCGGUUUAGCGGCUAUUAAAGGCUUAGCGGCUUAGCGGCUUAGCUGCUAAAAGGCUAUUAAAGGCUUAGCGGCUUAGAAAAAGGGGGGGGAGCGAAAAAAAAUCUCAAGACUCGCAAGACAUUUUCGUCUUGCGAAGCAAGCCCAUAGGGAAAUUCGUCCUGCGAAGUGCAUUGAAAAACAGAAAACCCUUUCGUCUAGCGGGUUUUCCGUCUUGCGAGGCAUUCGUCUUGCGGGGCACCACUGUAUCCCUUUCCUGGAUACUCCAUUCCAUUAAUCUGGCCCCUCCCCUCUUAUGCUUUUAGUGGGCUCCAACCCCUUUUAAAAGUACACACGGACCUAAUGUAAGAAGCAAUUACUUGACCCAAAGCAUUCACAAGUGAUCAGCUGCACUGUGGAUUAUGAGAAACAGCGAAAUGUUCUGUUUUUAAUAGAGAAGCUUGGAGUCUUUAAAAUGAGAUUUCAUAAGAUUGCUUUCAACCAGUGUUAUUUAUUCCCACUUCCAAGUUUUAUUUGAACCAUAAUGACCUAUUCAUUCUGCUAUUAUUUCAUGCAUCAGUCUGAAAUCAUACCCAGAUAUGACCAAAGCUUGCUUCUUAGCCAGCCCUGCAAAAAACAAACGUAGCAUCAUUCAGUUAGAUGUAUUUUUCAUCCCAAUAUAUAUCAGUACUAAAAGAUUUUACAGAGAAGUUUAAAUGUAUGAUUUAUUGGUGGCAGAGGGUUGCAUCCUACUAGGAUGUAAUCAGAUCAGACCCUUUAAAAUGAAUGGUCCUAUGUUGGUCAUGUCUAUUAAUUUCAAUGGGUCUAUCAAAAACAUUUUUUUUAAAAUGCCCGUGCAGAUUUUCAUUACAGCAAAUAACAAACCAAUCAAGAAUUGUAACUAUACCAUGACAAAAGGAGAUUUCUUUCAAGGCUCAACCUAGAUCAGGUGUUCUCAAAGGUGUUGUAAGAGGCACCCCCAAAUAAAAAAAGAGAGAGAGCAAAGACUCCCCAAGUGUAACCAAAACGACACCAUUAGGAAAAUUAAUCAUUUUCUAUAAUGAAGUUCAAUACAAAGGAAGGCCUCAAACGCCCUACUUUUAAUAAAGCUAAUGCAUCUAAUUAGACGUAGGGGAGGCAAAAAGACGCUAGAACUACUUUCAAAGACAGUAGAAUCAUUUUGCAACCAAGACGUAACCAAAAUAUUAACUGAAUUCUAUUCUCCUUUCAAUAAAAUAUGUAAAUUGUCCCAAAUACUACAAAUAAUACACUUUCUUAUUUGAUCCAUAUUCGAACACUUCUGUAAAAUAUUGCUACAUACAUACACUUUCAUCUCCAAGCGGUGAGAGAUUUUAUUGGUCUGCACACCACAGGUUUGGUUUCCUCAUUUUCUGGGAAAGCCCAUGUCAUUGUAUAAAAUCCUCAUUGGCUUUCCAGAAAGGACAGUCAGGGAGAUUGUGGAGUUCAAACUGGGAAUGAGGGCAAAUAUAAAGAAAACACACACACACACAUCAUCAAGCACCUCAUAGCAUGUCCAAAGCAGGAAUAAAUAAUUCCUCUUUCAUGGUGGGCAGAGAAUUUUACAAAAAUUAGGGGGUUUUUUUAGCUCAGCACUAGUUUGUACUAAUUGGUCUUUGCCAGUUGAUUUUCCAACCUCAGCUUCCUAGCUAUAUCAAACCUUCGUUGUGUGAUGUGGAGAGGAUUCCAUGUUGCUUUAAGGCCAAUUAACAUUCCCAUGCCCUUUGCAAGUACCAGGGGGAAGAUCCAUAGGACAUUGAUUUUAAAUUAAAACAUGACCUUCUCAUGCUAGUGUCUAGCAGGCUGAGCCUGAAUGGGGAAGGCACGAUCUUCUAGCCAAUGAGAAUCUGGAUGGGUGCUUCUCAUUCAUUGCUUCCCUAAAGGCCUGCAGAGAAAGGGAUGCAUUUUCACAAGACUGCAAGAUCUAGCAAAACACCCACAGAAUGCCAGCCUGGCUUGAUCUUUUGAAUGUUUACCAAGAAUCCUUAUUACAAGUGGAUCUAUUGCGGUCUGGAUAGUCUGCAAAGAAGACUUCUAGAUUAUUACUUAAUGCUCUGGUCUGUAUAUAAUGUAGCAAAUAUUGCAUUGUUUUCCUGCCCUCAGCCCAUAUUUGCCUUCCUGCCCCCCCAUUUUAUGUUCUCUACAACAACUCUAUGAGGCAGGUUAACGUGAGCGUUUUUAACCCAAGAUCAACAGGUGAGCUUCUUAUUGCAAAUAUAACAGGAAAGAAAGAAUGAAAGAUCCACUCACAUUAACAAUAAGAAUAAUCCACCAAUCCUAAUUUAAGCAUAUAUAUUAAUAUAGACUGUCCAUACAUAUACAUUGCUGUUAUAGCACAUGUGAUAGAAAGAAGAGAGUUUCUUUGUAGACUUAAUCCUACUUCUCUCAGAGCUGGUAAACCUGUAUUUAUAGUUUAGGAAACCAAGUUGAGAAGAUGUUGGGGAAUUUUCCUUGAACCAGUAAAUUCAGAGCACAUAGAACCUCACCCCAAAGAAAAAUAGGAACUAUUGUUUGUUUAGGAUGAUGGGAGCUUUAGCUCUUAUGAGUUCCCCGGAUUAUUUGGGUGAAGCCAUGUGCUUUGAAUGUAUGAUGUGGAUGUGACUCAAGUCAGACCUUUGGUCCACCCAGUUCAAUAUUGUAUUUACAUUGACUGGCAAGAGCAGUUUAGGGUUUCAGGUAACAGUUUUUCCCAACUCAAUGUAUAUAUCAAGGAUUGAAACUGGGGCCUUCUGUGUGUAAAGCAUGUGCUCUGCCACUGAACUACAACUUUAUCUAUAGACAGUACCUCACAUGAUUGAAUACUUCUCUGUACAAAUGCAUAUACUGUAUAAAUAAAUCCAUGCACAUAGAAAACUAGCUAGGGCAGAACCCUUUGCCUAACACCCAGCUUUCAGUAUGGAGGGAUUUUUAAAUAUAUAUUUAUUUUUUGGUACAGUUGUACCCUGGUUGUCGAACACCCUGGAACCCAGACGUUUUGGCUCCCGAACGCCACAAACCUGGAAGUGAUUGUUCUGGUUUGCGAAUGUUCUUUUGGAACCUGAACAUCUGAUGAGGCUUCUGUGGCUUCUGAUUGGCUGUAGGAGCUUCCUAUACCCAAUCAGAAGCCACAAUUUGGUUUUCGAAUGUUUUGGAAGUCAAACAGACUUCCAGAACAGAUUCCAUUCAGCUUCCAAGGUAUGACUGUACACAGGACUAUUGAUUUGUAUGUGCUGCUGAGUUGCCACCUAAAGAGGUACCACUAGGAUACAGGUUUACCAUCUUACUGAGGACAAGAUAUGUUGGCAAGAAUUGGGGACAAAGAGAAAGAUUUGCUGUUCAACUCCAGGUGGGACAAAAUACAUUGAUGUGUUCACAAAGUUAUAGAUAAGUAAAAAGGGGAGGGGAAACUGCUAAGGUUAUCUGCUAAUGACAUAUAAAGAUUUUCUAUGGAAGAUCUACUGGCCUGGAUUUUUUUCCCCUUUUGUGGAAUAAUACCUUUUUGUGACUUUGCAAAAGUGCAUUGUGCUGAUGAAGUGAAAGAAGUGUUAAAGUGCAAAUUUAAAGUGCACAAUUUUCAGCUCCAAUCUUACCUUUCUUUGGAAGGGGAGGAAGGAUUUAAAUUCAAUAAAUAAAAACAAUUCAAUCAAAACUAUUUCAAACUCAGCAUUUCCUAUCCUUCUUGCAGCACCUAAGUCAUGUUUUCAAAAACAUGACCUUUUACUUGCAAAGCAAAAGAUGUGUAGACAGACAGACAGAUACCUCAACUGUGAGGUUGGAAAAGAAACUUCAUCUGAACCAGCAAAUAAUGAUUUAAAAGUUCUAUUUUGGAAUUAUGCUUCAUAAACUGGAACGUUUCAAUGGGAAACUGAAUAGGCAUUAAAAUAUAUAUAUUGUCUUUGUUCAUUGCUGAUUUCUCCUUUGCUUUGUACAGCCAAUGGAACAUCAAGCAGCCAACUGUCCACACCCAAAUCAAAGCAGUCUCCUAUCUCCACACCCACCAGCCCAGGGAGCCUCCGUAAGCACAAGGUAUUACGUUUCUUAUACCUUACUAAACCUCCUACAUGAUUAUUACCUGCCUGCACCACUGCAAGAGUUUGUGAGGGUGGGAGGAGUACCUGGACUGCUCCACUUGAAAUAGCCAGAUGGUGGUAAGGCAGUCACUGGCUCAGCUGCAGUCUAAUAACUAUAAAGGAUCUCUAUGCUUGAUUCUGCAUGGGGCUGACAUUUUGGUUGGUGGUGCAAUCAACUGUUAGGGCUCACCCACUCUUCUGUGCUGGUUUCCCCCGGGGAAGCCUGAUCUUCAGCACUGAAUUGGAGCAAAUUGGGUUUUCUGCAGAUUGAUGUUUGCUCCAAUUUAGCUCUUAAGAGUGAGUUCUCUGGGGGAAAGCAGAAAGGAAAAGGCAAAACCACUUGAAGCCAUGACUAGAAAGCACAGGACAAGUGGGAAACAGCUCAGACUUGUGCUUUCUAGGCAUGAGGAAAGUGGAAGUGGAUGAGCCCUCAUACAGAAUUCCUAUUGCGCCAUGCUGUCCAGGCACAGACCCACUCUUUAAACCUCUGUGUCCAAGUGUGGGUUUUUUGUGGGUUUUUUGUCCAGACUCUGUGUUUUACCAUUGAAUUGGAGCAAAUGGCAAUGCAUAGAAAACCCAAUUGCCGUUUGCUUUGAUUUGGUGGCAAAACAUGGAUUCUCCCAGGGAAAGUGCUGGGACAAAAAACCAAAACAAAACUGUUUGGACAUGGAGCUUUAAAGCCUGGGGCUGUGCCUAGAAAUGCAACACAAAAGGAAGUCUGAAUGAGUCAUUAGUCUCAGCUGUCCAUCUACAUUUUAGCAAGAAUAGUGUAUUGACCUUCCAGGACUGUUGUAAAAUGUAAGGCUUACUGAAAUCCUUUGAAAACAAACAUACAGUGUGUGUGUGUGUGUGUGUACACAUACACAUACAUGUUUUUGUGCAUGAUAUCUAAUGUUUUCAAUUAUCUAUACAGACAGAGAUAAUUAUAAAAAUGAUUGUCAUUCUGGAAGGUACAUUCUUCAUUUAUAUGUACAGCAGAUAUAGUCAUCUGUUGUAUUUCUUGGGUGAGCAGGAAAUAAGGCAUAUUGUAUCAUGAAAGCUGAAAUGAAUGGAAAGUGUUGAUUGAUUAAGAAUAGAGACUUUGUAUGUUGUGAUCAUAGUCACUUUCUACUCCAGACAAUGGCCUAAGAAUACCCUCGUCAUAGUUGUGGCAUUCCGCCCCCCAAGCCCCCAAACCAUGGAAAUUGUUGCCAGUUAUACAUUACUGCAAAUGAUUUCCAUUGAUUUGGGAUGAGCAAACAUCCCACCUCAGGAAAUCUCCUUCAUAAAUUAUCCAGAUUAAUAAACUUGAUCAAUUUCCAAAACAUCCUCUCCAGACCUCUGGACCUAUUUAGAUUAUUCUAAAUAGCUAAUCUGGAUACGUUUUGUAUUUGACCAGAAGUGAAAUGGACCCAUGAGGGUAGACUCCCUAAAUACAGGCUUUAAUUACAGGUUUGUUGCAAUUUCCUGACUUCUCUUUCUCUGACUCGUUAACACUCUAUUUCUCCACAUGAAUGCUUGCAGGGACCAAAAAAGUAUUGUGCAAACCAGCCCUUAAUAAGGACAGUCAGUCAGCAGGAGCUUUCAGAGAUGGUAGUUUACAUCAAAAAAAAAUCCGAAUCCUAAUUGUGUGUGUUUCCUCUGCCCAGAUUUUUCCCACUGUAUAUUUUCUAUAGGAACUUGCUGCUGCCAUCAUAAUGAGAUACAGCCAAGUGAGACCCUGGUGAACCUCUACAAUGUCUUCUUAAGAUCAGUGAAAAGGACGACAGUUCAGGGGCAAUAAAAGUUCCUUUGAGCAAGUGAUGCUUAUACAUGAAUCUAAAGGAACUGAAAUGAAUGUGAUGGCUCUAUGUAUUAACUGCAUCCAUCACUAAUGAUGAUUUUGUUCAACAUUCCUGGGGCUUCAUUUGAAUGGUGGUUUUGAUUGAAACUGUAGCAGAAAUAUGUUCUGAAACACAGUACCACAAGCUCCCUCUGCUCACCAAUGAAACCAAAAGUAAAGGUUUUAGGUCCUAAACCUAUUCAUUCCCCACAUUUCAUCAGCAUUCCGUUCACAUAGCAUUUCAUUUUUUCACCUGUCUGUUUCACUUUCUGGAAGGUGUAGAUUUUCAAGGAAAGAUAAGCACCAGAAAGGCUAUGAAAAAGGGAGGUACUCCAACUAUGUCACCUGUAGGCUGUAGUGGACCAUGGUGGAGCAGGUGCUGUUACCAGCUUACAGAAGAUUUUAGGUAGCUGGGAUGAGGUUUGGGUUCUUUAAAUGCAUUCAUUGAAGAUUUAACAAUACAGUAUCAGGGGCAGACCUUAGUUAUAUGAAGCCCUGCAGGAGACCAAUUGAUGCCGUCCCCACAACCCUUAAAAUGCCAGUUUAAGUGCUUGGAAAGGAGGAAGGAGAACUCUAGGACCCUGUCAGAGCCCCUUCAUGCCUGAAUGAUCAGGAGGUUGUGGACUCUCUUUGCAUGGAGGUUUUAAAGCAGAUGUUGGAUGACCAUCUGUCAUGGAUGCUUUAGUUGAGAUUUCUGCAUUGCAGGGGUUUGGACUAGAUGGCCCUUGGGGUCCCUUCCAACUCUAAGAUUCUAUGCUUCUAUGACUAAGUUUACUUGUAUACUGCUUUUUGCUCAAUGAGCUGCGCCAAAAGCAGCUUUCAAAACCUCAAAGUACAGAGAAUUGAAAAUGCAAAUAUACAAAGUGCAGAGCAUGUCAGUAAAUUAAAAUAAAAAAUCCUGGCACUAAAACAAUUUUAAGGUUUGUGCCAGGUGGUCCUCCUUGAGGAGACUAUUCCAUAAACACGAGACUACUAGAGAGAAGGCUUAUUUUCUUUUCCCCAUACUCCAUUGGAGGUGGCAUGCAGUGAAGAGCCUCAGAUAAUGAUCUCAGAUUCUUGACAAGUUUAUAUGGGGAAAGGCGGUCCUUUAGGUAUAGUAGUCCUGAGUCAUAUAAAGCUUUAAAGGUCAAAAAUAGCAUUAUGACUGGAACCCAGAAACCAACUGGCAACCAGUGCUGUUAGGACAGAAUAGGUGUUAUAUGCUCAUGCCUUCUUUUCCUAGUUAACCAUCUAGCUGCCACAUCUUCAGUAGCUGUAGUUUCCACACAGUCUUCAAAGGCAGCCCCAUUUGCUAACUGUUAUCCCUGACUACUCUUUAUGCUGACUGGGACAGAUGGGCAUUGGAGUGACAAAUUUCCUAACGCUGCUAAAGAUGCCCUUGUAACAGCACUCAUGACCACUUGGUCCCUAGGAAGAUGAAGAGCAGAUCAGGAAGUGGGCUAGAGGUCAGGAAAGGCAUCCUAAACUGGUGUUAAUCCAGAACUGGUGCUAUAUGUUCACACCUUCUUGUUCCAAUUAUGUCCGAAUGUAAGAUUGACAGGAUUCUUUAGAAGGUCAUAACUCCAGCAGACCUCUUCCUUUGUGCUUAGUAUUUAAAGUGAAAUAUGGAGAAAAGCUUCAUCAAAAUUUGGGGAACUUCUGGAAGCAUGCUCAGCAGUAGAGCAUAUGCUUUGCAUGCAAAAGAUCCCAAAUUCAAUCCCUGGCACUAUAAAAAUUUUGUGUCUGAAACGCAGUAAAACCAUUAAAGUACUAGACAGAAAAGAACUUUUUAAGGCUGUGUUUGGAUCAAGCUAUACUUGCCACCCAAAUUCCUACUAUGAAGCCAGAAAAUCUGGACUUUGGCAACAUCACUACUUAUUGGAACUGGGCGGCGGGGGUGUGUGUGUGUGUGUGUCUCUGUCCACAAGGAAGUGGAAACUGGGCAUACCAAGCACCCCACUGUAUCUUUUUUGUUCAUCAAAAUGCUCAAAUACUGGCAAUUCUACUCCAUUAAGCAAUGAAAGACACGCAGAUAAUUACAAAGCUUUAGCAGGCAUAUUGCUAUUCCCUUAUAAGGACACUUUUUAAAAUGUUGAGACUAAUGCUUCAUUUUGCCAGCUGUAAAGUACUGUAUGAUUGUAUUUUGCUAGUGCUGUCACAGUAGCCUUCUGGGACAGGAUUGCCUGUAGCAGCUCUAGGGUCUUCUAAUUUUCCCUCCCAUGCUCCUACAUCAGAUCAUGGUAUUGCAUGCAAACUCAUCUACAAACAUAGGGUGAUGGCGUUGUUCUCAUUUGCAGUGACAGGUGGAUCAUGUGAAAAAACAGUUCACCAACAGAGGCAGAUAUCUUCCUAGAUACAUAAAAAUGUAAGGCUGUCAUCACGUAGCUCCCAUUUCAGGAUUUGUAGUGCCACAUCACAAUCCUGAUUUUGUAUGACAUGAGGGUGGGAGAAAGUGAGAAGGGAAAAGUGGUGGUUUAGAGCAACAGAAGAUGCUUGAAUACAGCAAGGAUAGAGAAAGCUGAGAGGAAAAUAAUGGUUUUAAACAACAGCAAAGGUUUGAGUAAAGUACCUUAAUACAAUGGAAUAUUUGAGGGCCCUGCAUCCUUUAGCUCUCUCACGUGAGGCAGUUGAGGAAUGGAACAGAGAAGGUUCAGUAUAGUGAGAAGGAUGGUACACUGAAAGGGGAAGAAGUGGCUGUUCUAAACAAUGACAGAAGUUUGAGUAGAGUGGAGAUGGAAAGACACAGAGGGAAAAUGGCAGUUUCAAACAAUGGCAGAGGUUUGAAUAAAGUAAGAAUGGAGCAAAAGUGAGAGAGAAAUGUAGCAUUUUUUAACCAUGGAAGAGGUUUGAGUACAGUGAUCAGGAGAUGGCAAUGAAGGGAGGGGAAGCAGCAGUUUAAAAAAAGAUUUGGGUUAAAAUAAGAAUUCCCUGGAAAGAGGAAUAGAUUUUUAAACCACUCUGAGAAUUGUAACUCUGUAAGGGGAACUAUUCUCAGUACCCUUAGCAAACUAUAGUUCCCAGGAUUAUUUGGGGGAAACCAUGUUUAGAGUGGUACGACACUGCUUUAAAUGUAUGCUGCAGAUUGGGCCUAGGUCUGCAAUGAUUAUUUGUGCACUGAGUCACUGAAGCAGUUCUUCAUUGAUGCAGAAGAGGCUAAUUGUGGGAGUUAACACAUUUUCCCUUUCUCCUUACAGGACUUGUACCUGCCUCUAUCCUUGGACGACUCUGAUUCCCUUGGAGACUCCAUGUAA